CUCUGGGUUUAAAAAAAACAACAACAGGAGCAGGGAUACCCCAGUGUGCCCCAGAGUAACUUCUAGUCUUAGUUCUCCUUUAAAUUUCCUCUGUGGUUGGGUACUACCUCUGCCACGACCAGCAGCAGCAGCAGCAGCGCCGCUUCUUCAUGUUGUGGUCGCUAAUACGCAUGCGCCCGGCAUUGGAAUUACUGCACUGGCGAGAAUAAGUUGGACCUCGUUUCUCUUCACCAAAAAGAAGAAAAAAAAGAACCUUUAACACAAGUAUGGCAGUGUUCAGAAUAAGAAGAAUGAGGUGUUUUUGCGUGUGGUUGUUCCCUGUCGUAAUGUCCGUGGCGAGCGCGCAAAGGUAAGAGGAAGGGAAGGAGGAAGCUCCACACAUUUUUACCAAGUGUGUUACAGACGGCGUGGAAAAUACUUGCCACACUUAAUGCCUCUGUAAUAUCUCGGUUUGAAAGCUUCUGUGCACCUUUACUCUCUUCUUCUUUUCUUCCAUAGUACUACUGCCAACGAUCCAAGCAAUAUGUCUGUGGUUAAAGAUACGGUGGAUAGACUCUUGAAAGGUUAUGAUAUACGAUUGAGGCCAGAUUUCGGAGGUAAACCAACUCGUUUUUGAUCACCAACUCUGUCCGAGUUUGAGCUUUGUCAGCCUGUGUGAUAGGACAGUGCUCAUGACAACAAUGAGGGGGGAAAAAAAGAAAGAAAUCACCGGAAUGGGCUUCGGUUCGGAAAGUAAGAAACCACCUUUUCUCGAGGCAAAAUGUGCCAAAACAGCCCAGAAGGUGGCUAGAAAUGCGAUAUAACAAGAGUAAAGCAAAAGAUAAUAAUAAACACGGCAUCUUUUUAUCACAAUGAGAAAUUAAAUCGGUGAAAAUUAAUCUGACUAGUUUAGGAAUUUGACAUACACUUGUUUUUUUGUUUGUUUGUUUGUUUCUUUCUUUUUUUGUUUGAGUUUUUACGCAUGUUCCACUUCAGGUGCUCUCUGCCAGGGCUUCAUGUUCAGGCAUGUCCAGGGCUUGCGAUUAAAUGUCAACAACUUUUAGGGGUAUUACCAGCACUUUCACCGCAGCUCAGCGGAUCUAAUCCCACCCGAAAUGAACACUGUCAACUAUUAUCCGGCUGACAACCGCCAAAUUCUCAAAUCUGUGUCCCCAUCACGCACAUUAUAACCAUUUCUCCUUAAUGUAUGUCAAUGAGUUAUUAUAUCUGUGUGUGAUGAAGGUGUUCUUCAUGUGUCCUAGGUCGUCCGGUUGGAGUGGGAAUGAACAUAGACAUAGCCAGCAUAGACAUGGUCUCAGAAGUCAAUAUGGUAAGUAGGCCAUUAUUAUUUUUCUUUGAGUGAACAUUAAAGGUUAACGAUUGCUCUUUUGGGUUAUGCAAACAGGGGAACUACCCCCCUAUCCACCAGGGAACCCCCCUCUGAAUGUAGGUCUGUGUACACCAGAUUUACCCCUCAUUACUCGCAUUGAUUUUUUUAAUGGUUUGAGAGCUCAAAUGUUACUUAAAUGUGUUUUAGGAUUUAACCAACAAAGUCAACCUCAAUUGGGCUGUGAUUAGAUUUAAAUGUGUGGAUGUUUUUUGGGUGUUUAAUUUGCCAAGCAAGCAUCUUAAACUUUACAAAAUCAAAGAUUUAAGCUGGAAAAGUUCAACCCAUCACAUCUUCCAUGGUAGUAUUAAUUCAACUCACAACCCUGGCUGUAUAUUCCGCUGACACACGCGUGGCUGCACAGGACAUGCUAAAUUUGUUGUUAUGGCUGUUUUGUGAGUGAAGGAACUUGAGAGCUGAGGAUGUGGGAAGUGCAGAUGAAGUUUUGCUUCAUACAAGUGCACCUCCUAGUGAUGAGAAGUUAGAACUGCACCACAGUGUACACACAGAAACUCCAGGCUGUAUAUUAUCAUCUAGGAAGGUCACUCUUGGCACUUUUAAUGUAGUCGACAAGGUGAGCAGAAAUUGAUAUUUAUGGGAAUAUGCAUGGGCUUCUGAUGAGUUCAUUGUCACCUGUGUGUUUUUGUUUUCUCCUCUCUGUUUGACCUCUGCUGGAGGGGGUGCGCUGGUCUUUAUUUGCAUCUUUUUCGUACACUCAUGUCCUGCUGUUGCAGCUGUUACUACUGUGUUACUCGAUGUGAUGUGAGUCAUGUUGUGAUGUCGGGGAAUGAUUACAUGCUGAAAUAUUUUUGGCAGCAGCACCCAAAGGCUGCUCCUCAUGCUGUUGUCUUUGUGCUUCUGGAGACUGUUGAUGUGCAGGGAGGAGAUGAGGAACGAGAUGAUCUCCUUAGACACAGAAGAGGAGGGAAUGUUCACAUACAUGUACGCAAGACACAAAAAGGCAAACAAAUGAACAGUGCGGGUCUACAGAGGCCUCUACAGAAGCCUUGAAUACUUAAUAGUUGGUGUGUUUUGCAGUGUAAAAGAUGCAAGAGCUGGGGAGCUGCUUUACAUUGUAAUUCUGCGGAAGAUUUAUGUAUUUUUUGAUUAUUUGUAGUGAGAGGAUAAGAUUUAUGUUCGGAGAUGUACAUAUUCAUCUCAUAAUGCAUUGGACUUAUUUUGUCUUCUCUAUAGUUUCCUCCAAAACAAAGACAGUAGUGACAUUUUAAUCUCAAAGGGACAAUGUUAUACAUUAAAAAUAAUGUUGAAAUCCAUUAUAGUUUUACAUUUUAGAGUAAAAUCUAGAAGAGAAUGACGAGAAGUAAAAAUCAUUUUCACUCUUGUUGUUUUUGUUUUCAUCCAUCUCUCUCUCAAGUCAUCAAAACUUUGGUCUGCAAACCCACGCGUGACAAAUUAUGACACUGAAUUUCCCCCUGGAGUAUAAUUUCUGGAUAUUUCCCUCUGACUUAUUGUGUUGAACAGACACCAAAGUGAUGCAGUAUAAAAAGGAUAUCUGUGCUUUGCUUUUGUUGAUAGCUGGAGGAGGUUGUCGGGUGAAUUGAACAUUGGAGAGAGUGGACUGAUUCAAGUGUCACUGACUGUCCCUGGAUGUUCCAGAGCGACUAGUUUCCUCGUCUGUAAUGAUCAACUGUUGGGUCUGCGGAUGGGACAGGAGUGGUCACAUAGGUCACCAGGAAAACAGAUGAUUGUCAGAUGGUCUUCACAGAAAUAGAGAAGCUCCUUAAUGGGACAGUUUGCCUGUAUGUUGAUAGUAGGAAACCAAAAUAGAUGAUAAAGAUAAUGGGACUCUCCUAGUUUGAAAUUCUGAAAUAUGGCAAAUUCAAUUUUGUGUCCAAAUUACCAAAAAAUAACCUGGAGUUUUACUUUUGUGGGGGUUUAUUUUUGCUGUAUGAAAUAUCACUAAUAACAGAAAUCAUGUCUAUAGUUAUGAAAACAAAUCUGGAACCAAAUAUUCUGAUUUCUUUGUUUUCAGAAGCUCUUACACAGAAUUGCUUCGCUGGUGGCUAGGGCUGGGCGAUAAACCAAAAACUUACCGAUACGGAAAUUUACGACAACAACCAACGUCAUUUUGCCUAUAUUGGAAUAUUCUGUGUCAAAAAAGUAAAUAAAUAAAAGUUGGCUUUGGAUGUGUGUAGGUAGGCUAUGGUCUCAUGUCCUUUUUAAGAUGCUGUCGUACCUCGGUGACAUGACUCCACCCCAUCCAGUCUGUAGCGGUUGGAGCAGCGACUGAAGAGACAAAGUUAAUGUGGGAGGGGGCGAGCAGCUUGUUGAGUAGUUAUCGUCCAUUUAUCAUUAUCGAGUUGAACUGCUAUAUAUAUUGAUUUAUUGAUUUGAGGCCAUAUCGCCCAGCCCUACUGGUGGCUUUGCUAAAAUACAAGGGUGACAACAUUUGCUGGUUUAGCCGGCUGAAUGUGCACAAGUCUUGUAUCUUACGCGACUUUUGUGGUGUAUGCAUGUGUGUGUAUUUCUUUUCUGCUUCACUGUUACCAAUGUUCAAGUGUCUGUCACUCUAACUUAAAUAUGAGACAUUUAUCUGUAAGCUAACAUACUGAUGCACCAUUUAUUCUGGUUUAAUGUCUGCAUAAUACUGUAAGAGUCAAACCACAUACAGCAAAUUCACUUUUAUACCUCGACACAAAGACUAGCAAAAAGCAAACUGAGCUUGGAGAAACACCAGUAUCUUUAUUUUUGAAGUGAGGGCCACAGAUUGAGACACUAUUUUUGAUGAGUUUGGAGAAAGUAUUGAUUUUGAGUGCUAAAUGUCAAACAACUGAGCCAAUAAGACACUCUAAACGCGGCUGUGUUUUAUUUUUCUCAUGUUCUGGUAGGUUACAACUACCGUGACCAGAUAUUCCAUUUUCAUUUCUCUGCCCAUAAAGACAUCAGGGGUGGUAUUUGUGCUCACGCCCCCACACACAUGGCCAAACAAAACAAAACAAAAUCCCACUCUCCCUCCAAACACACAAAAAUACUGGCACACAGCUUCUUUGAUCACCUCAUUUUUUUUGUGUCAGCUUUGGCGCACUAACACCCACUAAUGUGAAAGGAGGGGUCAUUACCACCUGACCCAUUGGAGUCUCAUGAAAAGGAGAGGCCACAUGUGUGCAUAAUGGUUUCUCAGCAUCUUUGAUCUGCUCCCCUUCCCAUAAAUGUAACCACUUUUCAGGAUAGCAGCUGGUGCCGAAGCGUGUUUUUUUCUGUCCUUCCAUUUCCACUCCCCCAUCUGGCUCUCUGUCUGCCACUUAUUUUGGAGCGGGGAUAGCGAAACCACCCUGGGUACUUUCUUUUAGAGAAAAGAUAAGGAACGGGGUAGAGGAUAAUGGAGAGAUGUCACACAGAGAGAUGUAUCCAACGGUGUCCCAUUAGCCAUUAUGGCCGAGCGGGACAUCCGUGCUUUGGUGUGUAUUAACAAUAUUUUCUUCUAUCCAUCUACCGCUGCUGUCUGAGAAGGGUCUUGCAUUAAAAGCAGAGACAUGGACCCAUGAUAACAUGGUGCAUUAUUUGAUUUUGUCCAGAGGGGCCAUUAAAAUAAAGAACUGCAAAGAGGGUUGUCUUAAACCAUCUGUUUUAGCACUUUGUUACCAAUGUCACAAAGCAGAAACCCAUUUAGAAACAACACGGGCCUCUAGCACACGCCAGAUGAGUCACCGAACUAAGUAUGCAAGCCCUCAAGCAUGAGUGGCCCAGAGGACAUGGAGUCCUACUCUGUAUUUUGUCACGUAAGCAGUUCUGAUGUCCAACAACGAACGACCUGGACUCAGAUAUUUAACAUGAUUUACCCCUCGAAACACUCCUCCUUCUUCUCCUCCUCGACAGGAACAACCUGCCUGAGAAGAUGUAGCCGCGGGUGUCUGUAAAGGUUCUCUAAGGAUAGAAGUACCAGAAGCUUGCUUUACUGAGUCAUAUACCAUGCAUAAAACUACAUUACAUGUCACUUAGGCCCGGAGCCAGACAUGGAAUGAGGAGGCUGUGUCUGGUGUUCAUUACAUACCCAUGAAAGGUCACUCGUUCUCUGGGUGUCAGAGCCAAAGUCCUCAAGCCUUGCAGGGGCGAAAAGGCAGAAGAUAUGAUUGUGCAACACCUAAGGGUCAAAUUUUUCACCCCUGUGGAUGUGACACGGAGAGGAAGUGAGAUUCAGACAGAGACAGAGAUAGAUAGAGGGGUGAGGGAUGUGACAUUAACAAGUUACCAAGCUGGGAAGUUGGAAGGGAGGAGGGGGGAAUGGUGUUGGAGGGAAGGUCAUGUACCUAGUGUUGCUGAGGGUUCAUUCUGCAUGACUCAGAGGUGGACAUAGAGAGAGGGACACGCGCUGAAUACAAAUAGCAUGUUAGACAUUCGACCCUAGGCGAGUGGCUUCGCGAGGCUCAGAGCGUACACGGCUCCACGGAGGAGUGGAUAAGCCCAAGUAUAGAUGGAGGUUUGGUUUAUUUCUCCCAGUCUUGCAGCAGUUCUCAUUUCUGCUCUUCCUUGAAUGCCAUUUAAGUCUCAAUAUUUGUUUUUAUCUGAGCUCUUGAGCACUUGAUUCCUAAGCCAGCAGUUUUCACAGGGGGAGAAAUACUCCCAUCAGAGGAUGAGCUAAAGUUUUUUAUCCCCCUCCAAAAGGCAGAAAUACCAUUAUUGAUGCUCAUAAAGGUCAAGAGGAGCUUAUUGAUUGCCAGAGACGGAGCCCCCCUCUCCCCGAUUUUAGUACCCAGUUCUUCCCUUUUCCAAGAAGAAGAUAUCUCUUACAGGAUGAGCGCUGUAGACGCAGAAAGGUUCCCCUGAAAACUAUACCAUAUAUUAAACAAAUGUGUUGCCUUGUAAUGGAUGUCGGCGGAAAGGCAAGAGAUUAUUUCUUGGCACAUGAUAACAAAGGAAAGAAAGAUCGCGGAAGCACUUAUGUGGUAUUGAGUCGUAUCUUAUCGAGGCCUGAGAGCUUUAAAAUGAUAUUAGGUCUGCGUCUGUACUCGUGUCUCAGUCCAUUCUGCAGCAGCCAUCCAUAUUAUACAGCUGAUGUGGGCCGAAGUGUAAAUUGAUGAGGAGCAAAAGGGAUGUCAAUGUGAUUUUAAAAGAUUUUUAUGGCACAAAUUUGAUUUUUAAUGCCAUGAGUUCAAUCACAAGGAGACAUCAACCUAAUCAGCCCAAUGUGAUGCUAAUAUUACUCACCUAAAGAUGAAUAAUGUGGUGUAAUUAUCCUUUAAAAACAACAUAUGCAACUUACUGGAAAGAGACAGUGACACCACUGAGUCUUUUUGUCGCUCCAAACUAGGGCUGCAUGAUAUUUAGUUUGAGCAUCGUCAUUGCAAUGUACGUGUGCGUGAUAAUCGCAUAGCAGAGCCUGCGAUGUAGGAGGCGAAUGAACUCAUUUAAUUUCAAGGGUAGCUGACUGACACGUAGACUCUGCAUGUGCUGUGUAGCAAUCCACCAAUCAAAUUUGUUGCCAAGCAGACUACCCUCAAUCAAAAUCAGAGAGGAGGAAACCACGCCCCUGCACAUGGAGUGAGUCGCUAGCGCUGACGGUGUUGUGCCGAGAAACGCUUGACAGCCGAUAAUCACUUUCACUGUUUAGCCCCACAAAUAAAAACUGUAUGGGUUUUAAAUUGUACAUUUCCCUGGACCACUCUACUGUACACAACAUCGGUAACAACAACAACGAUUCCAAAAUGAGCAACAAACAAAAGAAAACCACCGAAAAUUAAGACUUGUUGCCAAAAAGAAAAGCAACAUCAGUUAUGUGGAAUUAUUUCGUUUUCAAGAAGGAUGACGUCGACCAAACUCGUGUUCUGUGUCGGCAGUGCCUUUCAUCUGUUGCCACAACAAGAGAUAACAAGUCCGAGCACAUUACAAGCAAGCUAAAAAUAUAUCUAAGACAGAAGCCAUUCUACUAACAUUCACAAAAAGAGGUAAGAUCAGUGCAGGACAACUGUCUACAAGAUAGCAUAUAGUGCUAUUCAGGUCGUCUGGGGAAAAUUCCUGUAUUUUUUAAUAUCCCAAUAUAUAUCACAGGGUUGAAAAAAAUUGCAAUGUUAGUUUUUUCCAAUAUCGUGCAGCUCUGCUCCAGACACAGUUUUGCUGGCUGGGUCUCACAGAAAUUGACUCACAAGGCUCUGGAUCACUGCAGGCUUUGUCAAGUACUCAAAUUAUCUCCGAACCUGCUCCAUGAUGGUUGCAUGGUAACUAAUGAGAGUGUCGAGGCAAUGUGUGAAGAUUCACAGAUUGAAACACAUUCCAAUUGUGAUCUGCAAUAAAUAAAAAGUAAUGUGCGAGGCUCAAUUAAAAAGUGUGAAUUCAGGGAGGCAAUGACGAGCUAUUAAAACCAUCUCAGCUCUAUCUUUGAAACUCUUGACAAACUAAUGAGCAGAUGGGGAUUGGCCUCAGUCCCCAGAUGAAAUCGUGGGUGAUAAAGUGUCAAAUAAUGGACAAGUACAGCUUAAGAAGACGUAAGUGUUACAAGGAGAGAGCUGUGAUCUCUUUAAUUUGGAUGCAGUGUUCAAAAGUGAGCCCUUGCAUCGUGAUUUUUCUCAGUCUUGAGUUGUUGUACUCAAAACUACUCCAUUAAAAGUUAACUUCUUGAAACCUUUUAAGGACUCCUUAAUCGUAACCCUUCUUAUCUUCAGACUAUAUUAAACCUUCUGGGCACAUACAAGGAGGGCUCGUAGUGAAAUUGAAAAAUCACUAUGUGUUUCAUGUACCCACACUCAUCCAUAAGCCUUAAUCCUCUCUAAACAAUAAGCCAUGUUUCCCCACAAACUCGUAUAUCAGUCCAACUACCGGGAAAAAGUUGUUCGAGUUACGUAACAAAUAAAGCAGAGCAAAACAGAGUUCAGAGAGUGUUUGCAACUGGGCUGCACGAUUUUGGCCAAAAACUUUGGAUUAAUGAUUUCGAUUUUUUUAUUCAGUGACAACUUCACCAAACUUCACUUUAAAAAUUAAAAGUUUUUCUAUCAUCUCUCAAAAUGAAACCACUGAAAAUGAUGUAGUGUAUAUGCCAAGGCAGUAAGUGGCGCUGUAAUGAUGAUGAGGAAAUGCACAAAACACAGAAGAAGAGUACAGAGCAUGCGUAAAAAGGUUGUUUUGGCCGGACACGCGCAGCCGAGUUACGCUGAGUUACGCUGUGUGUGACAUAAUCGUUUCCAGAGAUGCCGAUGGGCAUCCACAUGGAGAUGAAAUGGUAGUCGUUUACGGAUUUAUGCACUCCCGUUCCCGUUUUCAAAAAGUACCGUUUACAGUCGCCUGAAGCGCCGUUUCUGUGUGGAUGAAACGCCAAUACGACAAACUUUUAGAUUACUCCUGUCUUCGAUUCCUUGUGGAGGGGUUGAUACCGCCUUGAGACAGACUUUGCAGCGGGGAGUGGUUUGCUCUUUGUUUAAAACUGUGAAGCCGUACCAAUUCCACAUGACUGACUUGCUCUUGUCCUGUUUAGACACAAAAUUAUUGCCUUCUUUUGCAAACGCCAUGUUUGUUUACACUGGUGUGUGUGGGAACUGGGGAGCGCUCUCACAGGAAGGGGGAGCCCACAGUGGCCUGGAGUCAUGAGACAUGAUAGAGAGGAAAAUCGAUUUGACUAUUUUUAUUUUUUUUAACAUUGUCAUGAUCAAAUAAUUCGAUUAUGAUUUAAAAUCGAUUGAUUAGUCUACAUUGGAGUGCUGGAGUGUAAAUAAUGUGUCAAGACCUAAAGUGCUAUUGAUUAAUCUUUCACACACCAGACUCUGACUUCAUUCUUUUGCAAGAUAAUGUUGUUUAACAAAGGGAGGACCUCACUGUGAAUUUUUAACUGCAUGUUAAUGUUAAGGUAGAGGGGAAAUACAUGAACAGUUGUUUUAAAAAAGGAACCGUCUGCUAAAAUAAUGUGACUGGUUACCUUUAUACGAUGCAGACCUUUUAAUUCCAGCCAUUUACUAUCUAUGCCAUGCAGCUAAAGCAUGUAUAUGGAUAUUUUCCAAACCUUUCACACUAAGUUUUUUGCAUGCAUGAGAAAAAAAAGCAGAACGACUUCACAGAGAUGAUUGCAAAUGCGUUAGCAAAGUGUUCCUAAUAACAUAUCCAGAUGAGACACCAGCAUUCAUGUUGACUCCUGUUUCAGACCACCCGGCGAGUGUAAAUCCAUGAUUUUCCUUAUCUUAGUCCUGUUUUGGUAUUCAUGAAGUCCUAAAGGAAAUAGAUGUCUCAUUAGCUGCUAAAUGCUCCACUCUGUUCAGCAGGUAGUUGUCUAUUUUCAGUUUGAUGCCAGGCAGAUGGUAUCCAGGAGCUUAACUGGAGUGUUUAGUCUGGAAUCAGCUGCGUCCUGCCGUUUGAAACAGGGUUGAAAGCAAUGAAACAGAACCAUAAAAGUAAAGGUUGGUCAUAAACCCAAAUCGGUGAUCUGGAGUUCUAUUUUUAGACAUGGGGAAUUGCAGAGCUUUGUGGUAAAUCUCUGCUGUUUGUCUUUAAAGCCUGUCUCUUUAUAUGAAAUGUGGUACGGCAGAUAUGCUUGUUGAUAAAUCUCGCAGUGGUUCUUCCUUUGUCUGUAUAAUAAGUCACAGUCUGCUCAUCAUUUAAGCUCCCACAAGGAUCUUUGCCAACCCUUUGGACAAAAAGAUAACCCUCAUGUCUGUGUUGAUUUUAUCCUCACAUGUGCCAGUAGUGUUUUUAUAGAAACUCUUAUCCUGCUUGAUUUUAUUGGUCAAAUAUGCCUUCCUGUGUGAUACCUGAGAAGGGCUUCAAAGUUACUAAAGAAAGUUUCAUGGUCAGUCUUGUCACUGAUGGUCACCUUUACUUUUGUUGGAUAUAAAGCGGCGCUGAUGGUGGUUUUAGUCUAUUUUACAGUGGUAGGAAACACAGUACCACUUAAUCUUGGACAGUGUCUGCCCAUCAUAUUGUAAAGCCAUGUUUGUCACAGUAUAUAUUUGGAGGGAUGGGGUAGUCACCUUUAAAAGUAUCUUUGUAAGCAGCUCUGUCUUUCAUUCCAACUGACCCAACAAUCAGUGGAGCAAAUAUAAGGCAACAAAUCUAUAAGCACGUGAUGGUGGAUUAUGUCCAGCUGUGCUGUAACUAUUUUUGGAGUGAAAUUAUUUUGACUCUUUGGAUCUGUAUAGAUUUAGCUUUCAUUUGGAUUACAUGCAUUUUGUUUCGCAAAGUCAUUUCUAGGGCUGUGAUCAACCAAAGAAAGUCUUGGUCGACUAACACUCUGAAAUUUUCGACCAAAAAUCGACGGGGUUAAAAUAUACUGAUAUCAGCACAAGAAGGCAAUAAAACACAAGUAUUUUAUUCACCAAACCGCUGGAAGUUGAUUAAUGUAGACGCUUUAAAAUCUUACUGUCUCCAGCUGGUCUCCAGUCAAUCAAACUGUUGAUCAAAUUUUAUUUAUAUAGCACCAAAUCAUAACAAUCAUUAUCCCAAGACGCUUUCCAAAAAUAGAGUAGGUCUAGACCAUGCACACUCAUUGUAUGAUGAAUUACCACUCCAGUGGGCUGGGCGAAUCCAAAAUGGUGAAAACAAGGGGGUUUUCUUAGACAAGCUGUUACCUGUGAAAUGGGGGUGCUCUGAAAACACCCCCAACAGCAGUUGGUACAUUCCUCUUGAUGAAAUUAAGCAAAGACUGAAAAUUGAAGCGGAAAAAAAUCAAGUCGACCAAUCAGAAUUUUGGUCAACUCAACUAGUAUCGACCAGUAAGGACUUUACAGCCCUAGUCAUGUCUUUUCUACCUGAAAAAAAUAUGCAACAACCUGCUUCAGUUCUCCACCAAAUCAUCAAACAAAGAAGAAGAUAGAUGGUCACUGAGAUUAUACUGAAAAAUACAGAGAGCAAAUCGAGAAGAAAGUCACCAGGGAUGUUGAAACCGCUCUUUCUUCACCUUGUAUUAUUCAUGCUGGGAGGUCGAGAUACAUCGGCCUCCCUGUCGAGUCUCAUAAUCCAUUUAGAUCACAUUCAUUUGCCACUUGAAUGCAGCAGAAGGACUUACAUUAAGUGGGAUGACAGUGUACAGAAAACAGGACUUUGAUGAUACAGAUGACAAUAGAUUACACAGGAACAGGUUUUUACUCACCACAGGAAUCAAUUAACUCCCUGUAAAUAAUGUUAUUGUGAUGCUCUGAGGAAGGUCGAUACAUAAAAGAUGAUUUUACUCCAAUUUCUUUGGAAGAUGUAGUCACAAAAGGGAAACCAGGACAAACAUAUGUAAAAUCAAUAACAAAGUGGCAUUGUAGUGUAGCCCCACUCCUACUGUAUGAGAGGAAAGCUACAUUACACAUGAGAUCAGUGUGAGCUCAUGUCUCCUUCACUGGAAUACUGAUGAGUUCAGGUAACAACAGUCAUUGCUUUUACCGUGGGUGCAGCCAUGAGAUGUGACAUUUUGCAGUGUGUACUUGGCAACGCAAUCUCUUCUGAGACAAAUAAUCGGGCGUACAAUUGCAGCACAGUGGGGGUUUCAGGUUUCUGCGAGUACGACUCAUUUUGUAAAGCGUUAUUAUCAAAGCGGCAUGAUGCAAGAUGAGCUUUAUCUGGAUUAAAAACUGCAUGUCAGAUGUGUCUGCUGCAGAUGGGACCUUCACAAGGAACAAUCCAAGUUCUUGCAAAAUCCCUAGUGGUUGAAAAUGUCACAUAGAAAAAUCCGGUUUAAUACUUUUGCCAAUGUGCUCUGCCUCAUCUCGACAGGAUUUCAUUCAUUAGUUCCCUGAAAGCAGCAGAUCCACCUGUUGAUACGGGAAGCAUUUCUCCAACAAUAUUCAUUCUGUUUAUUCUUCUCCUUGCUGACAGAUCGUUGAGCUGACGGUGAUUUAACAUGUAAGUUUUGGUCAUAGUGGUCACUCUCUGGUCUACCAAGCUAACAUGAGCGCCCCUUGAGUCGGCUGUUUUUGCAGUACCAGGUUCUCGGGCAAAUACUGUCGUAGAAACAAGUUGUUUGGUUUUUAGUUUCAUGACAUUAGAACUAGUCUUGGCAGUUUUCCUUCCUGCAUACAACCUACAGCAGUGCAUGCUGGUCCUCCGCUUCAAGAAGCAAAAAAAAUAAAGCUGGUUUUUACUGGAAUGACUUAAUGAACAUCAGCCAUAGUGUCUAAUGUGUAAAAUACGAAAAUACAGCCCAGAUUUAUCAGCAGCUUGGUAUUUUAACUCGUGUAAAUGCAUUGAAGUGGCACCAAAACAGUCGUGCAUAAACACAAGAGCUCAAAUCUCACUCAGUUGGUAGGAAUGAGAAGAUUGAAUGGAUACCAUGCCAUUAUCAGUUCUGUUUACCUUCACUGCUCUGUUUGUGAAGGUGAAGUCUGAACUCUAUUUGGGCCUUUACAGGUCAGCUGAUCAUAGAUACUGUCUCUUAGGCCUGGACGAUAUAGAAAAAAAGCAUAUCGAUAAAAAAUAAAUCAUAUUGAUCGAUAUCGAUAAUUAUCGAUAUAAUUAUUAUAAUUAUUUAACAUAUAUUUUAAUUGCAGCCCUGGAUGUUUUAUGCUAUUGCUUAAUGACCUACUUUUAAUAAAGAACACACAAGCACUAAAAUCAAAUUCAAACCUUUAUUCAACCACCUUUUUAUUUAUUUUUUUACCACAACUGAAAGUUUUUUAAAAAAGAACUUAAAAAAAAAAAAAGAAAUCAACUUAAGUGGCCUGAGUGACGUCAGUAAAUACUGACAAACAUAAAGACUAAAGUGACCAGAAAAUCUGAUAAAUAAAUAUUUAAAUAGUCUUUUGAUGAAAAUAAACAAAACAAACAAAUAUAUAAAUAAACAGAAUAGCUUAAGGUGGGAAUAGCAUACUACCAGUUUUAACUGUGUGGGAAACUGCCCACAGCCUGGUGUCUCCCGGGGUCGGGAGAUUUCUUUUUUUUAAUUAUCAUAUGAUUGACUUAAUACGCAAACUGAGCACGAGAAGCAGGACUUAUCCACGCCGGUGUUGUGUCGUAGAAUGCACCCCUGCCGAACGCACCCCCUGCUAGUAGCCAUGAUCCAAAUACUCGCGCAUGAGCUCAUUUUCUUCCACUUUAAGAAGCUAAUGAGUGGACGGGAUGCAGGGGUGCAUUCUACAGCACAACACCGGAACGUAUUUCCUCCGCACCCUUGUCAGUUUUUCAACCCCUGACCCGUUUUCAUGCCUGAAGCGCUGUGUUUGAGAAAUACUUGCGGCCGGGCACUUCAUAUCGCGGGUCGAGAGUGGCUAGAAGCUGGUCGAAGCCAGGCUUUUCAACGGUAGUUAUUGGCAGCAUGUCACUGCAUGGGUGAUGUCCUUAUGCCGCUUGGACGCUUUGUCGUAUUUUGGCAAGAAACGAAGUCCAGUUUGGUCUGCUUCACAUGCUUUGUGCUGGUGCUGGCAGCGGUUCCAGAGGAUUCCUCCUCCGACGACGUGGAGCCGCGGCGCGGCCGACACAGCUCGUACUCCUGCGGGUGCGAUCGGUUUAGAUGGUAAAACAAGUUGGUUGUGUUACCAGACUUGGUUUUUACUAAUUCUCUGCAAAUUUUGCAAACGACCGCUGUUCGCUUUUUGUCAGACUUGUAAAAACCAAAACAUUGCCAUGCUGGUGAACUACUGAAACCUUUUUUCGGGACAAUUUCCUCCGCUUCUCCUUGCUGUGACAUUUUUUCUAAUACACGUGCUGUCUGUUGUGGUUUGAGAGGGGCUGGGCUUGGUGCUGUAGCGUACCUGGGUCUGCGUUUGUGAUUGGUUGGGAGGAAGUAAUGACUGUAGUAAAAGCUACAUGAUAGGCUAUGAUGAAAAAGAAAGGGAAACUGUGUUUUUCUAUCGAACUUUUUAUCGACCCGUUUUUUUUCUAUCGCACCACACGUCUAUCGAUCGAUAUAUAUUGUUAUCGAAUUAUCGUCCAGCACUACUGUCUCUGAUAAGUUGAAAGACCAGAAGUAGAGUUGGCAGCCUCUCCAACACAUUGAGCUGACAACAAAAGUUACAGUUUAUUCAAAAAAAUGAAUUUUUCUGCAAGGAUCAAUAAAGUUCUUCUUCUUCAUCUUAAAACUAGGGCUGGGCGAUAUGGCCUCAAAUCAAUAUCACAAUAUAUUGAGCAGUUCACCUCGAUAACGAUAAAUGGACAAUAACUACUCCACAAGCUGCUCACCUCCUCCUACAUUAACUUUGUCUACUUCAGCUGCUACAACUUUUGAACCGUCCUCCAUCUCCUCACCUGUCUUUCCCUCUUUGUUACGGACUGGAUGGGGUGGAGUCACGUCUUAAUGGGACAUGAGACCACACCCUACCUACACACAUCCAAAACCAGCUUCUAUUUUUUUGACACCGAAUAUACCAAUAUGGGCAAAAUGAUGUCGGUUAUUGUCGUAAAUUUCGCUAUCUGUAAAUUUUCAGUUUAUCACCCAGCCCUACUUAAAACUCACGCAUAAAUCGUCACAGACCUUUGUUUUUUACUGGAUUAGGUACAGACAGUCUUUAAAAAAAAUGCUGAUCUUCUGUGUGAAAUAAAAUGACAUUGAUUUUACAGAAACACAUGAGGUUUAUCCUCUGGUCUCGUGAAGCAAGUGGUUUUAAAGUGAGUCCAUUCAACUCACAGUUCUGUUUCUAACGCUGAAGUGUACAAACACAACAACAUUACAUCACAUUCGUUUGAACCACACCUGUUCCAUGUCUGCUGUGGUUACUUCAUUGACUCCUUGGUUGUUGUUCUCUUUCGUUGUUUUGCACAUAGAACAACCUUGUAAGAAUAAAGGCAAAUAAAUGUUGAUGGCUUAAACUAGUUUGAACCUGUUUUCGUCUAAAUCUGGUUCUCAAUUCCCAUCCCUCGUCAGUAGAUGAGGAAACACCAGGAAAGAAAAUCAAUCAAAUAUGGGAAGCAAAUGAAAGACAGUAUGAGCAAUAGGCAGUGCAUUAAAAGCCGGGCAGAUGGCCAAAUAUAAACAGGUACAGACAGUUAACACAGAAUGAAGGCUGCGGCAGUAAGCCCUCGUAACAACAUCGACAAUCUGGCAGAGGAUAACUGUGAGCUAACCCUUCUAUAUAAACAGGCUAAUCACAGUUUCAACUGGGGGUGCAGGUGACUGAAUCAAGUGUUGGACCGAAAUCAAGGAAAGAUCAGCAGCUGGUGGGCAGGUGAGAAAUUGUGCAUGUAGAAAAAAAGGAGGCAUUUCAAAUGAGGGGAUGAACAAGAGGCAGAGGAGGGAGGGGAUGUAGACGGAGCAGCUGUCAUCAUGACAAGAUUACCACAGGUUUUUGUGCAGUCAAAAUCUCAUAAGCUGUGUGUACAAAGAUGUCUGGGUAAAUGGCGUCUGAAGCGUUAUUAUUAUUAUUUCUCCUCUCAAGCAGACAUCUCUUUAAAUAUUGUCAGUGAACUACAAAGGUUUCUGAAGUUGCUGCACUUUCUGGCUUCUUGUACUGUAACUCUUUUUUAUAUAUAUAGAAUUAACAUCCAUCCAUGUUCCAGUUCAGGGUGCAGCCUUUUUCUUUCUUUUACAUUUUUCUCUUACAUUCCUCGGGUUCAUGCUCAGUUUCAAAAUCUUCUUCUGUCAGUCUUAAAUGUAUAUAUUGGCAGACGUCGACUCCCCGGCAGACUGGACUCCCCUUUCUCCUGUAUUUUUAUAACUUUGAUGAUGGGUUAUUUUGAAUUUUCACUUUAAAUAGAAAGAAUAAAUGCAUCAGACUCAGUAAGAAUGACAUUUUUUUUGCAUCAGUUUUCAGACCUUAAAAAACAGAUCUGGAAAAAAUGGACUAAGGUUACUUUCACACCAGCCUUGUUUAGUCCAGUUGAACUGAACCCUGGGGCGUUUACCUCCUUGGUGCGGUUCGUAUUGGUUGGUGUGAACGCUGGUCUCAAACUCUGGUGCGGACCAGUCAACCGCUCUUGGGUCCGUCUGGUAGGGGUGGUCUCAGACCGCUAUCAAGUGAACUCUAGAGUGGUUUACUUCUGGUGCGCGCCUCGAAAAAUCUUGGAGGUAGGCUCUCAUUAUUCAUCUUCUGUGAUAUGAAUGUCCGACUGCAGAGUGUCUCCUGCGACGUGCAUGUAUUAAUACAUUAUUGUGGUCCGUCAAAUUUUGCUGAUAUGCAGUCCAGAUCAGCACCAACAUAAGAACGAGCAGACGAUGCUCCCUGAUGAACAGUAAAAAUUGUGAGAGAUUUGUUGUCUACCCGCCUUAACUGUAUAAGCAAUCACUGAGCGUCUUUUGCUGCCAUGUGACAAUUUUUGGACCGUUUGGUUUUGGCCUUUUUGAACCAGUUAAGAAAUUGAACCGAUGUAUCAUCAAUGUAUCGUCGUUGCUUUGGUUUGCAUCAGAAAACAGACCUUUUGGUGUGAACACGACCCACGUGUGCAAAGAUCUAAAGUCUGGUGUAUUUUGUUACUUGUUACUAGCAUGUAAAAAUGCAUUUUGCACUUAUUGUCAGUAAAAGUCGCAGUCAUUUUUACAUCAGACUCUGCAAACCUCAAAGUCCACCCAUUGCAAGCGAUUGCAGUUCUGUAGACUUCAAAACAUCCUUCGCCUCUCCUGUUAUCUCAGCAGAAAGUGCUUGGAAAGUUCUUCAACCACUGUCCGACAUCCCGCUGUUUCUGCUGGUAUAACACCGCCGUCAGCUUUCUCUUCUUCUUCUACAGUUUAAUUUCUUUUCAUGCUCACCUCAGACAUGUCAUUGGCACCUCUGCAGGGAGUCAUGAGGUUGGGACGAGGUCAGUCCACCAUAGUUAUGAACCUCGUAGAUUUUGGCAUGCUUUUCCAAACCAUUAAUCUACCAUCCGCUACCAUCAGGUUACUCUUCUUUGUGGUCGACUCUCUACUUUGGAUUUGGUGGAAAAUAUUGAACUUUGCAUGGUGAACAUACAGAAUUAGCAAGCACUCGUAAAUAAAGAGCUAAACUACAGUGUUAAAGUAGGGCCUCUCAGCAUCUUGAGUGUGGCUUAAAUAUAUCAUAUUGGCUUUUUUAUGUAGAAAAUAAGAGUCAAGACACUAAAGAAAGACAACAUUUACGAGCACUUUAUAUAACUGGAAAUUCAGCCGUGACGUGGUGGAUGUGUUCUCACCCCUCAGUCGUGCAGAAAAGCCUUCUCUCUGUUCCCUCUCAUGUUUAAAGCUGAUGCUGUUUAGACUUACUAAGAGCCCUGCAGCAACACUUUGUUGUCAGCCUGUGUGGAGUAAUUCCUCAUGUGUUUGAUCGGGGUCCUCUGAAAAUGAUAUUACCGCCUCUUAGCUCCCCCUUACACAACUUUCAUCGGCGUUUCUUUUUAGAAUAAAGCGCGGCGUGCAAAAUUAAUGAGCAGAAUGACGCAGACCCAACACCAAACACAAACACACACACACACGUCACAAAGCACUGGCGUCAUGAAGAUGCAUGUUGAGAUCAUUAUUAAUGUCACAGACUGUGCUUAUUGUACAAUUAGUACCGCGGCUCAAAAUGUCAGGAAAGGGAAGGCGUGUAAUCAAUUCUCCUGAGGUUAAACAAGCUCACUAGUUAAGCAUCUGAUUCACUGCUGCCUGUGACAGUGAAUGAUGGGCUGGAUGUUUCGCCAUCCGACUCCAGCCCAGUUCCUGCAGCUGUAGGUCUGUUAAGCAGCAGCAUCUUGUUUUCUUGUCAGUGGGCAGAGCGUGGGGAAUUGACAGCAUAUUGCCAUCGUGCCAGUUGCUCAUCGCAGGGCAAUGAUUUCCACACCUGUCCCACAUCAAGCUGAUGUUAUUCCCCCGGUACAGUCACUCAUCCCUCUGAUUCCCUCUCCCCCUCUCUCUCUCUCUCACUCUUUUUUCGCCGCAUUCGUGUUCCCUCUGCCUGUGUGUUAAUGACACAAGGCUCGGGCCCUGCUGCAGGGGGGAUUACACAGAGUUACAAAUCGAAGUGGGUUAAUCGGCCGGCCUACCAUUUCUGGAAGCAUCUCUCAGUUCACUGGCCCCACUGCUCUAUUUGUAUGUGUGCCAUUGCUUACAGUUUGGUUAAGUCUUUGUGGUGAAAACCCCACUAAUCACAUCUGCUGAAUUUCACAUGAACUGUGCACGAUAAACAAGCGCAUUUACAGAGACAGCGAACCAGUUUUCCACUCGCAUGAGGUCCAGGUUUUAAGUUUUAUAUCCUACAGUCAUUUAUAGACUGAGUACUUUGCUUCAUAUUAAAAAAAAUAAUAAGGGUACGCCUAGGGAUGGGAAUCGAGAACCAGUUUUUGUUGAGAACCCCUUCCAAAUGGUUCAAUCCAUCAACAUCGUUUACAUUUUAUCUUAAUGAUUCCCUUAAUUUGGGAGCGAAUAAUAGACAUGUUGUUGCAAAACAGGAUGCAGGAUGCAGUCGGAGAGGUCAGGUCAGGGUGAACUUUUCACACAUGAAUAAUGGUUAUCUCAAGAGGAAAAUUGGCAGAGCCAGCCAGCCAGCAAGGAAUACAUGUUUACAGAAGAAGUCACGAUGUUGGCAGUCAGACACCAACGUGAAGGCCGCUUGCAGGAAAUAUGACUAAUGACGCCAUUGGGGGAGUAUAAGAAGGAACAGUUCUGGGGAUUCUAGGGAUUGUUUUGGGUUUCUGUUGUGAGUCUGAUUGUCAUGAGUUGUGUUUGAUGCUGUAUCUAAAAUAAAAUCCCACGAGAGGCUGACAGCUUGAUUCUGUCUUUGUGUAGUUCAUUUUUGCACCUUUGCACCUGUGAAAUCUACUGUAUUAACGAUUUCUUUCUUCCGGAUGACUUGAAAAACGGUCUCACAAGAGCUACUUCUGCGUGAACGAGAACAGAAAACCAUGGCGGAUGGUGGCUUCAGUUUACUAAGAAAGACGACAACAGCGUGACGUUCAACAUUUGUCGAGUAGCAUUAUGUAUUUGACUCAAUACCAACCAAAGUAAAUGCUGUACAAAUAGUUUGCCGUUUGAUUAUUUUUAGACUUUCACUGAAGGUGGCGUACAUCUUUCUCUGUUAUCAGAGACUCAGUCAAAAUUUGAGUUAACAGUGAAAACCUGUAGUCUACGUUUUUUUUAAAUCAAAGAAAGGCAUUGAUAAGGGAAUCGCUAAAGAUUUGAAUCAAUAAGAAGAAUCGAUAAUGGCAACGAUAUCGAUAAAAUCUUAUCAAUUCCCAUCCCUAGGUACACUCAGGGCUGGGUGAUGAAACAAUCAUGAUAUAUACCGAAAACUAAUUUUCUUUUAUAUCGAUAUAAACAUUGUCAAUGUGCUUUUCAGUAGUCGGCAUUCUGCCAUGUUUUGGUAGGGGAGUUGCUCCGGGUCAUGCCAUGCUGAACCAAUCAUGCGCUGAAUUAGUACCAAGUAGCAAACAACUGCAUAGUAACAGGCUGCAGCUACACGCAACCAUAGCAUUUUAACACAGGAAGCCGACAACACUGUCAGUGAGACAGAUUGAUACGGGAUUUAAAAAAAUAUAUAUCGUGAGAAACUUUUUCCCUUAUCACCCAGCCCUAGGUACAUGUUAGUGUUUUUGUACAUUAUUGAAUUUUGGAGAUGAUGAUAUUCCUGCAAAACUGUGCCUGUUUGCACAAUUUUUGCACUUUUAUACCCAAGUUUGUUCUCAGAAAGUUGAAAUUAGUGAAUUUCAGGGAUUUGUUUUCUCAGACAUGAGAAGAGUUGAGCGAAAACAUGCGUGCACAAAUAAUCCUGUAGCCAAAGCUGCGGAAAUGAAUCCCUUUUUCUGUCCAAACUCUAACACACACACAUCACAAUAACCACAGAGGAUUCUGUGUUGUUGCAGCCGUUUCAGAUACAGCAGAUAACACUCACAUUUUGCAGCCAGAAUCGCUGACUCAAGAGGAUAUCAAGUUUCUUUUUGGGGCUUUGAUGCCUUUGUUUUAGAGAUGAAAUCAUGCACAGACAGAGCGAUAUGCACCACAAUCCUGCUGAUGAUGAGUCGUACAGAAGCAUCAACAAAACGAUCAGAUCAUUAGCUGAAGAAAUGCAGCUCACCUCGCUGGUGAAAUAAAAACAACAGUGUCAGCUCUGCUGUGAUUUACACCACUUACAGUAUAGAAAUUUUCCAAAUAAAGGAAAACCGUGGAUGUUUUAUGGCUCUGUAAGAAAUAUGUUGAAAGCCAUUAAGCUUAUAUAGAAGGGUUGUUGAGGAAAUAAAAAGCAGACAGCCCAGCUUGCACCCACGGCUCAGUGUCUAUUAAAACAGCAGGUUUGACUGUAUUAAUGAGUCUAUAAACUUGGUUUUUACAACUGAUGACAGGAGUGUGUUUAAGUCGUAGAGCUUUAUAUUACAUCCUUGAUUUGUGUCCUCCUUUUCUUUAAGGAUGACAUCAAAUUUUAAAUAUCUUAAGUCAUAUAAUAAUCAAAUAUAACACAGCAGGAUAUGUCGUCUGUAAUAUUUACCGAGGGUCACAGACAGUGGGAUAGAUCCAGUGAUGAAGAGGUAAACCAGGCAUCAACCAACACUGUGCUUUUUCAAAGACCUAUGACCGGUGUUAUAAAUCAAAAUGGUCCACUCCUGCCUUGCAUCCCCUCUGUGUCGUGUAUUAGGGACAACACUCGUCAUUGUGUGGGACCUAUUUUUAGAUUGUUAAUCAAGGUAACGUGUUCAGGCUGACACACUCAGCAUGAUAUCCUAUAAAGUGUGAGUGGAGUGAGAUUGCUCCAUUUCAGCUCAUCCUUCCACAAUAGCCUGACAAAGGUUAACAACGUGUGCAUUUUGUGUGGAUGCACAAGCGUAUUUGGAGUUUGUUUUUUGAGCAUCACGUGGUGUUUCAACCUCGGGAUACGUUUUUUAACACAAAUCAACAGCGUCUAUUAGUAUAUCCAUGUACUGAUUAAAAUAUAUAUUUUUGAUAUUGUUUUCUUCAUAGUUAUCAUAAAUUUUAGACAAGCCUUUAAGAUAUACUGCGUUUAUUUGCCGAGAUGAAAAAUGUGAGGGUGAAAUUGUUGAUUGUUAAAAUACUGUUUUGAAAUCUGAUAAAGCCAUUUAUAAAAAAGUAUUAUCAGUGGCACCGAACUUAUUUUUUUGACUGUGGUAGCCCAACUGGUGCACUAACUUGUACAAGGGUGGCACAAAGUACACGUGCACAUGCAUAUGAACCUCAUUUACGUACCAUUUCCCUGCUAAUCAUACCUACUUUGACUAUCUGCAUUAGAAAACCUUACUGAUACUGUAUUUCUGCAUAUAGGACCUCUCUUGAUCCUCUUUGGAAGUCAAUAUUUAUUUUGUUUUUUUGAAAGAUUUUUUUAAACUUUGUGGGCUAUUUAAAAACCCAAUCCAAUGAAAAUCUUUUUUUUCUUGUUUUUUACAUGUUCGUGUGGGAUUUUUCUGAUGUUACGGGACAUAUCAUGAGAAAAGUUCUUCAUGGAAAUGCAAUCAGACCGAAACGCUAAGGCAGAAGAACUACCACAUCUGCAGUGUAAAAUUAUAAAUAUGGUGAUUAUUACUUCAAGGAAAUGAUAAAGAAAUGAUCAUAAAUGUUCUUCCUUGAGCUGUGUAACCCCACUGUAAUCCGUAAUGGACUGGCCCGAGGUCCCGCUACAAACAAGCGGCUGCUGGAAGAGAGUAGGUGGGUUGUGUUUAGUCUCUUUGCAAAAGAAAUCAGGCAAAGCUAAAAAGAUGUUUGGUGGAUAGUACUAUGGCUGGGACCCUACAUGUACUGUUGAUGAAGUUAGGUGCUGUUCUGAGCAUUAUUUGUGGCUAUAGAGUGGCGUUUUGUUUGAGGUUUGUGUGUGGCUCCUCAGACCGCUGUGUAUUGCUAUUGUGCGGUCGUUACUAAAGUUGGUAAAACUAGAGAAGCAAGCAUUCAUCUCUCAAGGGGGUGUUACUGUGUGUUUGACCCAAAAUUAAUUUUACGCCGGAAUAUCCCUUUAAGUUUAUCAGUGUGUCAUCAUGAGGUGAAGACAACAAUCUGAAUGCAUCAGUCCCUUUAUCUUCAGUGGCACAAACAGCAUGAAAGGUCUUGGGCUAGCAAUGUAUGAAAUGAUUAAAGGCUGCAGGCAAUGUCUUUAAACCACAUUCAUCGCUGAAUUUCAAAGAUGAAUCUCAAUUACUGAAAUUGCUUUUGUGAUUGCAUGUUUGGAUCUCCAUUAUUUUACAUUUUAAAACCGCUUAUAAGUCCGUCUUAAUAAUGUAAAGCAAUUCUAGCUGAUGUCUCGUUGUGAAAAACAAAUGAAAUGUACUUGGUGUUAGUUUGGAAGAAAGAACAGCGGCUCAACUACAGAGAGAGAAACGCAGUCAACUCAUUACUUUUUAACCUUGAUUGCAUUUUGACUGACAUGUAAAUGCUAACAGCCUUGGUUGUGGUUUCAGCAUGAAGAACACUGCCUGCUUCUUUGCUUUUGACUCUGGCUGCUUGCUGUGUUUCAACAUAUCAGAUUAACUAACACAGAGAUGUUGUCGUUGACAUAUGUCCCUGUUUUCUCUCUCAGACACAUUUCCAAAUAUUUAGCAGUGAUUUAAUACAUAUUUGAUCAAUGCUACCUGAGACUAAUAAUAAUAAUCUCUGAGUCUAAAUCAAAUCCUUGUUUUGUUCACAUGGAAUCACUGGCAUAAACAUUUGUCAAAACUGCAUCUGUUAUGUGUUGAGAGAUAGAGCAAAUAAGCCAUCGAAUGCAGCUGGGUAGUUACUCAUACAUUAUUCUGUCUAGAAAUUAUUCAGUCAUUUUGAAUAUCCUAGAGUACUCAUUUUAAUGAACCCAAUAGUUUCCAAGCUGUCUAAACGUUCUCCAAAGGCUAACUUUCCAAAACCAGCGAACAUGUUUGUUUUUCACGGGGCCUUGUAUCUAAUUUCUAUAGAAUAGAAGUGUUUAUGAGAUAUCUAUUGAUUUGUGUGUUUCCCACAAGCUGAUUGGUUUACCCAGAAGGUUUUCGCUGCUCUGUCCUGUCAUCAAAGCCUUAUAAUUGGUCUGGAGGGUCACUGCGGUUUGGCUCAUGUCUAGCACUCCCGCAUAGAUUUCCCAGAGCGUGGAAACUCAUACCGCCGGUCGUCGAUAGAACACGAGGCAACAGUAGAUUCUGUUUUUCUCACAGCUUGUCAAAAUACAAGGAGUUGAUAAUGGCUAAAGAGGAGAGACGUGCGGGUGUGGAUUGGUUUUCACAGCAGCUGAACAUGACACUCAGAGCUGAUAAUGGGAUAGCCUCAAGGGGGAUAAUGAAGCCAUUGACCUAGAGUAAGUUUGGAGAUACUCUCAGCUGUCAUUUGUACUUCAAUAAAUCAUGCACAACUCGAGAGCGGUUUGUAAUGUGCAUUUCUUUAAGUGCAAAAACAAAGCAUCGUUGCAAUCACAGCCUUAUUUUCGGGUCUUAGGUUAAUGCUUCCUAUGUAGUUCCCUCUCAGUUACGAUUCUAGGAAGUGGUGCAUUUGGAAUAAUGAAGCCGAAAACAAGUGCUUUUGUUUCGUUAUUAAAACGGGUUUCACGUCAGCACUGACGCUAAAGACGAUGCCUGAAACAGUUCCCGGCUCUUUUAAUUAUUCAGCCUUAUAAUGUCAGCUGUGGGAGUGUAUUCAAGGAUACAGAUAAAGAGCAAAAGAAAACCUGGAUGAGAGGUUAGUCAGGCAUGUAAGCGUCUUGAAAUGCUUUCCUUCCUGCUGCUGUAAUUUCUCCCACUUGAGCAUCUCCCACUCAAGACGACUGCAUGCAAGGAAUGUAUCUCCAUCAUAUUGUGUUGGCGUAUUGGCUUGUAUUCUGCACUCUGAUCCAUUUACAUUUUCUGAAGUGUGAUCUUUGUGACUUUGGUCAUGCAAAACUAGAUGUGUCACUGGCUUCGGAGUAGCGGCAGGGAACCAGAAACGUAACCUUUUCUCUUUUUUCCAUGAAAAAAAUGAUGUAAACUGCUUUUUAUCGUAUGUGACAAUGAUUUGUAAGUUAUAUGUCUGGCCUCUGUUAAUUCGAUGCCAAACUUUUUAAAAGGUUUAAAAAAGAGAGGGAGGUUUGUUGUGUUUCAGUAGAUUUUUGCCCCCAGAAAGAAAAGUGAAACUAGAUUUGUAGGUUUGUCCUCCCAAUAGAAAUAGAAAUGAAAAACAAGUGUGCAGUCUUGAUCUCUUUUUCCAGUUAAACAGGUCAGUCGGGGUGAGAUGAGGAGAACAUCUCCCCUGGAAAACAAAUAACAUUGUGAGGAUUAGUGUCGACGAUCGUGUUUGUGCUGGGUUUUGUGAGAUGCACUUUCAUUCCAGAGUACUCGGGGUAUUAAGGCAUCUCCAUGCUCACAUCACUGUUUCAUCCGCUUGAAUGAAACCAAAUAUCUGUCUCUUACCUAAACGCUUCACCGAGUUUUGUUGUGAAAUUAAAACAUAGGGGCCUCAUGAGUGACCGUUUCUGCUUUAGUCAACUUAGAGAGCAGUUUAGCAAUGAUUGUAACCCACUUUGGACAUUGUAUAUAUAUGUAUAUGUAGUUGUAUAUUUUAAAAUGUUGUUUUCUUUUCCUGAGAUUUAACAAAAGUAAUACUCUUGAUUCUUAUGGUGCGCUGCUAGUUCUUAGCAUACACUGACAGUACACACACAUAUUCCCGCAUUACCGACACAGGACUAUACUCCUGAACCUUCCCACUGAGCAAUAGACGUCUAGUUUUUGUGAGACGUAAUUUCAACCGUCUAGUUGCACUUUAACCCAUUAUUCGAUAAGUAUUUAUUAAAAAAGCAUUCUUGAGUUGCAUAAGUGAUCUCCAAGUACUUAACCAAAGUAAUUAUGAUAGCCAUUGAGCAAUAUAUAGUGUAGUAUAGAUAUUGCCCAGAUUUAGAGGCUAGUCUAAACUAAGACAUCUAAAAAACUUUAAUUUUUAGACCUUUGGCUGCCUGAUUUUAGACCAGUCAUCUAGGCUACAUUUAGACGUGUAUAAGACCUCUUUUAGACCAAAAAAAAUGCUCAGUGGGUUAAGUCAUAUUAGACAAGAAAGACAUUAAGCUUAUACUUCUCACAAACAUGCAGCAACUUGGUUUUAGAAAGCUGCAGUUCCUUGAGUGUCCUCUGGGGCUGGCUCCAAAAGCACAAGCAAAUCUGUUCAAAAAAGUAAACACGUUUAAAGCCUGAUACAAAAAAAACAAUGUUGUCUAAAUAGGUUAUUUCUGUCUUCACACUCAUUAAGGGGUGGCUGGGGCGCUGAAUUGUUAGUUUAGGCGGGCACAAGACGCUGUUAGCAAGGAGGCUAAAGGCUAAACGCUGGAUUUCCACUGAUCAAUAGGGGUGGGUAUUGGCAAGGACCUCACGAUACAAUACGUAUCAUGAUACAUGUGUCACAAUUCAAUACAAUACAAUACAACUGUAUAUUUGCAAGGACCUCAUCAUACAAGACAUAUCACAAUAUAGUAAUAAUAUAUCAUGGUAUUUAACAUUGUUAAUUAGUAGAAACACAAGUUGCUGUAAAUAAGGAUACUGAUCCAAGGACUGAUUCAAUUUGACUGCAUAAGUGCCACUUAUGGCAAUUUGAAAAAAAUCAAUACUUGGUUAAUGUGAAGAUACAAUAUAUCACCAGAUAAAAUAUUGCGAUGCUAUGCUGUAUCGUUUUUUUCUCCCACCCCUAAUGACCAAUAUUCAUCACAAUAGCUAUGUUUUGAAAUUACAUAGAUAUAACAUAUGUAAUACCUCUCCUUUAGUGCUCAAAUGAGAGGAAAAGAAGACAUGACUUAGUUACUAACUUUAUACACAUUCACCUGAUUGUUUCAAUGGCUUUAACUUGACUUCUAGUUUGCGGGUCCUCUAUGGGCAUACCUGUGGCCAAGCUAAGGUCAUGUGUUUGAUAGGUAGGCCAGAACGUAUACACACUCUUUUUCACGUCCACACAUAUGAACGCUAAAGCUGACACCCUCCAAAAGCACCCCCGUGUCUCUUGUAGGUCAGUCCAACUGAGAGGAGAUAUUGCUUCUUUGUGGGUGUCCUUGCUCAAGGAGAUACUCUACACAGGCCAUCAAAUCUGGACUCAUACCACCCAGCGCAUGGACAAAGAAGGAAGACACACACACACACACACACACACACACACACACACACACACACACACUCAUGCGUUAACUUGAUUUGCAGUGCAGGUACAGCUUGAUAACCAGUUUUUUGUUCUUGUGCUGGCUCCAUACGUGCCCAUCGAUCCACACACAUCUAUGUAUUGCAUUAUCUCACUGUUGACAAUGUGUAGAUGUGGUGUGGGCCUCUUGCUACUGUGUUUGAAUAGCAAUAGGCUUAUUCCUCCUUCCCAAAGACUUCCAUAAUGCAUGAGGCAUGGGUCUCCUCAAGUGGAUCAAUGUGUUUGUGUGUUUAUUGAGAAUAUGGGGAUGAAAGGACAGCUGUCAAAUGCCCAAGCAGCAACAAAGAGGCAGGAAUUUGGCGUUUUUGACAUACAUACUGAAAAAUACUUGUAUUAUUACCUUUCACAUUAUCUCUUCAAGCCAAAGAAGUGGGAAAUGAUACACAGAGGGAUAGAAAUUUUUCUUUUCUUGUCUUUUCUUUGGCCGGCUAACCUUCCAUUUUAUGCGAAUGAGAACAAUAACAAUUUCAUCAACUCCCGCUCUUGUCUUUCAGAGGGAUUCAAAAGCACCCUAAUAAUCUAGGUCCUGCUCUGCUAUGCCUUCUUUCCUCCAUCAUCCCUCUGACACACACACCCACACACACACACACACACUAGCGUCCUCCCUCUUUGAAUUGCCACUCUACUCCACUCCUCUCCGGGGACACAAAAAGGCCUGCAGAUGCUUCAAUCGACCCUAAUAAAUUGUAUGUAGUCAUUUAAGCCGUGCGGCUGCCAACUGGCGGAGCUGUGAACCUCUGCUAUGGGAGAGCUCUGAGAAAAGAAAAAAAAAAGCGGUCCCUCUAAAUUUGAUUCACCUUCAGCGGUGAGCUCUCUUGAAAGCUAUGUCCAGGCAGGAGUAAAUGAUGAAAGAGCUUUGAAGAAAAGGGGACAUAUAUACCUAAAGAGAGAGGGGGAAGGGAGCGGUGUGAUGGAAAUGAAGGUUAGACAAAGUACAAGUAAACAAACAAGACUCUGGACUGUAUUGAAAUCCGUCAUCUAGUUUCCGACAUGUCAUAAACUCAGGAAAAUGUCUUUAGGGAAGAAAAAUGCCAAAUGUGUAGUGAGCCUAAAAGCUUUGGUCGGAGUAAUGUCCUUAUGGGAAUUCAAUCUCAAGACCUUCACUCUACACAAACAAGCACACGCUCGCUUCUCUAAGUAACUACAUUUUUCAGUGCGAUUCAGAUAAACAGCCACGGAUCUACAUAUCUGCCCAUCUGAGUUGGGUGUAAAGAGUUCGUCUUUGUCUUCAUACAACGGCAAAAUAUUCUUUUCAUCCAGAACCCGCUCUGUAAUGCGGUAUAACUGGUUGUGUGUCAAAAUUACAGGCUGUUUUUAGCAUGGAUUUGUUGUCUGCCUCUACUUUUACUGAUGAUUGGCUCAGUUUUCAAGGAAAUAAAGGCAUCACAAUUAGUGCUGGAAGAUUAAUCUAAUUUUAAUCAUGAUUUUGGCUUCUUAUGAUUAUAAAAACAUUAUAAUCGAAGAAAGACGAUUAAUGCGCCGCACGGUGCGGUGUGUAUGUAAGUACCUGUGCUGGAAAAACACCUUGAAUGCACCCCUGUUACACGUAGCUGCGGCCUACGUGUGAUGUGUAUGGAUCACUAAUAUGAGGAGUGAGCGAUUAAAAACAUGGCAGAAGGGCUGCUGUUGGUUGAGAAGGAAGUUAGGAAAACUUCAGUUUUUUGGCUUUAAUUUGAUGGAUGUCGAGCAACACGACCAACUUCAGGGUUUCCCUGAUGUGCAAUUGAUCGUGGUGCACCACCAUGGCUAAAUAAAAGCCGCCACACCUUAAAUAUGAAGGUUUUUUUUAUUUUUAUCUACAUAACUCUCUAACUCAGACUCACGUCAGUAUAUGCAUGCGGACAUGGGCACUGCACCACGCAGCAUGUGCAAUUUUUGCUGUGCGCCAGUUCUUGCAGGAUCCAUUAGAUUACGAAGAUUACGAACGGUGGUAAUCACGAGAACUCAAAAUCAGCAUCUCCUCAUCCAUGGUAUCAUCAGGAUGAAAUGCUGUCUAAAAACUUUUCACUUGUUCAUCCCUGCCCUUUUGCAUGUUGUGAAAUACAAUCCGCCUGAAACACAGAAUGUUUUACUUUGAAAGACAACGGAUGUUUUAUUUUGUGUAUGUGCCUAACUUCCUGUCCAGCACUGACUAAUCUGUGCUGAAUCUAGCGUCCAGACAACGGAAAGAAGCUGGUGGAAAUUGACACGUUAACUUGAAUAGCUACGAUCAGCGGAUACAGCCUUUUCGUAGAUGUUCCAGAUGCGGUGGAAAUUGGGGGUUAACAUUAGCAAGUUAUUGUCAGCAAUCACCCUCCAGCCCUUCCGCGGUCCAAGUCGCUCAACACACAUAGCAUGAAAUGAAAUGUUGGUGGAUCAAUACAUACUCAAGUUCUGAAUGAGUAAUUGUCUUUAUUAAUCGUGAUGUCAAUAUCAGUCAAAAUAAUCGUGAUUAUUUUUUUGGCCAUAAUCUACCAGCCUAAAUCAAAACAUAAAAAUCUAAUCUUCGUCGGUAUUCUUAAGUUCUUGAAACACCCUAGUUUUCAUUACAUGCAUCAACUAAAGUAUCGACAAAUCCAUACAUAUGUAGUCAUAUAAAUGGCUCUAAUUCAGUAAUUUUCCAUCCUUCUGUAACCUGCAGUAAAACCAUAAGUUUUGUGCAUCAUUGCGGUCUGUAACUCACAGGACGUCCUUUUCCAUUCAUUGUCAGUAAACGUUGGACUCAAUGGUACAGGAAGUCCACCCAUUACAGGUAACUGCUUCUGUUUGCAGACCACAGCACUCUCUCUCUCUCCACUUUCCUUUGUGUCUCAGUGUAAAAGAGCUGGAAUAGCUUUUGCUUUCAGUCUUGGUUUUCAAGGUGACUAGCAGCACAUCCCUGAAACUCUUGUGCGACAGUGUCUGACAUGUCACACGUGUCACCGGUGAGUCACAUCCGCAUAGAAAUCUGAAUUUUGAACACAAAUCAGGUCGGAAAUAUAUAAUGAAUAUAUUAUUUAUUCACAAAGCUGAAGCAUUACAUUUUAAUAAAUAGUUCCAACUUUUUUUUGGGUAGAUAUAAGUAAUUAAAUUUGUCAUUUUCAUUUAUUUCAGAGAUAAUAUACCGAGGGAUGUUCAUUUUUUUCUGAUAGCAAGAAUUCUUUCAAUAACUUUCAUGUGUCUCUGGUGGACUGACUGCAUGACAGAUCCUUUCUUCCCCAAAUACAUCAAACAAACUGUCAAGUUAUUUUUUGUAAUAGACAUUUUUUUGCCACAUUUUAAGAUAUUUGUCAAAACUGUCAAUCUUACUGUCAUGUUCUAAAUAUUUCACCCUUAUUUAUUCAGAAGCAAAUGGGCCAAAUGAAACCCCUGCAGCAUCCCCCUGCAGGCUCUCCUGUUGCAGAUUUACUCCAUGCAGUGCACAAGCUGUUCCAGAUAGAGAGCCGAUAUGGUAAAGACUGCAUGCACAGCUCUCCAGAGACGGUUAUAUAUGUCACUCAGCUCUGUAGGGAUCGCCAUGUUUAUUAUUAGGCAUCUGGAAAAAGGCUGUGCCCUAUGCCAGGUUCUUCAUGCCCUGUCGCUGACGGCUUGAGGACCGGGUGAGACAGGAAAUUGAAAGCCACUUGUUGUUGGAGGGCUUUUUGGAGGGAGUGAAGUCGGUGGAUGAUGGAGUGUGCCGUGGACAUAUGGCUGAGUGGUGGAGGGAUCACAUUUCCUCCUCACUGCUGGAAUUUCAAAGAGGAGAAGGAGGAGGAGGAGAGAGAGAAAGAUGGACUUACAGGAUUGAGGGAGGGAGAGACUCCUUUAGGAUUCAGUCCAGCACUUCAAGGUCAGCGAGAUACAGAAAUAAAUAUACUUCAGCAACAUCUGUCAGGGAUUUCUUCUGCUAAAAGAUAUAAAAAAACAAGAAUCAAAAUCAAUUAUCAAUAUCGAUGCCAUUAUCGAUUCUGCUUUUCGAUUAAGUUCUUUAAUGAUUCCCUUAUCAAUGCCUUUCUUUGAUUUAAUAAAAAAAUAGACUACAUGUUUUCAACGUUAACUCAGAAUUUAAUGAAGAAUCUGAUAACAGAGAAAGAUUUACGCCACCUUCAGUGAGAGUCUAAAAAUAAUCAAACGACGAACUAUUUGUUCUUAUGUUAACACAGGAUAUACAUUAGGGUGACCAUAUUCUGAAACCCCAAUAAGAGGACACUACUAUGUGGGUGCAGACUUGUGUGCCUAAUUUGGAGGGCUUUUUUGGUUCAGUGGAGUGUUUUUUUUUUGCGCUUCUGACUCAGUUAAACGCAUAUUCUGAAUUCCCAAGGACAGUGCAUGCGUGUGCUGCGUUUAUAAUGAAUGAAUACACAUUCCGGACAUUUGGAAGAUUGUAUGAACCCCCCCCGGACGGCCCCCCAAAAGAGGACAUCUCCGGGUAAAAGAGGAUGCAUGGUCACCCUAACAUACGUACUUUCCAUGCCGUGCUGAGACAGAGCAGCGGUGGCUGACAACUGGCGUAGAACAUUGAAUACAUGUGACUCUUUAUAUUUGAUGCCGUGCCCCGUUGACAAAUGUUUAAGCGUGUUGUUGGUGUUCCCACCUCUGUAUGUUAUCAUUGCUCGACAAACGUUGCACUGUUGUCGUCUUUCUUAGUAAAAUUAAGCCACGCUUUAGCUCGUUUCUGCCUACUUUUUUUACCGUCUUAAGUCUCUGUCCUGGUUCACGUAGACUGGCACUCGUGAGACUGUUUUUCAAGGCACCUGGAAGAAAGGAAUCGUUAAGAGAAUUAUUCAGAUAAAUAUAAAGGAUGUCGAUGGAUUGAACCAUUUAGAACCAGUUCUUGAUUCCCAUCCCUAACUGUAGCACAAUCAAUAUUUGCAAAAUAUCAGAUUUGCUCAUAUUGCUGUCGGUAAACAAUUAUUUUAAUGCAAAGUUUCACUAUUUUUAAAAAUAGGGAAAAUCUUCAAGUCUGAGUUCCUCACUUGGCCCUUCAGAAUCCAUCUAGCACCUCCGAGUUUGAUCCAACACCUGUCAUGUUCUGAAGACAGCUCUCUCAGCUGUGCAUGUUUAGCAGGAAUGAUCUAAGCUAUUCACAUUCACCGUGUGUUAACUCUUCCUUUUUUUUCCUCCUAUCACAUGCAAAUACAUGCAACAGGAGCUCCUCUGAGAAUGAGAUAAAUACAUGGAGCGGGACUAUAGGGAAGCGAGGGGGGAGGCCAUAGGGAGAGGGAAAUGGAUAAAGAUUUGUGUAAAAGAAUGAGGGGAAAAUGGGAGAUGAAAACGAGAGAAAAUAACAUGAAAGAGAGAGAGGGAGAAGAAUGAUGGGGCACAUGAGGAGAGGGAUAAAAGAGAGGGGGAGAAGGUAGCAGAGGGAGGUCAUUUCUGGUGCUGAAAUCAGAGACUGGAAGUGAAGAGCUGUGAGAAUAAAAGCAAUUUGCAUCACUGCUCCACUGAGCUUUCCAGUGCCUUUCAUUUACCCCCCCUCCCACCCCCACCUUAAACCCAGCCAACAUCCCCCAUCCCUUACAGCCAACUCACCACACCAUGCCAUGCCUCUCAAAUGGAAAAACCAGCUCCAAGGGUAAAGAGGGAAGAAGGAGAUAGAGAACCGGUUCUUGCUAUUUGGUCGUCCUUAUUCCUUUUUAUUCUCUCUCCCUGCAGACUGAAGUCACCGUUCUUCCUACCUCUGUCCUCAUCAUCCUCCCAUUACACCUCAUCAGCCCCAAACCUUUCUCCUGCUCCUCAGUGCUGCUUUGAAAGUCUUUAUCUCGCUUUGUUUUGAUUCUCCUUACCCGUAAAAGUUCCAACUCACAAUCCUUUCACGCUUUUUUGAUUUGAAAGAGAAACCCUUCAAGAAAAAAAGUAAAAGGUCAGGCGUGAUGUCUCUCGUCCAUUCUGCCCAUGUUUAAGUCAGCAGAGCCCCUAGUGGAGAUUUAACAAAUGACUCCAGAGGUGAACUUUUGUUUUACCUAAUAUGUGUAUUUAUUUAUUUAUUUUUUUUUUACUAAUGUUUGACUGAAAAGCCAAGAAAAUGUAGAGCUUGGUAUAAAAAAUAGUGUUUACAGCUAACAGGAUCUGCAGCAUUGUACUAUAUUAUUUAAUGAAUCUAUCAUUGGAAGCUAAAGUGUUAAACUUUUAAGUGUUAUAACCAUAAACUGUAUAUAUAUAUAUAUAUAUAUAUAUAUAUAUAUAUAUAUAUAUAUAUAUAUAUACUAUAUUAUGGACAAUUUGGUUCCGCCUUCCAUCAAUAUACAAACUUGAAGCCAAGUCUUCGCGGUAAUUCUGGAAUUUUCUCCACUUCCUGAAACCACCACUUGUGCAAAAGCAUUGGACAUACUCGGUGGGAGAGUCGCUGUGAUGACGCUCGGCUCAAACAGCGUAUCCCCCGAGUGUGUGACACAAUCUUCGUAUGCCCAUAGGCUGUAUCAAGUGUCAAUCAUAGAAAACAUGAACCCCUUCAUAACUUUUAAAAAUGGAGCUGUACAGAAAAAAGAGGACUUGAGCACAAACCAGUCUGACAGUAACUACAUGUCAACAUCUCAACCAGGGGGGAGAAACAUUUAUAUUCUGUGUGAUUCAUUUCUUAAGUUUGUCCACAGAUCCAUAGAGAUUGCUGGAGGAGGCGGGAUUUAUGACCUAUACUGCACCCCAUCACCAGAGGGUGAGGGAGGAAGCAUUUUCUGAUCUAAAAACAUUAGAUCAGAAAAUGCUCCUUUUUCUGUAAGAUAGUAAAACACUGUAUUUUAUCUUUGUUUAAAAAAGUAAAGUAUGAUUUAUUUCUGUGAUCACUGGAAAUGAGCAAACAGGAAUUUUAGUCAGACUCCAAACCGUCUGGAGUUAGAUCUUCAUGCUGUUGUUAGACCAUGUGGUGGUGCAUGGAGGACAAGUUUGGUUGGUGGGGUCAUAGUGAGCAACUGGAGCAACCCUCUGUUGUUUUGGUCUGGUCUGGUUUAUGGUUAGAUACCCUAAACUGCAGUCUUCAAGAGGUGGACUUUGUUUGUUUGUUUGUUUAUUUCCUGUCAUGCUGAUCAAAUAAAUGACAGAGCAAAAAAAACUAGAUGGCAUAGAUUCAAGUCAAAAUGGUUGAGCAAGCGAGUCUUGACAAAUUCCAAAUAGUGACUUGAAGCUUAUUCAAGAUUAAUUCUGGCAUUUCUAAAUUCCCUUAACUAUCAAAUCAUUGUAGACUCAAACUCUAUUAUUGAUAAAAACCAAUGUGAGAUUUCUACUAUUUGGCUGCCUGGAGGCUUGACUGACCUGCUGUGCGGUUGACUGUAAAAGUAGCAUUGUCUGGAAUCUUUGACACUGUCUGAAAAUCAGCCCACACAGUGACUGGGGCUAUAAAAUGUACCCUCUCAGUUAUGAAACACAAAAACUUGAAGUUUUCCGGAGUUCUUUUGGGAACACAUCAUGUGGAUGUGGAUGUGAGUGGUGAAGACGUGGGUUAGACUUCCUCAUGCAUGUGGAGCUCAUACUGUUAAACCAGAAAGAGACAUCAUGAGGUUAACUUUGUCAGUGCUCCAUAAGGAAAAACUCUCGAAGACUAUGAGACCAUUGUGUACCAGGAUCAGGUGGUUGACAGGCGACCUGAGGAAGCUACGCUAAAGAUUACAAGAGAUGUUCUGAACUUGACAUACAUGAUAGGGCUGGGUGAUAUGACCUCAAAUCAAUAUCACGAUAAAUUAAGCAGUUCAUCUUGAUCAAUGGACGAUAACUACUCCACAAGCUGCUCACCCCCUCCCACAUUACCUUUGUCUACUUCAGCCGCCACUCCAGCCGCUCCAACUUUUGAGCCGUCCUCCAUCUCCUUACCUGUCUUUCCCUCUGUGUUGCACACUGGAUGGGGUGGAUUCACAUCUCUGACGUAGGACAGUGUCUUAAAGGGACAUGAGACCAAAGCCUACCUACACACAUCCAAAACCAACUUUUAUUUAUUUAUUUUAAACCAAAUUAUGACUUGGACAAAAUGAUGUUGGUUAUUGAUGUAGCGGUAAAUUUUCUGUUUAUUGCCCAGCCCUAUACCUUACUUUCUCUCCGACAUGGUGGGAGAAAUGACAUCAGUUAUUGUCAUAAAUUUCAGUACCUGUAAAUUAAUUAAUAAAAACAAACAUAAUGUAAUAAAAGUAAAAAAAAAAAAAGGUUUCAGAAAAAAAAAGGAUAAUUUUCAUUUUUUAAAGUUCUGCUAAACUUGAAUGCAGGGUUAGUGUGGAGCAGCUGUGGCUACGUCUGAGCAAAGGCAGUGGGCAGAAAUCCUGCAGUUUAAAGUGACUAUCAAAGUGAGAGGGUUGUGAGAAUGAAUCAUGGCAAAUUUGAAAACAGUGCAGCUUGAGUGGCCUGCCUGGACUAGCCCUUAGGGGAUGAAUCAAAACUUUGAUGUGCAUCCAUGAUGUUUUUUUCAGGAUGAUGCAGGCGAAGAAGUUUUGCAAGAACCUCAAAAGUAUUUCUUUUGUCAUCCUUAUGAUACUGACUUAAAUCAAUCCAGAUACAAAUAAUAUUUCAUCAGGAAAAAUUAGAAGUAGACAGCUUUACACAAAAAUAUGUUUUUAGAGGUUAGCAUUCAAGCUGGGCCAUAUGGACUGAGUUUUAUUCGUUUUUCUCCUAAAAACUACAGACAUGACUCAACGCUAGGGCUGGGCGAUAUGGCCUCAAAUCAAUAUCAUGAUACAUUGAGCAGUUCACCUCGAUAACGAUAAAUGGAUGAUAACUACUCCACAAGCUGCUCUCCUCUCCCACAUUAACUUCAUCUACUUCAGCCACCACCCCAGCCACUACAACUUUUUGAACCGUCCUCCAUCUCCUCACCUGUCUUUCCCUCUUUGUUACAGACUGGAUGGGGUGGAGUCAUGUCUCUGAUGUAAGACAACGUCUUAAAGGGACAUGAAACCAUAGCCUACUUACACACAUCCAAAACCGAAUUUAUUGACAUGGGCAGAAUAACAUCGGUUAUAGUCAUAAAUUUCGGUAUUGAUAAAUUUCUGGUUUAUUGCCCAGCCCUACUCAACACUGUGGUUUGUUUGAAGUCUGACACCGUAAAAUCAAACCAGUCCAAAACCAUUUCCCAGACUGAGCCUGUUCUGUGCAUGUUUGUCUCCACAAAUGCAUUUCAUGGAUUUAAUCAAUUUAUCGCACAUCCCUAGUUUGCCUUGUUUUAUAUCAGGCUGUACCGUGUGUUUUCCUUGUCAGGGAGCUGUAUUUUUAGCUCUGCAGCUGAUUGAGUCGCUGCAUGAAACGAAGAAAUCGCUGUCCCUUUGAUUAUGUUACUCUGAAUUAUGUAUUUAUCAAGAAGUUGUCUAAAUGAGUCGACACAGACACAGCAGGACAUGCUAUGGAGCUCAACAUUAACCUAAAUGGAUUUUCACAUGGUAUAGAAGCUGGGCCGUUUGAAUGUAAUAACGAUCAUUGUUUUGCUGUCGUCGUGUCGUGUGCUCUAACAUCUCCCAUACAGCGACAUCACUUUUCCUGUAUCCUACUCCUGUCUCCUUUCCUUCCAGUCCUCAUCCCGCCUCGUUUUUCUCUCCCUAACAUACUUUAUGUACUGAUGCUCAUUAUGACUACUGUUAUGACAGCCUCCCUUGCACUUACAUGCACACAGCAGCUGCAGUUAUUCUGGUGAUAUACAGCCUCCUCCUUCUCCUCCCACAGAGAAAAGGAAGAGAGCGGCACAGUAUAGCCGUCUAGGAGGAGAGCUUUAUGCUCACUGUAAACUAGCCACAGCGGCACCUUCACGGAGCCCAGGCCGCAAAGUAAACCACAAGCAGAUAAAGCUGCAAUAACAGGCUCUCAGGGAUGACAAUGGAAACACUCAUUCAGUUUAAUAAGAACAUCCCACGUCACACGGCACCUUCUCACUCCGGCGUCACUGUCAGUUUUCUUCACAGCUACUUAAGAGUACUUCAGCUUCAUGAAGUGCUGUGGAGGAUUGCACAUAUGCCGGAGUGGCUGAUGGCUCUAACAAAUGAUGCUUAUUAUAAGCACCAAAGUGAUGCGAUGUACAAGAUCGGGGCCCUUGUUAUCCAAUCCCUGCUGUCGCAUAUUGCAGUUGAUGUGUUACAUGCAGGAAUUUCACAUGUGGUACUGUGCCAGACGAAAAUCAGAGGAGCAUUGUUUCCUUCUGUCCCUUUUCAUCGGACUGCGAUCUCUGAGGCAGCACAAAAUCACACACACACACACGAAAAGCAUAUGUAUCAGCCGCAGAAUUAGUAAAGUGCAUUGAAACACAUAUUAUAUCAAUAUGUUCACACUCUUGUUCAAAUUAUGAAUAUCUAAGAACAGCUCUCUUUUACUUUGGUAGAGCCUGACUGUGAAGUCUGCGUUUAGAAACAUUAAACAUCCAGCGAGGCUUUCAAAAUAAAGCUUUUGGCCACAUUUUCAAAUCAAACCUUUUUAAACGACAUUGAAUUUUGAUGAACUUUUAUAUCAGAAAGUAAUAGUUUGAUUAUGUUACGCAUGAUUUUACUUCAAAGUUAAAAGUAAGACAGGUUGAGCGAUAUCUGUGAGUGGAAUGCAGAUGUCUGUUUUCAGUGUCCGUAUUUUCAGUAAGACAGGAAGAGAUUCUGAGUGUGAGUAUGCACAGGUGCCCACCAGAGAGAGAGAGAGAGAGAGAGGGAGGGAGGUGGUGAAGCCUCCCUGAUGUUUCAUAAACCCUCCUGUUUGAUGCUGCGCACUGAUGAGUGCAGCGGAGAUAGUUUAGAAGAACUACAUGGCAACAAGCAUCUCUUCAGCCACAUGUGUCUGUGGUGCGCAGCAUGCAAGAGAGAGCGGAGCGUGAGCUGUUACAUAACCGCCAACCAGGGAUUGAAUGUGCGGCACGUGCAGCCAAUGACUCUUUAGUACAAGUAUAAAGCAAGCCAGUUAUUCGACCCCAUACUUAUUUAUUGCUUUUAUUUCUAUACAUCAACAAAAAAGGGGGGAAAAAAGAGGUGUGUUUUAUUAUUUUAGUGUUUACAUCCUGCAACCUACUGCCUUAUUUUUGUGGCAGCCUAGAAACAUCUCAUUAAAGGGAUAUUCCGGGGUAAAAUAAAGUCAGGGUCAAACACACCGUAACACCGAGUUAGACACCCCCUCGAGAGAUGAAUGUUGCCGACUGCUUGCUUCUCUAGUUAUACAGACUUAAGUAACGACCGCACAAUAGCAAUACACAGCGGUCUACGUCUCCACGCGCAAACCUCAACUAAAAAGCCACUCUAUACCCAUCAAAUAAUGCUCAGAACAGCACCUAACUUCAUCAACAGUACAUAUAGCGUCCCAGCCAUAGUACUAGCCAUCAAACAUCUUUUUAGCUUUGCCUGGUUUCUUAAGCAAAGAGCAUAAACACAACUCACCCACCAUAGUGACUAUGCUGACCUGAAUUUUAUUAACUACCUGGUUGCGGAAGUGAGGUGUUUUUGAUGCGCUUCUAGUACAAUCCAAUGUCCAAUCCAAGGUUGAUGUUGACUUGUGUUUUUGCCAUUUGUUGAUUAAAUGGAAAACCAACAAAAAAAGACAGAUAUUCCCAACUUACUAUGAUGGUGAUGAUGAGGGUGAGAGUGGUGUCAGAGAUUAGCGGAAAAAAACGUGUGCUCUUCCCGCUCCCUAGAUCACUGCUUCACCUGUGUCCCUUUGUAGCAUUUACCUGCCCAUUCACCUGAAGUGCCCCUUGUGGUGAUUGUGCGAGUAACAAAACAAAACCCCCAAAAUAAUAAAGAUAAAAUGGCUCAAACACCCACUCUCUUCCAGCAGCCGCUUGUUUGUGGAAGAACAUUUAUGAAUAUUACUUCAUGGAAAUGCAACAUGUACUGUUGAUGAAGUUAGGUGCUGUUCUGAGCAUUAUGUGUGUGUUUGACUAUAACUUAAAUUUAUGCCGAUAUAUCCCUUUAAGCCCCCAAAUCACCCUUCAGAGUCUUUUUCCUGCUAAAUAAACACAAUAACAAACUCAGGCUUUUAUUGCACAAGUAAAAAAAAGUGUCAGAAUAAAACUUUCUACAACCCUAUAAUACGUUUCACCUGCUCUAUCCCAUUUCCAAUAACAGUGCUCAACACUGCAAUUGCCACCAUUUACUUCUUUAGACGAACUAAACUUUUAAACCCAUAGUUGUCAGCACCCUAAGCCAAAUAGGGCACAAACAACAACAACAGCAUGACAAAACCUAUUAAAGUCAAACAAGCUCUUCACUGAGAGAUGCUGCUCCUGUUUCUCUGAAUCCAUCCAGUCAAUAUCCAAACCUCCAGAUCCCAAGGUGCAGCGGGAUGUCAGAUCUGUAGCCGACGGGCAUUUUCAAAAAUGCAUGUUCAGCCUCUUUGCCAGGAAGAGGAUGUGCCAGUCAUGACAAAAAAAAGUUCCCUGCGACAGCAACUUUAUUCAGCGUAGUUUUUUUCAUGGCUGAUUGGUAGGCGUCUUACUUCAGUGAGCUACAUGAGCGUCUGACUGCUGGCUUGACUGUUUCAUCGUGUCCCAGAUUUGGCAUCAGGGAAUUUUACCGCAAGUAAUCAAACUUCCUCUAAAUGUUGAUGAAAUAUUAACCUACUGAAUGUGUUUCAGGUUUUGUGUUUGCUGUUGUGCCAUCUGGAAAUGUAUCCUUGUGUGAACUGUUCAACUCUGAGUUUAGUCACAGUUAAUAGUCUGAAUGAUUGAGGACUAAGGUUUGGUUUCAGGUUUUUCUCCGUUUUCUCACCAAACUAUAUUCUUGUUUGUCUUACGAUCAAACAAAUGUUUGUCUAGCAGUUUUUAAUUGUAUUAUUAUCCUGUGUUCAAUUACUUUUGUCUGGUUGCCAUUGGUUUGGCUGGGCUUGGGUCACGUGGGCACUGUGUUUUAAACCCGGUAGGUUAUAUAAGGGGUGGUCUUACCUGCACUGGGGUGGAGAGGUGAGCCAAGGUAGCCGUAAGUUUUGUUGAUCGUGCUUUAUGUUCCUUGUUUUGCAAUGAUACACUUCGCCAAGUGUAGACAUAUUAUAUCUGACGUGCACGUGUAAUCAUUGGCCAUUGUAGAAGCGUUUUUUCUGAUAUUAAAGCUACAAAACUUCGAUGAACUGUGGGUGCUUCUUUGGAACAGGAGCAGCGUGUCACACAAAUGUAGAGGACCUAUCCUCUGCUAGGGUACUAGGAAAGCCGCAAUGAUGCUUUUAUAGUUUAAGAUUAUUUGAGAAGGUUUUGACUUUUAAGAAAGACAAAGACAUUCAUUUGAUGCCUUUUUAUGAUUAAAAAAAAUAAUAAUAGUACAAAAAUGGCAAGUUUAAUUUGUCUGAUACAGUAGUUUUUAAUUUUUCAAUUGCGACGGCAGUAACUCAGGAAGUAGAGCGGUUGUCCAAUGACAGGAGGGUCGGCGGUUCGAUCCCUGCCCUAUCUGUAGUCUGUACGUUGUGUCCUUGAGCAAGAAACUUGACCUACCUUGCUCCCAGUGUGUGUUCUCCACUGGUGUAUGACUGUGAGUGUUGUGUAGUGGUGGUCGGAGAGGCUGUAGGCGCAAACUGGCAGCAAAACUUUCCGUCAUUCUGCCUCAGGGCAGCUGUGACUACCAUGAAAGUUUACCACCAUCAGGGUGUGACUGUGUGAGCGGAUGAAUGAUGUAUCCAAUGUAAAGAGCUUUGAGCUUCUCUGAUUAAGCGCUGUAUAAAAUUGGAUCCAUUAUUAUUAAUUAUUCUUCAAGCAAAGCGGCUGAAGAAACAGCCUUGUUGAUUCUUCAUUGAUUGCUGAUGCUGCAAAAAAAAAAAAUCUGACGCAGUACAAGUGUUUUCAUCCACGUUUCACCUUUGCUGAUUCAUCCUUGUCUAUUAAUUUACAUGAAAUGAAGCAGAGAGCUUCUGUUAUAUGUAUUGAUUUAUUGUUGUUAGGCGUUAAACUGUGCCGUCAUCCUCCGUCUGAUCAAGAUGAGAGGGAGAACAGAGCUGCUCUUAAAGCGUCAAUAUGAUAGGCUUUAAAUACACCUAACCAGAGCAGAACAAACACAGGAAGACUGGUAUACAGAGAGAAAUGAAAGAAAAAGUUAACAAAAGUCAUCAACAGAAAAUGUUAAAAAAAAAAAAAGGUUAAUUUUUGCUCUGAAGUGACAAAAAUACACUUUUCUCUGAAACAAAAACAAGAUUUUCUGCACUUGUUGAUAAAAAUGUUGGAAAUUUGAUUAAAACAACCAGUUUCUUUCUGUUCUUUCUUUGAGUUCCUUUAUAAAUUUUUAUAUUUAUAGGACAAAAAAAUAUUUUAGGAGCUUGAAAGUUCACUUGAUUUGAUGAAGAAAUGCUGACAAAGGUCUGACAAACCAAACAUUAACCCACCGUGAGCGUAACCUCAGUGGAAAGGAAAACUUCUGUUCAACAGGCGGAUCAGGACUCAUGGGCGAAGAGUGAUCUGCCAUGAUAGGAAGCCCUGAGAGAGCAGAAUAAAAGGAGACAGAGAGAGGAGGAUCAGGAGAGACAAAUAUAGACAGUCAAGGAGGCAGUUAGGCAAACAGACAGGUAUACAGAGGGACAGUUAAACAAACAUAAAAAACAGGCAGGCAGUGAUACAAUCAGACGAACAGGCAGAAAUGAUAGAGAUGGACUGACAGUGAAUCAGUCAGAAUGAUUAGCAGAUGAAUAGAUGAACAGAUCAAUCAAUCAAUCAGUCCAGGUUUAUUUAUAUAGCACUUUUCAUCAAAUGCCAUUCAAAAAGCUAGAAACACAAUAGCCAAAAGUGGCAGAAAUGGGACAUUUUUAUACAGUUUGAAGAAAAAGAAGAGGGAGAGACUAGUGCACACUUGCAGCAAUUAAAUAGCUGUAAAUCGCACUAAAAUAGCAACAAAAAAGGAUGAAAAUAAUCAAGAAUGAAUAAAAAACAACAUUAAGACCUGCAUUAAACAUCAAAUCACAAAAACUAAUAACAAUCCAGACUAAACAGAUAGGUCUUCACGUUUUAAAGUGUCUCUCAGAUCCUCUGUCAGACUGCUCCAGAGUCUUAGAGCUUCGUGGCUGACAGCAGCAUCACCAAAUGUUUAUGUUUUACUCUGAGGAACAGUUAAAAAAGAAGAGCCCGAGGAUCUGAGACGACGUCUUGGUUCAUAAACGAAAACCAUCUCUGAAAUGUUGUGUGGGUUCGAGGCCAUGCGGUGCCUCAUAAAGAAGUAAAAGAACUUUAAAAUCAAUAUGAAAACUAACAGGCAGCCAGUGUAAAGCUUGUCAGCACCCCUGCUGCACUAUUUUGAAUAACUGCAGCUGUUUUUAUGUUUUCUUGGAGUAAGGAAAGCUUUACAGUAGUCUAGCCUGCUGGUUUUAAACCGUGUAUUCGUCUCUUUGUGUUACUCAAGAGAAACAGCCUCACCUUCGAAAUGUUCUGGAGAUGAUAAAAAGCUGUAUUUUUUACUGAGCAAACGUACAAAAUAAUACAGCAUGAAGAUUUCUAGUUUCUUGGCUAGGGUUUAGUCCAAGCUUAUUUAGUGUGAAGGCCAGUUUCUCUGGCCUUUGAAUCAACUUAGUGAGAGACAAUAUAUGGCUGGUAUUACAAUGAAGAUGCAAUAAUCAAUGUUAUUUAUUGGUGUACUGUGUAGGCUUCCUUACGUCACUCCAGCCUAGCAGCGUCAGCACAGAGGUUGGGCUCCCCCAGCCAAAAAGAUCUGGACACGCUCCUGCCUGUUAGCAUACCUCAAUAAACCGAUAAUUUACCAAUACCGAAAUUUACGAUGAUAACCGACGUCAUUUUGCCCAUGGCAAUACAUUGGGUGUCAAAAAAUACAUAGAUAAAAGUUGGUUCUGGAUGUGUGUAGGUAGGCUAUGGUUUCAUGUCCCUUUAAGAUGCUGUCCUACAUCAGAGACAUGACUCCACCCCAUCCAGUCUGUAACAAAGAGGGAAAGACAGGUGAGGAGAUGGAGGACGGUUCAAAAGUUGUAGCGGUUGGAGCAGCAACUGAAGAGACGAAGUUAAUGUGGGAGGGGGUGAGCAGCUUGUUGAAUAGUUAUCGUCCAUUUAUCGUUAUCGAGGUGAACUGCUAUAUAUAUUGAUUUGUUGAUUUGGGGCCAUAUCACCCAGCCCUACUGGUGGCUUUGCUAAAAUACAAGGGUGACAACAUUUGCUGGUUUAGCCGGCUGAAUGUGCACAAGUCUUGUAUCUUAUGCGACUUUUGUGUUACAUCAGAGACGGCUGGAGCAGCAGCUAAAGUAGACAAAAUCAAUGCAGUAGGGGGUGAGCAGCUUGUGGAGUAGUUAUCGUCCAUUUAUCGUUAUUGAAGUGAACUGCUUAAUAUAUCGUGACAUUGAUUUGAGGCCAUAUCACCCAGCCCUACCUCUAGUGUGUGGCAGCUUGCAGGUAAAAGUUGGAUAACUUGACAAGGCUGUACUGGUCUGACCAUGUAGAGCGGGCCUCUCUCUGUCAGUGUGGAUCACCUAUCGUCAGUCCCUGCUGUUAGUAUAAACAAAUGAUAGGUUGAAACUUGACAUUUUAGUUUUCAAUCGACAACAACAGUGAUGUGCACAAGCUGCAUGCUCAUGAGCAUGUUUUUAUGAUCAAACUUUUUCACUGGUUAGUCUUGAUAUAUAAUCAUGUCAUUGUUUUGUCUGUAUUUUAUCUUAUUUACACAGAGGUGAAUAAAAAUGGUUUGACAUAUGGUACAGCACAUACGUCAAAGAAUCAAACCGAAUGUGUACCGUCCUUUCAAAGGCUCUGCACACACUGUCUGCGCUUGUCUUGAUGUGAUGCAGGAGGAUGGUUUACAGUCCUGGUUCUGGGAAGACACACAGAAUAAAAUGGGUGAAUAUGUUAUUCCAGUAAUACAUAUUGAGGCCCAUUUCACAAACAAGGCUUAAUCCCAGAAAGACAGCAACUGUCAAAGCAAAUAGAGCAUGUAGGAGAUAUUUUGUAAAACAGAUUUUUGAGGUUGCUCUGAGGUUAUUUUCAUUUGUCUGGAACAUGCGGUCGCUCCUGCACUCCGUCUCUCUUCCACUUGUGUUAGUGCGAGAGUUGCAUCCCCACAAAAGCACACCAACAUGCAUGUUAACCCAACUAAGGAAGACAGACAGACGUAUUAUUUUAUCAUAUAUUAACAGACCUCAAACUUGCGUACACUCAUAACUGCCUGUCUCUGCUCCCCUCUCUGAUUUCUACACACUGUUUCACACUUUUGUCUUCGUGUUUCUAUAAAAAGAGAGAUAUUCCCCGUUGCUUUGUACCCAGAGUUUUCUGGCCUGUAGUGCUACUGCUCCAUUUGCUUUUAAGCGAGCUUCAUCCAAUAUUGAAGCCUCGUCUGGUCCAAUCUGAGAGCAUGCAGCGCAAAUGUAUAACAGAGCAGCUGUAUAAAAUCGUUGCUUUUGGGGUAACCCUCUCUUCUUUCUCCCCUCCUCCUCCUUUUUUUCCCUCUUUAUCUACUUCCUCUCUGAUGUUCUGACCCUUUUUACUCCCCUCUCCUCCCCCACUCUGCUCCCCUUUGCUCUCUCUCUCUCUCUCUCUCUCUCUCUCUCUCUGCACUUACAGGACUACACAUUGACAAUGUACUUCCAGCAGGCCUGGCGAGACAAGCGGCUGUCCUAUUCCGAGAUCCCGCUCAACCUGACCCUAGAUAACCGGGUGGCUGAUCAGCUCUGGGUCCCAGACACCUACUUCCUCAACGACAAGAAAUCGUUUGUCCACGGUGUCACUGUGAAGAACAGGAUGAUCCGACUGCACCCGGAUGGUACUGUUCUGUACGGUCUAAGGUGAGAUCUUGAUCUCUUAAGAGAACAUUUCUGACAACUCGACAAAACCAAGAGUUUUGACAUCUCGGUUUAUGCAAAGGUCAGUUCUGAACAGGUCAUCUGAUUGGACAAGUGGCAUACUUUGAGUGCUGAUACGGAGAAAAACAUCACAGGGACUCUCAAGGAGGGGACGGUCUGUAUCUCCGGGGACAGGACCUCUCUGCUUCACAUCAGGGUGCUGCUCGCCUUGUCCAAAUUCUAAUUUGCAUAACCACCAUAUAACACUAUCCCAUCAAACUCUACCUUGAUUGCAGGAUAGGAUAUUGCUCACCUUUCUCUGUUGGGUAAGGUUGAGGCCCCCAGGCUGCCCUUGGAUCUGUGCACACCGUGGUCACUCCCCGCCUGUCGUGACAAGCCUGAGAUGGGAGCUUUUUGCUGCGAUGUUUCCCAGUGUUAAACGCUACAAACAGACAGUGAGCGUAGAGUUGCAAGCCAUAAAGUCAAGUCCACCUAAGAGUCGAUCAGCUGGUUCUAACACCAGCCCAAUCAGCUGACAGCUCAGUUUAUAAUCUGCAAAUAUCACAGUGGGUGUUUUAUUUAAACUGCUUUCUCUGUUCUGUCUGGACUUAGGUUUUUGCCACAUUGUCAACAGGCAGAGUCGAGGCUGGACCCCUCUAUGCAAAUUGCCUCAAUUUUAUGUACCUUAUCAGGUUCUAUUUUGGUAUUUAGAAUUAUGGUGCGUUCCAGUUGUACUCGAAAGUCUGGAUUUCCGAACUUUCAACUGGAAUGACUCCCGAGGUCAGAUUUCCGACUCGGAAAGUUGGACGAUCCACACAACUCCGAGUUGACAUUUCAAAAAGGAGGUGCCGGUUGCAAACAGCAAGUAGAAGCUCCUGUAGUGAGGAAAAAAUUGGCUACCUUCUGCGCAUUUGUGUUUCCUCUUCACCCACUGUGUUUGCAGGUUGCAGAAUGAUCGCAUAUUUGUCCAGAAGUUGUUUAGAUUUGGAGGCAAGCACGAGAAUAACUCUUGUAGACGUGGCCAUCUUGUGUCCGCUUCUGUUUUUGGCCAUUGGCUACUUAUUUUCGACUUUGUAACUGAAACUCUGAUAAUUCAGGUGUGACUUUAUUCACACCUCCUAUUUCUGAGUUAUAUUUAACACACCAUUAGUACAAAAGCAUGAUUGGUCAAACCUGUGCGCAUGUCACCAUAGCAACAGCAUUUGUACAUUAUAUCAAAGUGGCUGGUUUGAAAGGUGUAGAGAUGCAUAAAGUCAAAAUGGUCCAGUCCCAUGUGAGUUAAGUUGUACUUUUGGGGCCAAAUGAGUGAUCAGAUGACCCUAAAAUAAUUACCUUUUAUUUGAUCUGUUUACCUAAAUAAGCAGCUGGUAGAACUACCUUAUAAAAAUAUAUAUAUAUAUAUAUAUACCAGACCCAAUGUCAUAUGGUUUUACUGAAUACUGACAUGACUUUGACCCUCUUUUAUCAUGUAAUUUAAAUGUAAUUAAACGGAAAAAAAGUCAGCCACACGACCAUGUGAUGUAAAAGCGUGUUGAACAAGUUGUUCUUUCUUUUGCCUCAUGUUAAAAGAAACUGCAAACUCCGCCUUCAGUCAGUGUACUUUCAGUUUUAAAGAACAAACAACAACCACGAAGAUCAAAAUUUCACUCCUUACCAGCUUUAAUAAAACCACGAGUCAACAGUUGCCACAUCGGAAUCAGUCGGUAAUUAGCUCAUUAGAGCCAGAUGAAAAAAACUACUGAAGUAAGGUGCACCAUCGCCCCUGAGCAGAAAUUACUUUGUUGAUGAAGUGACCUAGUUGUGUCCUCAUUUACGGGACAAGCGCACACACCACCGACUAAUGGCUUCUGUUACAAUGAACUCAACUCUUUUGAAAAGUUUCCGUAUAAUUGUAUAUCACAACAACACAAAGUGUGAAAUUGGGGAAUCAGCGAGUUCAAAAACCUGCAUCAGUAUUUAAUAUUUGUAAAUCUUGUUUUAUGUGGUGCUGUCCUCCUCGAAAAUGAGCUUAAUCAGAAUCUGGAUCAGCUUUUUAACUUAGCUCCCCAUUUAUGAGUCUAUGAAACUGUCUUAUUUACCAAAAGAGAGCAGAAACUUGUUCCAGCAGCAUCUUGGUUAUAUCUUUCUGGCCUGCAGUACAUUUCCUAGCAAAAUAUUAAACUUAAAUUUCAGUAGGUUUAGGUUACAUGCAUGCCUUAUUAGGGCUGCGUGAUACGGCCUCAAAUCAAUCUCACAAUAUAAUGUGCAGUUCACCUCGAUAAUGAUAAAAGGAAAGAAACUACUCAACAAGCUGCUCACCCCCUCCCACAUUAACUUCGUCUACUUCAGCCACUCCAACUUUUGAACAAUCCUCCAUCUCCUCACCUGUCUUUCCAUCUUUGUUACAGACUGGAUGGGGUGGAGGUACGUCUCAGACAUAGGACAGCAUCUUAAAGGGAUAAGAGACCAUAGCCUACCUACACACAUCCAAAACCAACUUUUAUUUAUUUAUUUUUUUGACACCGAAUAUAUUGACAUGGGCAAAAUGACGUCAGUUACUGUCAUAAAUUUCGGUGUCGGUAAAUUUUCAUUUUAUCGACCAGCCCUAUGCCUUACUUUCUCCCACCUCCGAUGAAACUCUGUCUUUCCAUGUUAACGGGUUGGUUUCCAUUUUCUUUCCUGUAUUUUGUCACUUCACCGCUUCUGUAGGUUGAUCAUAUGCAAACACCAACAUGCUUCUUCAAAGACUGAAAAGAAAACAAGGACUUUUAAAAUCUCUCAGACUAUUUUCCUUCUUUAGAUUACAAAAAGAUAUUAAAGAAUGGAGCAUUAAUAUUUAGAGCAGAAUGGGAACACUAGUCAUUAUUACAGCUGAAUGGAGUCCUCACCGACGAUUGGCAUAUCCAUUCAUCUCCGUCAAGCUUUGCAUUCACUUUUGUUUUUAUCAUCUACUUAAACUAACAAUGGGACCGUCUUUUUCCGUAAAUGACAGCUUUGAACAUUCAUCAUCAGGUUUGUUGACACUCUCAAAGCUACAGAGAGUGGAGUACAACUUUCCUGAAACAUCAGGUUUGAUCUUUUUUUAGUGAGGACUCUUUGGGGAAGCAGCUUUUAUUUGAUAUUCUGAAUAUUUCCCAAGGCUGAGGUUUGCAUGUUUGAUAUGUAAAUAUGACAUGUCCCAUCUGUCUUCCUGUUGCCAAAAACAACCCCCCGAUUGUAUUGUUUAAAUUGAUUGACCCGUUCCACUGAGCUUUAACCUCUCAAAGUUAACAUGAUUACAGUGCACUUCUCACACAUCAUUGAUGUCUCAUCAGUUCAUUUUGCAAAUAGGCCUCAGAUGCCCGAACUAUAAAAAGUUAUUGAAAACCAUAACAUCUUAAUGGCUAUUAUGGCAGCAUGUUGGCACUGCUGUGGGAGAGAUGAAGUGAAUACAGAGAGAGAAAGACAUAGGAGGAGAGAGAGAGAGGUGGUUAUUAAGGGGGGGAUCAGAGGGAAGGCUUGUCAGUAUUAUUCUCUUUGGUCGUCAUCAAUGUUGUCCAUCUAAAUUACUCGUCCACUGACCUGUGAAGGUGUUUGGUGUGAUGUAAUGUACUCAUGUCACUUACACACAAUUACGUAAUGUCCCUUUACAAUAUGUUCUUGCUUUGGACUUGUGUCGCUCUGCAGUGUGAUUAGUGGCCCAGCGCAUCUGAUUUACCACUUUUGGGCAUCACUGAAGCACAUACAUAAACGUUAAUAGAGGAAAGUGAACUCCUGCUGAAGUUUUCCUCCAGCAGACAUCAUGAUAUCAGGACCAUUGCGUUGUGACUGAUGAUUUCAUCCAUCAUUUGCUCUGUUGUUUCUUUACACUUAAUGCAGAUUAAGAAUAUAGGCUUCUCUCAACUAAUCAAAUCCCUUUGUCCUGUUUUAUAUACCAAUGCAGGCUGUUUUUUUUUUUUUUUUUUAAUUAAACGUUAAUUGCAGUUAUUUUCAACAGUUAGCCUGUUUAUAUCAGCUAUACCCAGCUGACAAAAGCUCUUCUUAGUGAUUAGCCACAGGAAGUGAAGAUAUUACCAUUGUAAAUAGUUUGGUGAGUUUAAAUGUUACACUCUAUAAGUUUAGAUUAACCUUACAUCUCCAAAGAAUGACACAACUUAAAGCUCCACUGAGGAGCCUUGGGUUGGUGUCAAUUUUAGAGCCCCCAUUUACAAACUCGAACCUGAACAAUAAGGCACCAAGUCCUCGAGUUUCAAGGAAAGGAGAGGCAGCAUCCCAAAUACAUCUUUAAUUCACCCACUUGAGGACUAUUCGGCCGCGGUAAUUAGAUCCUUUUUGAGUGUUAUUGCGAGGGAAGCUCGCUUAAACAUUGUGUCCAAUUAUGCCAGAGCACUAAAGAGAGCAAAGUGGCUUUGGGACAGAUAUGCUACACUUUAUUGCCUUUAUACUGAAUAAGAAACCCCUUUAUUUUGGUCAAAACAAAAUCUUUCAGUCGGCGAAAUGAUACCAGCCUUUGAUAAGAAAAAAAAAAACAUUUGAAGACACUCUAUUUGAUCAAAAAAAAUAUGAAAUCCACUAAAAAUCCCAGUGCUAGUGGGAUUUAAAGGAGAAUGAUGAUCCUAUGACUUCUAGUAUUAUGCUGUGUUUUGAAAAUGCCUCGACAAACUGUCCCUGGAAUAGAGUCCAUCUCUUGUACAUUAUUGUGACUUCUAGUACCAUAGAAACUUAAUCUUAAACAUAUCCCAUAAAAUUGUUGCUUGAUCAUUAUAGUGCAGUGGAUCAGCGCCGAUGUCCUUGUCGCUCAAGGACCACUGACCCAGACAUAGUGAAGCUCAGAUUAUGCCAAAAUAGAUCUCAAAAUAGUACAAAUCAUCUUUUAGUCUGGACAUUUGCGUGAAAAUAGUUAACCUUCAGUAUCAGUUUAUAAUCCAACAUGGGAAUAAAAAAGCCGUACUACUUGGAAUAUAGUUCUGCACGUUUCCUGAUUCACUGCAGAAGUUGUGACACAAAGUCAACUCAAAUAUUACUUUGGAUGAAGUGGGAUUAGAUUGAAACUCAGAAAAGGAAAUCCAUCACCCUUGACACUCAAUACCAUGUAAGAAGGAUGGCCAGAUUCUUACGAACCCUAAAUUGGGUCACGGGAUCUUGAGAGCACACAAAUCUACUCAGCAUAUGCAGAUGCAGCGUAUCACUGCUCGAGUGAAAAUCUCAUUUAAAUUACAGUAUGUAGUUCUCUGAUUUAUUUAGGCAAAUGAAUUGGAUAUGAAAUUUUUUGUGGUUCCUGGAAUGAAAAUCAGGUUAUUGCAGAUUCCUUAAGAAGUCUUAGGGAAUAAUCAAGAGCAGGAUACUUCCAGGAAUAUGUAAAAUGAAACUGGAUUACCAGCAUCUUAUAUCAGAGGGGAAAAAGUGAGAUGUUGUCCUGAUGAUGUAGUUUGGAGCCACAGCAAGGGCAGACUCCUUCAGGCAACCGAGACACACAUUCACCUACCUGAUAAAAAAGCAAAGACCCCUCAGGUUGGUUCUGUCUACAACAGAACAGAUCCUUGUGUUGAUUUGAAGCAGACCCUCAGCAGACAUGGAAAUCUUAAAGACCCACUCUGAUGAAAAUCAUGUUUUCCUAGUUGUCUACAUGUUCAUAUGGCAUUUUUCUGAUGCUACAGGACAUAUCAUGAGAAAAAGUAGUGCAAAAUAAUAUUUCAACUCAACUUAACUUUAUUUGUAAAGCACUUUAAAACAACCACAGCUGAACAAAGUGCUAUACAUAAAUAGACAAAAGAACGCAGACAUAAAAAACAAUCAAAAAACAAUUAAAACAAUGGAUAAAAUAAAAGCAAAUAUUAAAAAGUAAAAUAUAUUUUCAAUGUUUUCAAAAACUAAUUUAAAAACAUAGAAACAAAUAACUAAAAACAAACCAUAAAACACUAAAACAGGAGCCGAGUCUUAUGCAGGGUAAAAGCCAAUGAAUUAAAAAUGGGUUUUAAGACGAGUUUUAAAAAUGGACAGUGUGGGGGCUUGUCUGAUUUGGAGGGGUAGCUCGUUCCAUAAUUUUGGGGUCACAACAGAGUAUUUCUGCAUUCAAAUCGCUGUGAAUCUCCGGCAGACCUAAACGGUAGGGUCAGACACAAUGAGAUUUCCUAUGUCACAACUCCAAGCCCCGCCCACAGAGCCCCGCUAUGCAGGCCAGACAAAGAGAAGUAGAGAGGACGAUUGUGGAACAAGUGUAUGCGUUAGCGGAUUGCAGUGCAUGUAAAAAGCUAAUUAUAUUAACUUUCAUCAUGUCCCCAAAGACAUUAGUGUCUGAGAGCUGAAUAGCUCCGAUGUUACCUGCCGCUUCUUCUACACCGGCUUUGUUAGGCUGCAAGCUAGCAUGAAGAGGAGUGUGCAGAGCAGCGCUGUCUCCGCUCACGACUCAGAGGCGAAUUUCUAAUGAGCUACUGGAGCUCUGCAGAAGAAAGGCCCUUAAAAUUGACACAGAUAACAGGAUUUUGGCUAAAAAACUUCAUAAUCACAAUUUAAAGACCACUGAGAAACGAUCGGAGUGGGACUUUAAUGACUCUUGGAUAGUGUUGGCUUUUACUUUGCUAAUCCAGGACUGAAAAAGGACCCAAAAAUCCCAGCAUCAGUUUUUGGGUUCCGACCCACUUGCUGAAAAACACAAUCCUAGUUCAUUGUUUCAAGUAUAAUAGCAGUCUGUGCCUCCCACUAGUCAUCUAAACAUAUUAUGCAUACUUCAAUAAGGAAAUUCUCUCCUUAUUACCUCUACAAACAAACAGGAAGAUGCAGUGCUGAAAAGGAGAACCUCCUCAUUGAAGCCCUUUAAUGGAAAUGUGAUCGGAUGCAGCGCAACCAUAGAUGCUGAUAACAAAGAAAGCCCCACAUCUAUGCUAUUCAUAGACACUUGGCCAUUGAGCUGCCAGUUCAUCACAGGGAUUCAUUCAACACCUACAGACCCUUUUCAUGUGGGCUGACAUUCAUCCUGUAUGCACAUAAUUGUUUACAUGCAAACUACAGUUCAUUUGUAACACCGCCAGUUUGAUCUUUUAUAAUCAACAUACUUUUUCAAGGACACUGCAAAGGAAAAAAAAAACAGUAAAUUGUUCUCAGGAAUUAUAAGAGUGCAAAAGUGAUAACAGACAAAAGGGUGGUAUUUCUAAGGCUUGGGAAGUCUCAUCUAAAGGGUCUGCCUUUGUUCCAAAGUGGGGUCAUUUGCCACAGGGUAAGACCUGAUUGGUUGCUGAACAAAUAAACUUCCUGACAGUGAAGGAGGAUCUUAACAUUAGUGGUUAAAGCCGAAAACAUACAAGAUCCAUAUUGAGCGCGUUCUAUCAGUGUCACGCAUCUGCCUUAUAGAGCAGUGCUGUCUAUCGCACAUAGGAUGCAUAUUUGGAGCGUGCCAGCAGCGUAGAGCAGCCCCGGUCAGAUGGGCUCAGUAAAGAAGAAACAACAUGCCCCCCACAAAUUCUGGAUACUGUGAUCCAGAGCACACAAAAAUAAGGGUGUUGUUGGAAUUUUCAAUGCUGAAAGAUAACCAAUGGGCGGCACAGUGGUGUAGAUAGGCUGCACAGAGGUGUAGUGGUUAGCACAGUUGCUUCACAACCAGAAGGUCCUGGUUUCGAAUCCUGGUCAGGGCAUUUCUUGUUUAAGGGGGGACAUGAGCUGCUUGGCGGAGGUCUGCGCUCUCCAAGUGCUUUUCUAGUUUGGAUAUAAUUCAGUGGCUGUUGAGUCUCUACUGUAUGUGAAAAAGAAACGUGAUUUUAAAGUUUAGGUUUUUGCAGGUUUACUUGUGUUAAAUAAAGUAAACUAUGUUCCUUUAUGCUGAGCUGUUACCUUCAGACAGAGUUAGCAUUAAAAGUCCUGUUGGGGUCCACAUGGACUAGGAAUUGACCAUGGGAUUGUUCUGUGUUAUUGAUAAUCCAAAACCAGGAAGUAUUUCUCAUCUACACAAACUGAUACACAGUCGGGAGUUCGCAUAUGGUGUUUUAGUUUGAAAUACCGGAUGACAUGCACGUUUUCUACUUGACUUCCUGUCUAGAACGAUAUUCUCUGUGUAGAUUGACGUGUAUUGGAAGCGUAGAGCAGCAAAAAUAGACUUGGCGCAUAUCGUUAGCAGAGCCGCGCUCGAUACGCUCCUGAUACGGAGUUGAUAUGCGUCCUGUGUGCGAUGCUGCAUUGUGUUUUAGCCUUGAUAUCUCAUAUUAAUAACCACUUCUAGGUCAACUAAACAUUACAGUCAAUAUUUUGCCUCUCAGCAGUAAAUACCAUUUUGUCAAGGAAUAUAUAAUCAGUGCUUCAGCCCGGUUCCAUUGGCAGCCUACUUCCUAUGUUUUCUUAAUAGGUUGUAGGUGGGAACCAGUUGGCUGUGGGGGAGGAUCGCACUUUGAAUGCUGUAAUUUUCUUAAAUAUCAAUAAAUGCAGCUCUGGAACUCUGCAGGCAAAGUAGGAGAGCGAAUCUGAUCCAUCACACAUGUUAAGUGGCACUGAAAAGGUACACAAUGUUAAGCACAGCUCUGUAGUACGUGUGUCCUGGUUGUCCUUGGUCCAUUAGAAGAAAAAAAAAUGUUUGAAGGCUCAUCUGUGUGUGUUUGUGUCAGCUCUGGCAAGGACAACCAGAAUUUCAUCUCAUACUUUAAGAAAAACCUCAUAAAUGUUGCUCCAGAAAAGUCCAGAAAAACAUGAAAGUAACGGUGCAUCAACAGCAGUUCUGCUCUUGUCAUGCUUUCCUCUCAAGAUACAAAAACUGAUUAUUUUUAAAAACCCUGACUAAUAAAAAAUGGAUAUUUAGGCAAGGCAAGUUUAUUACUUUAGCAACAUUUUAGCAACAAGGAUUUCAGAGUGUUUUAGUGACACGGUCACUGUAAGAGUUGUGGGAUUAUAGUUUCGUGCUAGGUCCAGGCGAUAAGCGAAAAAGUUUAUCAAGAUAUAUUUUUUUCAUAUCUGUCGAUAUCAAAAUGUGUCAUGAUAUGAAAAGAUCACUUGUCAAUCUUAAAUGUUCCCCGUUACAUUCAAAUUAAAUUUAAAAAUAUACUCAACAUAAUUUGCAGUGCACAUUACUCUGCUUCAUGUCCGACCUCAAAAAACCAAAAUACCUCCACACCACCACCGUUUUCAUGCCAGUGUUGUCAACGAUGUCUCCAUCUGUUGAGCCUUCAACUGCAUUUCUGCCGGGGGUAGCACUCGUUUCCUUUUUUUCUCACCAAAAAAGCUGUUGGCUUCAAGGUUGCGUGUAGCUGCAGUCUGCUAUUACGCAGUUGUUUGUCACUUGAUUCUAAUUCAGCACAUGAUUGGUUCAGCGCAAAGCGGACCCGGAGCAACUCCCCUUUUCAUUUGCUUAUCAUAUAGUCUAUCAAAACAUGGCAGAAUGCCGGCUAUUGAAAAACAUAUUGACCAUGUUUCAUAUCAUUAUCAAGGAAAAUUAAUUUUUUAUAGAUAUCAACGUUUUAUCACCCAGUAGUCUGUUUACAUUGAAGGCGCUGUAAGGAGAUUUUUAAAUUGCUGAGAAACAGUCUGAAACCAAUGUCGAUGCCUUCAAAUAUGACCUCCAAAAGUAAACAAGACUAUCAGGAACAAAGCUGUUUUUUUUAAUACUCGAAAUCUCUGCAGGGGGUAGGUGUCAGGCCAGGUGAUUGGCUGCAAGCUAAAAAAACAGGAGUUUAUUUUUCAUGGUGAAUACUCACAGUAAGUUAUAGAGUAGGAUUCAAAGAAACAGGACAAGAGAGAGAAGAUGUCCACAAGGGGCGCCAAAACCAGCACAAACCAAAAGUUCCUCACAGCAGCUUUAAAUCUGAAAACUCCUGGAACCAGGCUCAGUCCCUUUUUCUUCUGUAAACUCCUCUUUUAUUGGCUCUUGUCUUGUUUUAUCUUGCCAAUGUUAUAAUCCAGAUAUUUUAAUCCUACUUACUCAAUUUUAAUCAAAUUACCCAGUUGGCUCAUUUUAAAAACCAAAGCAAACUGAAGCAAACCAAAGCUGUACACUGGCAUUAACUGGGCCUUAAUCUAGAUUUCUACACCAGCUGUUUAGAGACACAGUUCAAGCAUAUAUUAGCUCAAAAAUCCUGUUGUUAAUGCCCUGUCUCAGACAUCAAUAUAUCCAAGUAAACAAAACAUGAGACUGAGAGUGUACAGAGUGAUGUAAACACAAUUUUUUGCUGAACUCUGUCCUGAUAAUUAAUGUUGUAAACCAUCGGCUUGUUAUUAUUACAAGUAUUGCUACUAUUUAUACUAAUUGAUAUCAUCAAUAUUUAAUUUUUUUGUUAAUGUGACCACAUUUCUUGCUUUUCUCUACAAAACAAAAGCUGUUUCAGAGCACUCUUUAGAGUCAGAGUGCAAUAAAUUCCACUCCCACUGGAGGGGGAAACUAUCCAUCGCCCUCCACUGACUUUGUAGCGUGUGAAGUUGCCAUCUUGUCACCCCAGUCAGCUCGUAAACAACAGAGACAAAUGUCUAAGCUGCUUUAUGAAGAGGGAGCGUUUUCCACUAGGUGAAUGAAAUAGUUUUGCAGGCAAACUUCUACAUAAAACCGAGUUUAUAAAGACUGAAGUGGUUACAGCCAAUUAGGUUACAAAGCAUCAAUUCAAGGUUUGUUCGUUUAUUUAUAUAGCACAGCUCAUAGAGUUUUACACGAGACAUUUAAAGAUAAGGUUGGUAAUCACGGCAAACUAGCAUGAAUUUGAAUGUAGCAUCUCCUCAGGACUUCAUCUAUCCGCUCCCCCCUCCCCUUAGAGCUCCUCAUAUGCACGAGCGCUGCUGCAAAACUUUGGGACUUUAGAUUGGAAAGUCUUUUUACAGCAGGGACAAAGAAGGUAACGUUAGCAUCGGGGUGUCCACGUAACUAGCAACGUGGCUAAAUACAUGAUCAAGAUUAAAACUCAACCUGAAACAAACCCUCAGCGUACCUGUCCGACAGAAAAUGAGCGACUAUGGCAUCACUUUUAGAGCUCUUGACCUCUUUCAGUUCUCUCCAUCGCUGAAAAGCUGUCCCGAUGUUGACUUUUGUUUUCGCCCUUGCUUUCUCCAAACUCUGUCUUGCUUCGUCCAUCUCUGCCUCCAUCUUUCUGUCACCAUUAAUCUGGGUUUAGGUAGUUUCUCAGCCAUUCUCCGGUGUUGCUGUAUCCCUCUCAGCUCAGCUAUGUGCAUUGAAUCAGGGCCAGUGCACACCGGCGACAUGUACCCACAGGAGGUGAGCACGGGAUUUGAUUGGUUUAAAAAUCUGGGACCCACACGAUGUGAUUGGUUGGUGUUUUCACCGUUUUACUCCUGCUGUAGAUAGCAGCUAUGUUUCGCUCUUUUUUUAAGAGCACAUCAUGUCAUGAUUGUCAUCGGAACAUAAAGAUCAUUUUAAUCAGAAUAAGAAAAAGUCUAUCUAAAUCAGAUUACCAACCCUGCCUUUAAACAAUCAUAGCAAAUGUCAGAAAUCCACAGUGAUAGGAGACGUUUAAAAAUGGUCAGUGUAAACUAGGUUUAGACUUGGAUUACUCUUUGAGUUCAGUAUCUGUUCCAGGUAUACGACCAACAUUGAGCAUAUCUUCUUGGUCUGAAUCCCACUGACUGCUGGAAACCCUUCAGGCAACUUGGCCUUGAUUUGACCUCACAAGAUUUUUUCCAUCGAGGGGCCAGAGUCUUCAAGCAUAGUCUGGGAAAUAUGAAGGGGCACUGCAGGUGAUGCAACAUAUGGGUCUCAGCCGGCUGCAGGUUGGCAGUGUCCUCAGGCUGUUACCAAGCAACCGUAGACUAUACCAAGACCGAGCGAGAAAUAGGUCUGUGCAUCACUUAAUGGAUGGGACAAGCAGGGAAGUAUGUGAGGUUAAAUGGAGGGCCAUGUGCAAACACAAUAAGGCACUUACACACACAAUACACACGCUCACAUCCCGAGUGACAGUGAGUCAACAGACAUGUACAGGAACCCAAGUGCACACUCUUUACCCCGCACAAACAUGCACAGCCUUUCCCGUUCCCACACAGUCUGUUUUAAAGCCUCUGCCAGAGGCUCUUUGCUCUCAGUUCUACACCACUGACUCCAUCUUGACACAGAGAUCAGAAAGUUGCCAGGAAGUAACCGGCAAUUUACUCCUUGGUUAAACACUUGGAUGCUACAGAGCCCCAUCACCAGCGGCAAAUCCAUCAGAGGGAAAUAAAUGCUGACAAAGACAGGGGACAAGGAAGGAAGAAAGGAGACUGUGUCUAAACCUUUUAGGUUGAACCAACCACCCCCCUCUCACUCCUGCAGGCUGGAAACCCUUGAGGCACUUUGCACGAAACAGCGUGUUGAGGACAGAACUCUUCCUUUGAACUUCUUUAUUGUGAGUGAAAAGUCCUGCCAUGAUAGUCCUGUCAAUUUCUCACCUGGAAACCUCAGGCCUGAUGUUUUCUCUCAUCUGCCCUCUAUUGGUUAUUUCUCUUCUGUCGCUUUUUUCCUUCACUUUUUCACUGCUUUCUUAGUCGUCUGAGGACCCCCAGGUCAUUAUUCUUACCUAAAGAAAUGAAGCUUUGUGACAGUGGUCACAUUUUGAAACAUAACCUUAGUGCCUGCAGGUUAGAGUAUUGACACAAGGUUGUAAAAGUGAAGGCAGAAUUUGUUCUAUAACACACUUUUGAUCAAUUUUAUGUCAUCUAAAAAAUGGGCAGUGUCACACUGGUGCUGAAAUAGCAGUAUAAAGUGCAGAAGGAUGUUUUACAGGAUUUUACUGUGGAGAUGGUGCUCUAAACGACAAGUGGCUGUAGACUCACAGAGACAGACCAGUCUAGUGGCACCACUUUGAACAGCUUCUCUCUCUCUCUUUAGGCAACAAUCAUGCAUGUGUUAUACUUGAAGUAAAUAAACCUAUCAGGGUUUUGGUUUGAUUGAAAGACUCCUCAGUUUAGAAAUAAGGAGAUGAGUGAUGCAAACCUUGGCAAAUUGGUCCGGGGCUGUAACACGCUACAAUUAUCAACACUACCAUAGGCUGAGUUCAACUAUCACACAGAUGCAGGAUGGCAACAAAAGAUUAGUCUGCGAAAAAGCUACACGGCUGCACAAAAACUGCAUGUUGCUGAAUUGCAAUAGAAAAAUUAACGCAGAAAGACAGUGUCUCAUGUCCCAGUGUGAUUCAUGAAUGGAUAUCAUGGCUUGUAUGGUAUAUGCUUUAUUCGUAUAAUCUCUUUCAGCAAACAUUCAGUAAAAGUCCAUGCCCAAUUACAAGAUGUUGCUGGCAAAGGCCAAUUUUUCCAGGUCAAACCUUGUUAGCCACCUGGCCACCAUUAUACUGUAUAAUACACUGAAAGGGAUAUUCCAGCGUAAAUUUAAGUUAUGGUCAAACACACCAUAACACCGAGUUAGACACCUCAUCGAGAGAUGAAUGUUGCCAAUCGCUUGCUUCUCUGGUUAUACCAACUUUAGUAACAACCGCAGGAUAGCAAUACACAGCGGUUUAUGUCUCCAUGCGCAAACCUCAACCAAAAAGCCAGUCUGUAGCCACAAAUAAUGCUCAGAACAGCACCUAACUUCAUCAACAGUACAUAUAGGGUCCCAGCCACAGCACUAGCCACCAAACAUCUUUUUAACUUUGCCUGAUUUCUUUAGCAAAGAGACUAAACACAUCUCACCCACUCUCCUCCAGCAGCCGCUUGUUUGCGGCGGAGCCCUAAAGAGUCGAUGUAUUGAUACUUUGAUAAUAUAUGUAGACUCUCCCUUUAAGAAACUACAUUUGAGAAAAAGCUUUUUAAUGUGAACAGACUAAAUCUUGUGUCGGUCAAUCAUAACAUUAUUUGUUCAUCAAGAAAACUCUUAGCGCUCCGUCUCUUGUGGAUGCUAGCUUAAGCAUCUCUUGCGCUGGCUCAUCUCCCGCCCUGUAUGAUGUAUGUCUACAUCACACCCCCCGCCAAAGCGAAAAAGCUAGGGGAAACGCCGUAUUACCAUCAUGAUAUUGCAUUGAUUUGCGUAGCUGAUUCAUUUCAGACUUCAUACUGUUGUAAUUAUAACUUAAUGAGCACACUUCAGUAAUAAUUCAGUAUCCUUGAGGUCUUUGUAGCUUCUUAAUUUUUAUCUGAGUACCUCACUGUCAUUUGUGGAGGAGGCUUAUAGAAACCAACUUUAGAGCAAGAGAUGUAACAAAAAUACACUUUUGUAUGUAAAUGAUCUUACCUUAUUAAGUCGGCUGUUAGAAACUGUGAAAUGUGAAGCGUUUCUCUCUAAUCUUUACUCAGUUUGGAACUGACCUCCAAUUUUCAGUGCACCAUACGGUCUGCUUCAAAUUGCGUAGGUGUGCUCCCACCUGUUCGCCAUAUGGGUCCUGUGGCGAGCUUGGUCACUCAGACACAGACGCAGAUGAUUUACAGACAGAAUUUGUCACAGCGUUGCAAAAAACAUUAAUAAGACAGCUUUUUGCGAAAGCAUCGACGUAUUACUGCGUCACAAUAUCAAAAGCAUGCCAAAUAAUCAUAUCACAUGCAGUAUUUGUGCUGAUGUCCAAUAUGCAAUUGCAUGAUUCUUUGAUAGCUUGGAUUUGGGAAAUACAUGGAUUAUGAGAUGCAGAACAGAUUGCGGUCGCAGAGGCUGUGGGUCUGAAUGAUGGAAUGGAGACAGAGAGAGGGAGCAAAGAAAACAGGGAGCAGAAGAGAGAGAAAGAGGAACAGAGACACACAAGGGUGAUUAUCUCCACUGUGUAACACAGAGGAUUGGACUCAAGAUGAGCCUCUCCUCUGGCACAAAUUUAUCUCUGUUGUCAGGUGUGCCUAGACGAUUACCCACCAUGCCGUGCUGCUCUGUGGCGACUCCCUUAGUGGGAGUCAAGUACUCGCAAAAGACCAGAGCUGGGGAAAGAAUGGCAGCCGCUUACUCACAGCCUCGUUCUUAUGUUCCCUUCACAAAGUCUGAUGGACAACAUAACCUUAUCUAUUGACUCAUGGUGGCUGCUGUUAUUAUCCCUUAUUAUCCAGCCCUGCCUUUUUGUUUUGAUAGGCUGAAUGCUAUUACGUUGACACAAACACUAAGUAUAAUGGAGGCGGUAAAAUAAGAGGGCAUAGCUUCCUGGGUUUUUUGUUUGUAGCUUUUAUUAAAGCCCACUCAGCAUGCUAGGACUUUGAGUAUUCACUGUAAAUGUGGGUUAUUAGAUAUUAUAUUAUGAAUAAUCAGUAGUCAGGCUGCUUAUUAUCACAGUGCAGCUUGUCUUUACUUGCUGUAUGUGGUUUAAAAAUAAAUGUUGUUUAGGUUAGAAGUCUGAAGAUGCAUUAUUAAAGAAAUGUGCUUUAGCUCUGGUUCCAUUUGUCGAGAAAAUCAGAGUUUAUGCUUGAAGCGACUCUUUAAACAGAGACAGGCUCAUGCCAAGUUAUAAAAGCAGUGCUCACAUUACUUGUAUUGGUGGUCUUGGUUUUAGAAAAAAAUAUUAGGGACGCAUGAAAUAGAUUUUAUUUUAAACCAAUAAUGAUAACCAAUAAUACCGGCGAAAUAAUGCAAAACAUUGUAUAUUUACAAAUUGUGUAGUUCAAGUGUAUGUGGGGUAAGAAAGGGCCAGAUAUAGAGAGCAAAGAUGCAUAUGCUGGGUAUUACUAAUCUCUACUUUUUAAACUGAAAUCCCUGUUGUUUCCUUAGACAAACAAAAAACAAUUCUGACACUUCAAUUCAGGAUUUCCCAAUACAAUAUUGAUACUGGAUAUCGGUCUGAUAUCAGCAAAAAUUCAAAUAUCAGAUAAUAUUGGCCUGCAUCUAAAAUCUCUGAUACAGGCAGUCCAUUCCAGACUCCAGAAUCUAGCAACAACCGGUUCCAGUAUGUAAAGCCCACGUGAUCACAACAACAGUGUGUACUGAGGUACGAACAAAGCCGCAAGGUGUAGCAGUGAUGUCGGCCCUGUGGCAGUAUUUUUCGUUAAAGUCCGAAAAGAUGUUGCAACCGAGUGCAAAACUUGUCAUGCAAAAGUUUGUGCUCAUAUCAGAUCAAUAUCGUCAUCGGACAAUACUGGAGGCUACAAUAACUGUAUCGCAUCAGAGGUUUAAAAGAAAAGUUGUAUUGGGACAGCCCUACUUCAAUUGUCAUUUAGCUAUUAUUGUCAUUUACCAAAAAAAAACAAAAAAAACUUUAAAACAAGAAAACAAGAAGACAAAGAUACAUGUCAGCAAAGGUAAAUAGAAUAUUUACUUGUUAUUGUAAAGAAUCGAUAGCUUUUCUUUGUAUUUCUUCACUUUUUAUAACUGUUUCUUCCGCUGAAAAGGUUCAUCUCUGAACAUACUCAAAUUGAAUCCACAAUCGUUGUGUUAAUGGUGCCGUUUUACGUCAAAAUUGGAUUCUGCCUGAGGGAAAAGUCAAAUGGUUUAACCUCAGGUGUCAACUUAACGUCCCAGUGCUCUUGACUUUGUCUAUACAGUCACACCUGAGGCCAUCACAGCUGAAAUGAGGAUAACAAUCUUUUUCUGCUUUAUUGAUUAUUUCCCUCAACGUGUUCCAUAAAGUCAGGUGCUGUUGAUUUUAUGGCACUUCAAGCUGACUGGAGAUUAAACCUCAAGUCCUAUUUCAGUCAGCUGGAGGGUCAGAGGAUUUGAAUUUGUCGUUUAAAGGAGCUCCAUAAAUGACAUUGGUUUAGUCGAUAAUAACUAACUGUCUUGAUUGGAGCAGUUUGUUGGAGGAUCACUCAAUUGGUCCCAUGUUAGAGACAAUAAAAACGGCUUUUAUAUGUGCAUGACAUAUUCCAUAUUAUCUCAAUGAUACAGUCAUUAAACUUUACUGCUCUCUGUAGACACAGACGGAGGAUCAUUUCAUCUGUGUAAAUAUCAACGCUUCACGUUUCCCAUGAUCCUAGAAAGCUGUGCUAGCCCUUCAUCUUUACAGAGUUUAUACGGCUGCCUUCAACAAACAUGGUACUUAUUAAGUUAAGCUUUAUUUUAAAGGGAAACCCACUUGAGAUUUAAAAAGCUGUUUUACAAAAUAAGCCUUCCCAAGCUAGCAUUUACACCCAGUUUCAACAUGUUUCCUGGACAAUAAGAUCACGUGUGGACAGCUCACACUUUAUAUAAACACGCAUGUACUAGGUUCAUAUUCAGAAUAUCACCUGUACUAUUUCUGGUUUUGUAUUUUUAAAUUGAAGAUGUUAGUAAUGUUUUAAAUAUAUAAAUACAUAUUUUUAAAAACUUAAAAUAUUCCUGCAUGUUCUCUGAUAACAAAGCAAGUAGACUUACAAUACAAGCUUUCAAAUCCCAACUGCGAAUCACAGUUUUAUCCACUAGAAUCACAAAUUCGGGUUUCAGUAUUUUGUGGACUAUUUAGGGUCAAAAAUGCUUUCUACAGACUGUACUUCUAAGAAUAACUCUCUGGCAAUGAUAUUACUAUGUGGAUUUAUCCCUGAGGACAACAUGUUUACUAGGGUAUUAUAUUCAUCACUUAAUGAUACCCAGUGGUUUGGGUUACUGCACUAUUGCCAGGAAGCAACCUCUGGUCUUAAAACAGGCUAGUGCAGAAGUUUAAAGAAAAACUGGUUUCUUAAGGGUGCACAUAAGACAUAAGAAUAUCUAUUAGCCUUCAUGCAAAAAGAAGGCCAGUAUUAACAGGAACAUUUAAAUGGUUUACAUCCAGCUAAGAAAAAGUCUUGAUUGUAUUCAUGCUAAGAGUUUUGUGAGUUUGCAUUAUUGGAUGCACGGCUAUGUUGACUGACAAGGGGAUGCAUAAGACCUGUUUUGGUAUGUAAUAUAGUUGUAAAACACUCCUUUUCGUUUCAUGCAUUUCAUGUUGAUAUGUCACAAUAGCAAAAGCACAAAUACUACCACUGUUAUCUCUAGCCUUUUGCUGCCACUGCUGUCCCAAAGAGCUUGAUCCCUGCAGUGACUCGCAUCUCAGGUGGGUCUGACACAGGAUUAUCGCAACAAUGCUAAAACUGGGACAUAAGGAUUAGCUUUGGUCCUGUAAUCCGUGAAGGACUUCCCACCAGUGCUGCCACCUCUCCUGAACUCUCAAAGGCUCCUGGGUUUACCUGGAGGAACAAGGGAGGGAAGAUUGGGAGUCUUGUUUUGUGACCCGUACCAUCAGAAAAGUCAAUGAUAUCACAGUUAUUUAAAAAUGGAUUAAAUGGCGUUUUGGCGAAUGGAGGUGAAGUAUUUCAAGAGCAAGACUACCAUUGACAUCUACAUAAAUCUAUGCAAUAUGGAGGCAAAAGCUACAACUGUAAUCCAACACCAAAUAUUAAUACCAAGAGUGAUUGAAUAGGGUGUCAUUUGGGGUCGUCAAAAUGUCGCAAAAGGUUACAGACGUUUGGUUCUCAUUAUCUUUAUUGCUUUUUGUAUGAUGGCAAACCAGACGAGCAUUUGUCAGUACCAUUCUGGUGUUAACCGAGACACUCCAACAGAUGACAAAGACACAUGCUUUGCUGAUUACCAAACAAACCACAGUUUAGCUAAAUUAAUACAUAUUUGUUUGUGUUGUGUUUUUCCAGGAUCACCACUACGGCUGCUUGCAUGAUGGACCUGAGGAGGUACCCACUCGACGAGCAAAACUGCACUCUGGAGAUAGAAAGUUGUAAGUACAUCCUCCACUAAAUUAUUAAUCAUUCUCUGCUCUUCUUUUUUCGCUUCCUGUCAGUGUUAUCAAUGCCUGCAGUGGUUUAAGUGUUCGCACCCUUACAUAUUGGUACAACCUUGGCUCUGUUCAGUCAACUAUCAGGGAGGAAAUACCUUGUGCUGAGCUUGCACUUUGUCCGACCCAUUUGUUCUCCACUGUGGUUACAAGGAUUUUCUCAAAAUUAUAUUUUCAGCAUGAUACUUUCCAUCAAACAUGCUCUUUAUUGUUAAAGGUACACGUAUCCUUGGAUUUAAUGAGAGCUCUUUUUAAGAAGAGGUUCAGUAUCAACAGAGCGACCAUCCAUAUAUUUGCCAACCAUAAUUGUAUUAUUUCUCUUUGACAAUUGUCUGAUAAACAAGUGUGCACUGCACCCUUUGCAUAUGUUCCAAAGUAGUAUUUUCUGCUAUUGGAUCCAGUCAAAUGCAUUGUUAGCAGCACAAUAUUUCCUGUGAAUAUGAACCUUCAACUUGCUAUCACCAAUGUUAUUUUGCACUCUUUCCUGACAUAAGGAUCAAAAUGGGAGUUGUAUUAUUUGGGCAUCGUAAUAAAACAUAAUAGUGAAGAAGAAUGGAGAAGUGGACAGACGUGAUGGUAUCAGAAGGGUGCGAAUCUUGGCUGACAUUUCCAAAAUCUGCAUUAUUUAAGAGAAUAAUCAGGAUGGUGCAUGCAGAAGAGCUGCUGCCUCCUGUCAGUGCAGGGCGUGUGCAACUAGUAAGCAUAAUAACAUGAACACUGUCUUUACACUUUGUCCCAACUUAAAAUUAACUGAAAUCAAGAUCUCAAUAUAUCCAAAAAUAAAGCUACUUUUCCUCUACGUUACCAUGUGUUAAACACAUCAUUACACUCUGGAUGAAAUGUUGAUUUAGUUUGCUAUUCUGACUGCAAAUAUAUUGGUUAAAAUAUUGAUUCGAUUCGACAUAUAUGAUCGUUUUCCCCCCUGGCGUCUCUCUUAUUAUUCAUAAUUGAUUAUUGUUGUUUUAAGGUUUUGACAAUCAGAAUCCAGCCUGGUGAUUAGUAAGAAAUCUGGUUGUAAUGUUGGAUAGCUAUCAUCAGAUAAAAUAAUAAUGAUAGUUAAAGUCCCACUCCGAUCGUAUUUUUUUACUACUUACAGUGUUCUCAGUGGUCUUUAAAUUGUAAUUAUGUUUUCAGCCAAAAUCGCAUUACUUGUGUCAUUUUUAAAGGCUUUUCUUCUGCAGAGCUCCGGUAGCUCAUCAGCAAUUCGCCUCUGAGUCGUGGACGGAGACAGCCCUGCUCUGCACUCUCCACUUAAUGCUAGCUUGUAGCCUAACAUUGCUGGUGUAGUUAAAGACACUAAUGUCUUUAGAGGCGUGACAAUGGUUAAUAUCAUAAUUAGCGUUCUUUUGAGCAUUGCAAUCUGCUAAUGCACACACUUGUUUCAUGAUUGUCCUCUCUACUUCAUGAAGUCUGGCCUGCAGAGUGGGGUGCCAGGGGGCGGAGCUUGCAGUUGUGAAAUAGAAAAUCUCACUGCGUCUGAACCUGCUGUUUGGGUCUUAGAGCGAUUUGAAUGAAGAAAUACUCAGAAAUGCAAGUUUUCUCAUGAUAUGUCCUGUAGCAUCAGAAAAAUGCCUUAUGAACAUGUAAAAAACAAGAAAAACAUGAUUUUCAUCUGAGUGGAUCUUAAAGAAAAAAAAACUACCCGUGGGUGCUGUCCAUGGUGCUGAAGUUCAACAGAAGCUGAAGCAGUACAAAUAAGGAGGGCUCACACUGUGGCAAAGCUUGAAACUGAACUCAGUUUCAAAUGACAAGAAAUGACAAGCUGUCAAACAAUAGUACGUCCAAGAGGUGACCUAUAACUAAACCACAGUACACCAGGGUUUUAGAGAUUUAAGGACCUUCAUUGUUCAUCUUCUAUCUAUCUGUUUAUUCAUAGCUUGUUUGUUGUUUCACCUUCGACUUGUUGGUAGAAUAAUUGUAAAUGUAAAAAAUAAUUAAUUUCUUCUUUCUCUAUAACUGGCUGACACAAGUGAUGCUAACUUUUACUUGAAUACCAAACUCCCUGCUGCUGAGUUCCUGAGCACACAAGAGAAAAAUGACUUUCUGGAGUAGAGGGAGGUGACUUUGCUCUGUCGUCACUGGGGAAAUGAAAUUUCAUUCCAAACCUCAGUGGUUAAAGUUUGCACAAGCUCAGUUCAGAUCUCAACUGGAAAAGUGGAAAUGCUUCCAAAUGUUGUUGUCACACACAGAUGGCUCAAGGAUGUUGCACUCAGCUGUGCAAGCAAGCUUGGAGGACUACAGCUGGUGCUGGUGUACAAAAGGAAGUAGAGCAUAAGGAGCAAAAGCGGCAGUUUAAAAGUUUUUUGUGAGCUCAAGAUCCCACAAUGGAGAGGUUAGGUGGAGGCCAGAUACUACCAGUGAUGGGAUUGUAGUGAAAGUCUGGCUGUGUUUUAUAGAAAUAUCCAUUGCAGUUCCUCUAUGAUCGCUUUUUUUUUCUUUCAAUCCAGUGAAUUUGAGUCUAAGUCUUGGAGCUGUCUCUAUGCAAGGCUAAUGAUGCACAUCUCUCUGCAGCCACUUAAGAAAAUGUCCUGUGCCAUUAUAGAUACAGGCCAUUUGUCCAGCAGCAGCCUACUAAGUUUUUCUGGGAGUGUGUUUACAGGAAUCCAGGAGGGCUCUUCUGUCCGGUAGUCAGCUAAUGGACUAGAAUGUGUUUUGCUCGGUGCAUUAUGCAGGCAUAAGGCUCUCCAGCUGAAAUGCAUAUUGCAUCAGGCUCUGUAACACCCAUGCAAACAGUUUGUUGAUUUCAGAGGCUGAACUAAAACACACAGUUUAUUCAGCCUUGAAUCCGAGGCCGUUUGGGUUUGAGAUGGGUUCAGCAAAGUUGGCAGUGAAAAGGUCCAAAACGAACUGACAGGAAAAGUUAGAAAGGAGAGGACAGGAGCAGACAGGGAAUUGAAAUCAAGCUGUGGCAGAUUAGUGUGAAAGAGGCGUAGAUGGGGCAGAGUAACAGCCUUGUUUAUAAGCUGUUAGGCUAAAUGGCUGAGGGGAAGCCAGGAGGGGACAAAGUAAAUUAAACCUGUUUUUCUGCGAGUUUGACAAGGUGACCUCAUGCUAACUGCACAGACGUCCCCUUUUCUUUUAUUGAUGAUAUCACGGCUCUUUAUCAAACCUUAACUGCCUAUCAGAGACAUAACAUCUAUUCAUUUCUGUUCUGCCUAAUCUGUCUUUCCCGAAUGUUUCCAAGCAUGAACCUCAGACUGCUUUCUGCCAGAGUAACAAUAUUGGAGCUGAGCGAUAGUGUCAUAGCUGAGGUUUCCCCAUAGGUCUUUGAUUCCUAAUGGCACACUUCCCCCCAUUAGCCUUGAGAAUAUAAUUAUCACUGACUGAUUAAGUAAAAGUGACAUUCCUGCAUUUUAUCGCAGCUUGCUCUUCAUUUCUUUGUGGUGGCUCAAUUCCUUUGAUUUUAUGAUUCAAAUAUAUUUCAACCAUUUAUAACGGGAAAGAGCAAAAACUAGGGCUGGGCGAUAUGGCCUUAAAUUAAUAUCAUAAUAUAUUGAGCAGUUUACCUUGAUAACAAUAAAUGGACGAUAACUACUUCACAAGCUGCUCACCCCCUCCUACAUUAACUUCGUCUACUUCAGCCGCUGAUCCAGCCGGGAUGGGGUGGAGUCCAAGGUAGGUCAGCGUCUUAAAGGGAUAUUCCCGCAUAAAAUUAAGUUAGGGUCAAACACAUCGUAACACCAAGUUACUCUAUAGCCACAAAUAAUGCUCGGAACAUCACCAACUUCAAAACAGUACAUAUAGGGUGCCAGCCACAGUACUAGCACUUGUGUAUUGCUAUCGUGCGGUCGUUACUAAAAUUGGUAUAACUAGAGAAACAAGCAGUCGGCAACAUUCAUCUCUCGACAGGUUGUCUAACUUGGUGUUACGGUGUGUUUGACCCUUACUUAAUUCUAUGCCGGUAUAUCCCUUUAAAUUGACAUGAGACCAUAGCCUACCUACACACAUCUGAAACCAACGUUUAUUUAUUUAUUUUUUUGACACCGAACAUACCGAUAUGGGCAAAAUGACGUCGGUUAUUGUCGUAAAUUUCAGUAUCGGUAAAUUUUCGGUUUAUUGCCCAGUCGUAGUGAAAAGUACGUAAAAGUUCAUAACAGCACAAAAAAUGAGGAGAUAGAUUGAUUAAAAGCCAUGGGAAAGGUGGUUGUAUGGGAACACUUUUAUAUAAAGCUCAGAGACCUUUUGAAAACCAUGUACCUCAUUUUCAGAUUCACACAUUUAAAAACAGGACUGCUCCAUAGAAGGUCACGGACCGGAGAAAUUAAAGGAAAGUGUUGAGGCAGAAGAGUGUGCAUGCUGUUGUUAUGAGCAUGACCUUCAUGUUCGCACCACUAUGCAGAAAUCUGUUCAUCUGUCAUCUAUAGUUUCUAUUACCAAGAGGAAGCAAUGAACAAAAGUGCAUCAAUUAAACCUAAUUGGGAACCUGGUUUGUGGUCGGUGAGAUGCUGUAGAGCUUGUAACCCCAAAUGUUAGCUCUCACUAUUUGUUGUCCGUACUUGUUAUGGUGUGGCUCAGGAGGAGACAGAGCGGGACAUUUGCUGUUUACAAAUGAGUCUUCCUCACAACACUGCGAGUCGUCAGCACCCGGAGCGCACAUCCUUCUCUUUUAAUUUGGUGACAGGCUUGGGUCCACGAAGUUUAAAAACACUGGCCGGGGAGUAGUAACUGCUGUGUGUGUGUGUGUGCAUAGAUGUGUAUGUGGUUUACAGUAUAUCUAUGCACAGUGGAGGCACUUGAAGAUGCAAUGUGUCCUGCAGAUAAAAAUGUGAAAACAAAAGAGACCCAUACAGUCCCCGUGUUGUUUCAUGUGAGUCUAGAGGCUCACUGAGCAACAGUUAAAAGGAUAUCUGCUGUUAUGGACUGCCCCAGAUCUACUACAGUCUUUGAUGGUUCCACAUGUUGUGCUGCAUGUUUGAUUUUUUCUAUCUCCCGUGUCUGUUUUUUGUGUUUUUCAUUACAGUCCUGGUGUCCUGUAUUUCCCUCUCUUUUAUUAUUCAGUGUUGUACCUUCAGCUCCUUUUCCAUCUCUUGGCUUGUUUUUAAUGAGUUUGAUUGCUGCAAAAGUCCCUGAUGAUCCCUAAUAUUAAGCCACUGAGUGAUGCCUGUGGUUUAAUAAGCUUUGACAGGUUAAAUAUAAUGUCAUGAACUUUCAUUCAUGGAUUGGCUCUCUUCUCUUUGUGCUGACCUUUAGAUUAUUUAAGGCCAACGUGAAAUUGCUGACCUUUGUUUAAUUACCAAGUUUUAAUGACCCAAUGACAGGCUAGUUUGCGUGGUUGUUGCUGUAUAAGCAUGGUUCAAUGUUUUCCACACAAAUAUUUACAUGAGAGGGCCACCCGAGUGUAUUUAUGGCUUCCCCAGUAUGACACCACAGAUUUUUACAGUUUUCUUUUUUUUUAACCUCCAUCUGUGAUCAGUGACUGAGACAACCUGAAGUGCCUGACUCAUACUUUGCAAGUGAUGAGAGAUCGGAAGGGGUCUAGCCCUUGCUAAUACUAAAUACUGCAGUUUCAAAGCUACAGUUCCAGUUUUUGUUACAUCCAAUUAGGGCUGGGCGAUAUGGGCUAAAAAAAUUAUCACAAGAAGAUUAGCCACCUUGGCGAUAACAAUAAAAGUCCAGUCUAUAUUUUUGACUCAUUUUGUCUUGAGAACACCAGCUGGAGUAGUAGAUACUUAACCACAAGUUUGAGUGGUAGGUCAUGGAGAAAACUUAUGACAUCAAACAAGUCUCAAAUGUGAAGGAAGUCCCUCAUGUGGAGCCUCAUUCAGUAACGAGCUGCUCAGAAAUAUCCUCUUCAUUACCUUCGGCCAUGUUUGUUUGUUAUUCUGCUCUGUGUGGGCUAUGGCUGUGAGUCCGUCGCUCACACUUACGUCAUCAACUUACAUUUAUCAUGUUUGUAAUGAGAUGGCAAAUAUUAUCAUGGAGGAUUUAUCGUGAACAAUAAUUUAUCGCCCAUCUCUACAUCCAAUACAGUGAAAAAAGUGCACCGUCCCUCUCUUUUUGUAACGGCAGCCCCUCUCCUCAAUCAGCUCUCAGACUGAACAAAGUUAAGAAGCUUGAGGAAGAUGUGGCUCCUGUGAAGAUUGUUGGUGGAGUGUAGUAUCCUAAUCAGCUGAAGUCAACAGAAGCACAGGCUAUCAGGCAGCCAAAGGUGGAGAAAGGAGAGCAGAGAGAGGAGCAGGAGGGGCCAUGUAAGAAAGAGAAGAAGGCCACAAGAAGAGAAAAAAUAAUUACAGGAGGGAGAAUUUUUUUAACUCUCAUUUCAAGAUUAAAGUCGAAAUUUCAAGAACAAAGUCGAAAUUUUAAAAAGUCUAAAUAAAAAAAAUCGAAAUUUCAACUUGAAUCUGUAAAUUUCGACUUUAUUGACAUAAUUUUGAUUCUUUCAAUCUGUAAAUUUUGACUUAAAUCUCGAAAUUUUGACUUUGAUCCCCUUCCUGGAAUGACCUUUUUUCUCUUCAUGUUGCCAUAAUCCCUUUUUUUGUAAGCCAAAGCUUUUAUGGUAAAGUUAAGAAGUGAUGCAUGGUCCUUUUUCCACUUAUUGUCCUUUCCUUAAUUAAGAGUUUGUAAGUUUUAAAGAGGUUUUAAUUUGCCUUUAUCUGUGUAAUGCAGAUGUCAAAUCAUUUUUAUUUGUUCUCGGUUUAUUUAGUAAUGAUGAUACCAAUCAAAAUACAUCAGAUAACUCAUUAUGAUUUUUGCUAUGAUCAAGCAGCCCUACAUGAAAUCAAAAUAAGGUUCACACAACUUGAUGGAAAAAAGAAAACCUCAUACCCAUCUGGGAUGGAGUGAGUGGUGAGGGGCUUCCCUUGUCCUUCCUGUGACUGAUAGUGUGAUAAAUUCACAAAUUGCUCAUCCAUGUUUUGGAUUAUGAGAUUAAAUUAAUAAUAAAUAAGAACGAUUAAAAAAGAAAUCAUAAACAUUUGCAGACAAGCAUUUUAUUUUCUCAGCCCCGCUCAACAGGACAGUACCAGCUGCUCAGGAAUUAACGGGUAAACCAGCGGUACUAAAAGUAUUUAAGUAUCACUCAGAGAGGGUGAUGGUGGAAAACUGUUCUUGUAACAUUUUUAAAGCCAAAUUUUCUUUAUUUAAUUCAAGAAUAUCGACAUCCCUAUCAUUCACUCUAUCUCAUUCUUUUUCUUCCUGUCUACAUCUUGAGUGCAAUAGGUCUUCUCCAAAUCCAAACACAGUGUGGUAUUUUUGUGGGUCUCUGAAGACGUGGAGAAUGUGUUUCGUGGAACCUUUCAACUUUAACACAGCGGGGAUAAUCUUGUAUAACACACAAGUGCGAUCCUGAAAGAGAAUUUCUACUUUUAGUUCAAGAUGAUUCACCGUGUUUUCAGACCCUGAUUCCGGUGGUAUCCUCUGUGGAGAUUUGCAAGAAAGGAUGUUCGUGCUCUGUCGGUAACUCCUUUUGGAUUUCAGUGUUGGUUCAGCCAUGAUAGAUACGAGUAAUAAAGACACCACACUUGUGAUAGAAAAUACAUCAUAGGAUAGAGAGUGUUUCUUAAGACAUGUCAAGAGAAAACAUGCACUUAUCACUGUCCUCCUUUUAUUAAGAGGCUGUGCAAUCAUGACCAUGAAAUUAUCACCUUCUUUUACAAACACCAUGUUUGUUUACACUGGUGUGUGUGGGAACUGGGGAUUGCUCUUGCAGGAAGGGGGAAGUCUACGGUUAGACAUGAUAGAGAGGAAAAUUGAUUCGACAAUUUUGAUUUUUUUAACAUUGUCAUAAUUAGAUAAUCCGACUAUGAUUUAAAAUCGGUUAAUCGUGCAGCCCUAUUUUGUACAACUCUUGGAUGCGGCUGACUGAUGCACAGGUCUGCAGCUCCAAGAGACAAAAUUACAUACAUGUCAAUGAUUGGUCGACCUGCUCUCCAAUGAUCACCAUUGGAUUUGGCUUCUGUAAACCCAAUACUGGUCCAACACUACAUCAUGGCCUUUCAAACCAAGCUCCUUCCCCCUACAUUUGUUUUGCAAACACUGCCCAGGACCUCUAUGAUGCAUACGUAAUCCAGGACCUCACCUGACAUAGUAGGCCACACAGGACUUUACAUCAGAGCGAGGUAACAUCAUUCAUUUCAUUAUUAAAAAGGGUUAAACCCCCUGAUGUUCUGGGUCACUGUUACAGUAAUGCAGUUCAAACUGCUGCCCUGAAUAGUAGCCGUUCCUGCCGCAGGAGGUGGGCUCUAGUAAAAUAUGUAACAUUGACAUAACAUGUACAGCAGAUGUGCAUCUUUUUAAUAAAUCAUGACAGGAGUAGGGUCACUCGGAUGUAGCACACUGAAUACUACACAGAUGCAUCUUAGCCCUGAUUUGCUGCUGUCUCUUUAGCAUAUGUGUGUCCAAAAAAGACUCUAUAUGAGGUAGAAAUAGCUAUGAAUUUUGAGAGUAUUGAGAAAAUAUGUUGAGUUAAACGAGGUACACUUUUGACCUUUGAUAACCUUCACACCUGCUCGCCAAAACAGACAAAACUUCCCUUGUUAUUUUCUGUAAACAGAGAAGUGAGCGGCAGCUCCAUGGAGAUUGUUGCUUCACUCUCACAAUGUCAUUUUAUCACAGCAUCUCUACAAAGUAAUAGUUAUAUUUUCUGCACUAGCGGUCCAAAUCAUAUGAACAGAGCUGCUUCGGCUGUCUAUCCCUCUCAUCCUUACUUUAUCCGUGCACAUCAGAGUCCAUAUUUAGAAAUCACAUACAUCCUCUGGUGUGUGAAAGCCUUCUCCUCUCAGACUUGUAUGGCUUAUUAAACUAUUCUUUUGCUUUGGAUUUGCAGUCCACAUUAGUACAGGUGUGCAAUCAACUGUGGCACGGCUGUGUGCUGCAAAAGUUUGAAAGCAUUUCAAAUUGGACCCCUGGACGAACAUUAAAGUCUCUUUCAUGUGUGGGAAAUCAAGAAUUCAUCGGAGACAUAUUUAAGUUGGGAGUGAGCUUCUCAGCUCACAGGGGAGAGAGAGAGAGAGAGAGAGAGAGAAAGAAAGAUGGAGGUAGUUUUUGAUGGGAGUUGAGUUGAGGUGCCCAUGUGUGCAUGUGGGAGUGUGUUUUUGUCCAUGCAAGCAUGUGUUUGCCUAUGUAAGUGGGUAGGACUUUACUCAUGCAGCAUAAACCCAGGGCUAUUAAUAUGCAUAGGCAUACACUGUUAUCCAAGUCGAUGUUUCUUUACAGCUGCUUUUGCAUGAACACAAAAAUAAAAACCAUUAAAAAAUCAUUAUUAAAAAGUUUUUACAGGUAUUUGCUUUUCUAAAUCAGCAUGUAGAAGUACACACUGCAUAAUUUUGGUCCAUUUUCAUUGUUUGCCAAGAGAAGCUGUUUUUAACACUUUGCAAAGUCAUUUUCUCCUUUGAACAAAUAAACUGGGACAUUAUUGUAAAAGUUCAAUAACAAAAGCCUGGAGUCAGGAAGAUUCAGCCUUUAAAUAGCUUUAGUAUUGUUCCAUUAUCUCUCCUGAUGCUAUCACAAUUUUUUUCAUUUACUUUUUCAUCUGCAAAGACCUCCGGCCUUUUGACGUCAUGAGAAAAGCCCCCUGUGUUGCUGUAAAAUGCACACUGUCACACCCACACGUUGUUUUUUUUCUCAUCUUAAGUCGCAAAGGACUAAAGAAGUUAAUUUACCCUUUUGGUUGUAGAAUCACUUUUUAUUUUACACCUUUUACAACUUCCAUAAUUCUUGUGUAAUGUAUCCCAUUAGGCACUAAUGGUCAAAUUUAAAUAAUUCAUUUAAAAAUCUUGUUUUCAGUGAUGUGAAAACAACAAGAACAAACAUAAUAAAAACAAAAAUUCAAACUCACAGAGGCUCGCAUCGGCCACAAUGUGCGGACUUGUCAUUUGCUUCCACUUUGCACACCUUCCAGAUGUGUAGGUAGAGAAUCAUCGAUCCUUUCUUCGAUUUUGAUUAUCGAGACCAUGACGUAAUUUCGAUUGAUUACAAUAAAAAAUUGAAAUCGUGACACCCCUUAUCAUGUUUUUUUUUUAAUAUUAAAUGUGCUUUUUUGUGUGCUAAUUAGUAUAUGUGAAGAAAGCUGAUAUGAGGUCUCAAACAUAACGCGUCAACUGCAGCCAGUCAAAUGGUUAAUUAGCUGCUCUGUGGGGUUCAUAUGUUUGAAAAUCUGAAAAAAAAGAACUACUUAUACCUGCUGUAUGAAAUGAUAGAGUAGGAUAUAAUACAACACACUGCACUAAAUGAUACAAUAGUGUACCAUGCUCUAUGACACACUGUUAUUCAGUAUAAUGUGAUACAAGACUAUACAUUCAACUCAGAAGGACAUGAUGCACAUAGAUUUUUCAUAUAUUGAUUUUUUUCCAUAAUAGAGAAGAAGACGGUACAUUGUAAUCCAGAACAUUCAAACCUUCCUUGGUUUGUUAAGUGCUUUCCAAGGACCAUGCCCUCUACCUGACUCACCCCUGUAGAGUGAUAGUCAGAACGAUUGGUAUUCAAUGGUUGUAUGUGUGCGGAGUAAAAAUCAAAACAGUGUCAAGGAUACAACCACAGUCAGAGAUCGAGAGUAUGAGUAACAGGAAAAAAUACUGAGACAGAAGAAUGACUUUUAUUCAUAUUAGUGUUGGGCAGAAUGAACAAAAUCUUAUAUCACAGUAUGAGUAAUUUGUUUAUGAGUAAACAAAUACGAACAAAAUGCUAGACCAGUCUGGCGAUUUUUUAUCAUAUGGCGUACCUUUGGCGAAAGACUCUGCCAAGCUCUUUUGUAUGAGAGGAGCUGCUGCAACUUUAGUUUUUGGUGCACCAGGUGCGCCACGCAUCUUUAGGCUCUCAUAAUAGUGCUUGGCAUGUUUCAUCUUUAGGUGGUGGAAGAGGUUGCUGGUGUUUUCUCCUCGAAGGUUCUCAAGACAACCAAUGUUGCGACUCGCGCCCUUUUCGGAUCGAGUUCUUCCUCCUCUUCCUCGUGUUGGGUGGGUUGGGCUGCCUUCGUUUGCUCGGUACUGCCACUAACCUCCAUGUCCGCCUUGACCAACACCAGUGAAGCUGUUUCUUCUUUGUCAAAACUAUGCCAAGCAGUCUGCUGGACACACUGGUGAUCAUAGGGAGCGCACCCAAACCUGACCAAUCACACGGUUUAUACCGCCCAAAACUAAUUCAUAUUAUUUAGUUUACCAUUAAUUCUCUGACCCAGUGUUAGGUCCAGUUUUCUCCAAUAAGACCUACUGUGAAGAUCCUAAUCCUAAAGAAAGGUGACAUUUCUGGAUUGAGGUGCAUCAGCCAAAGGACACUACACGUAGCUGUAGGACUGUCUGUUGUGUAGCUGGAGUCAGUGUCCUUGUAUUUUGAUACCCACUGUGUACAGGUGGGAUUUCGACAAUAAGCUGUGCUUUUAAAUCCUUUGGGGACAAUCCUCUGGGACCGAACCCGGUGCCUCAAAUUCAAAUUCUGAAUCUCAGGUACAGCAUGCCAAUCGGACUCUGAUUUUAUCACUUAGGAAAUGUAUCCAAAAUUAAGUUACCUUUUCUGCCCCUGACCCGACCUGCCUUUAUUUCAUCCCAUCUCGACUAAUAUAAUUUCCUUAUUCGCUGCACUUAGUAGAGAAGCACUUAAUCGUCUGCAGUUGGUUGAAAAUGCAGUUGCCAGGCUUUUUACUUCAAUAGAGAGAAGAGAAUGCAUUAAUCUAAUUUCACCCUUCCUCUUUUGGACACUUAUUGUCUUUGAAAGGCAUUAUUUUUUUAGAUUUUAUUGAUUGUCUUAUGCAAGGCAAUGAUGACAAUGAACACGUGAUAUGGUUACCCAAACUAUACAGCUCAUGAAUGUUGCGUAAGUGUAUUUUUUCAUAUAAAAAGGAAGCAAAUUUAAGUCCUUCUUCUCCAAGGGGAACAAGAGAUGUCAGAGUGUAAGGGUGUUGAAAGCAGCAGCUGAAGAGUCUGCUUUAAUAAUUCAGAGCAACUAAAUAGGUCACAUAAGUAUUAAUUAAGCAGAGCAGGGUACAGGGGAUGGAGAAGAAGAAGAGGGGAAGAUUGAGUGAAAGCCAGAUGGACACAUAAUAGUAGUUAUGACGGAGAAAUAACAGAGAGGAGAGGAGGAGAGGUGUGUAAUCAUAUGGAAGAAAAAAGGUGGUGGUGGUGGGGGAAGGAGAUAAAAACAGAACUAGUGCAAGGAAGAGAGAGGGGGAGAAAAGAGACCAGGAGAGAAAAAAGGAGAAGUGUGGUAAACUGUCUGCAGUGUGUGCUCCAAUCAAUGGGAGAGCGUGGAAGUUCUACCUCUGAAUCUCACUCAGCUGCAAUCCCACACACACAUUUUGUUCACAAUCCAAAUAUGUAAAUUCACCUUUUUAAUGAUUUAUUCUAUUUGUGUGUGUGUGUGUGUGUGUGUGUGUGUGUGUGUGUGUGUGUGUGUGUGUGUGUGUGUGUGUGUGUGGCCAUCAUGCAGCCAAAUAAUGAUAAAGGGGGGAUUUAACAACUGGAGGGAGUCAACUUCUACACAUGCAAUCAGAUAAUUCACUCAGGAAACUCAACAAACACUCAUGCAAAUCCCCACUGCAGCUAAAAUGAACUAGUUACAACUGCUUUGACCAUCACUCAUGAUUAUUGUGUUGCAUGUCAAGUUAUGGUUGUUUAAUCCAUCCCCUGCUGUUACUGACAAAAGCAGCACUUCACGUGCACAUGCAGAGUGACUUAACAGGGUGUUUUUUUUACUGUUUUCAUACAGCUUUUAUAUGUACCACUCAGCAACCAUGUGAUGUGCAGGCAGAGCUGUGAUUAAAUGAACACAAGUGGUACAAAUUCAUCUUUGUAGCACUUUCUCAAGACACACGUGGUUGAAAAGAGUUUUAAGGACAAGAUAAAUCGUGGAAAUGAUGGAAAAUAGACAGGUAAUAAAGCAGGUUGGCUGUCGAUUGGUUGAAGUGCAGGUCAUUCCCCGAUCGAGGGGUCUUUUUAUCUAAUCCCUAGCUCCUACUGUCAAAAUGCUGAAGUGGUCAAGGCACUGAACCCCUAGCCUCUGAGGCAUUGCUUUCAGUGUGUGAAUGCAUUAAAGAUAAUGAUGGGCCCCGCAUGGCACCACAAUUACUGUAGUGACAUGAAGUGUGAAAGCGCUUUGAGUGGUUGGAAGACUAGAAAAGUGUUUCAUAAGUGCAGUCCACUUAGCAUUUAGCAUUUGAAAAUGCAUCAACAGUCAGAUGAAAACAGGUGUCGGCUUAAAUAUUACAAAAGAUCAGGGCAAAGGAAUCUCAAAGAUGUUUUUGCAAAACAAAUUAAAUACAAGUGUUUUUCAGAAGGGGUUUAAAAAUUAAGACUGAUUUUAAUGAGCCAUUUCAUAGGCCAAGUUUCCAUAAAUUCACAAAUAAAGACCCGUAAGUUUUCCAACCAGGCCUCUUAUCAUAACCGAGAUUUGUAACCCAAUAAAGUCCCAGUUUAAAUGUUGUUUUAGAUUCACAAUAAACCUAAAUCAUCAGUUUUAAAAGUCAAUGCCAAGUCUUCUCUCAGUCUUCCUCUAUCGUCUGUCUUUUGAUGUGUGGCAACAAGCGCAAAGGACCUUGACUCGAAAGUCACGAGACAACCAUAUGCUCAUUUCAGCACAGUAUAAACAUCAGAUAGAGAGAGUUAUCAUUGGUACCGGUCAGUUGUCACAACCCUAAAUGAAAAACAACUUCCCAGUGUUCACACAGCAUCCAGAAGUGCUGUAUCGAAAUCAGUCCAGUGGAGCAGAAGAGAGGACACAAACCUGCCAAAUAAGGACAAAAAAAUGAAGAGCUUUCAUCUCCAUCUUGUCAUCUACAGGGUGGAGCGCCCCUACCAACUGUCUGGAAAUUAACACAUAAUAAACUGAUGCACAAUUAGCCCACAGACAACUUGGCUCCGCCUUCCGUCAUUAUACAAAAUUGAAGCCAUGGUGCUCUCGGUAUAUCCGUGUUUUUUUUCCACUUCCUGGAACCGCAGUCGCGUUGUAUGCAUUUGGCGGGAGAGUCGCUGUGAUGAUGCUCUGCUCAGACCGCGUAUCCCCCGGAUGAGCUACGCAAUCUUUGUACGCCCAUAGGCUGAAUCAAGUGUCAAUCAUUGAAAACAUGAACCCCCUAAUAACUUUUAAAAAUGGAGCUGUACAGAAAAAAGAGGACUUGAGCACAAAAUAGUCUUACAGUAAGUACAUGUCAACAUCGCAAAAAAAAUGAUAUUUUGUGUAGUUAAUUUCUAAAGUUUGCUGAAGGAGGCGGGAUUUAUGACCUAUACUGCAGCCCAUCACCAGAUGGUGCUGUUCUCGUUGUGGCUUCACCCUGCGAGGAGGCAGACUGCGUCUAUUCUAUAUAAAAUAUUAGGUGUUAACAGAAGGUCCAGACUGCAGUCCAUUUCAUACAAUCAUAGAACUCAUAGUUACAGAGAGAAAAAACAAACUUUAUAAUCAAAUGUCCUGUUUUUAUUUCAUGUCCAUAUUCAGUUCUUGUUUCCUGUCUUCUUCCCUCUCUCUACAGAACCAUUUGACCAUAAUAUAAUAAUUAAGUAUGAUUAUUCAGUGCUGAGCGCCCUCACGUCUUUGUUACAGCCUCUUAGCAUUUUGGAAAAAGCUUUAACAUGGACGUGUUAUAUAGAAGGAUAUGUAUUGAUAAUAGAUGUGUAUUGCUGAUGGCUUGCAGUGUUCAAAAUAGAGCAGCCUAACUGUGUUAUGCUUCUCUGCCUUUCUAUAGCUCUAAAAAAAAACAUCAAAAUGGAGAAGUAAUGAUUACCUCUUUGAAAGUUGAAAGUUUUGAAACAAACUCGUCUGCUGUAAAUGGUGCUUUUAGGGGAUAUAUAUAUAGAUAAAGAAUUCUGCAAUAAUUUGUUGUUAGGGUUUCUGCUGUGAUACAGGAAGGCCUCUGAAGAGCUUUCAUAUAUAUAUAUUUUUUUUAUAGUUUUAGAUGAGUUUCAAAACUCAGCUCAGCUUUCCUCAUGAGCCACCCAUUUAGAAAAGUUGCACUAACCCCAGCUGUCUCCUGUCUUUCUUCUCCCCUCUCUGCGAGGCCAAAGCUCUUACAGCCUGAAGUCAGCAGACAUGACAACUGCACCCGAGCAGACAGUACGCUGUGGAUUAUGCAAGAGCCCAGUUUCAUGGUCUAAUGAAAACGUUCCUCUUUGCCUUUUGCAACAGUACUUGUCUUCAACUAUAACUACAGUGCAACUCAAUCAUUUAUUGCUCCUGCCCACUGGCCACUUUGCCAUCCGUGUCUCCACUGAUUCGGCCAAAGUGAGAGCAAAAGAGCGAGUCGCUUUGCUUCAGAUUAAUAUUAAUGGACUUUGGGUCUCGUCCCUUUGCACAUUUUAAUGGGUUUUAGUGAUGAAAAUGGAUGCAAAGCCUGGUUAUUUAAUCAUUCCUGCCCCUGUAUUUAAUAAUUUAGUUUCUCAUGGCACAAAACAUAAAAAUAAAGUUGACUUAUAUACAUUUAGUCCCACAUCUAAGGGAUUCCCUGAGCUACUAUGUGGAAUGUUAUGCUCUACUUGACUUCAUAAUUUAGUGUUAGCAGGCCAUUUUUCAUUAUUCAGUUAUUGUCAAGAAUUCAGGACAAAGACAUCAGCUCAUGCCUCGCUAACGGGUACAUCAGAAGUUGAUGUUUAGGUUUCAGUAAAACAAGCUCAGAGCUGUUCAGAGGCUUCUGUGUAUCCAUGAAGGCUUUUGUUUUUAAAAAGGAAAAAAAAGGAAAGUAGAGAAAACCACUUGUGACAUUUUUUUCCUGAGUGCUUCGACAGCCGUGAAAUGCUGAACUGCAACAAUUACGAGGUCAAGAAGAGUCAAAAGCGUACAAGUGGUUCCAUUUUAUUCAAAAAUAAUAAUAAUAAUAACACAAAAUUUCCAUUUAAGGAAAUGAACUGAUCAUGGCAUAUUUCAACCCACCACACUGACUGAGUGGUUAUGUCAGAGGUGCUGCUUGACAGUGUCAUGGUAGUCAGAUGAAAUUUUUACUGACUUUUAAAAGGAUUGUGGAAUAUAUCAUUCAUCUGAAUAAGUUUUUAAACAAGGAAAAAAUCGAAUGCUUUACUAAUUUAGAUGCAUAUUAAAAAGCAAGUAUGAUGUAACUGGCAUUAUUUCAUUAUGGAUAAACUCGUAUUUCCCGUCAGCGAUCUAAAGACCAAUUACUGCGUCUGCUGUCAGCAGAUGGUAAAUCAGUAAUGAAUGCAAACCUAGUCAUGCUAUGUGAUUAACGAACUGGACUGCAUGAGAUCCAGAUGGAACAUGAUUAUGAGCAUAUAGAUGGACCAUUAAUGACCCAUGGUUAUUCUUCUUCUCUCAGAUGGUUAUACUACAGAUGACAUUGAGUUCUACUGGCGAGGAGGAGACAACGCAGUAACGGGAGUGGACAAGAUUGAGCUGCCCCAGUUCUCCAUCGUGGAUCACAAGCUCAUCUCCAAGAAUGUUGUCUUCUCCACAGGUAAUUAAAAAGUGACUGUGGCAUGAAUCCCACCAAUCACAAUUAAAGUUAAUAUAUGAUACAAUACACUACAAUACUAUCUGAUAUGAUACAUUUUAUUGUCCAUUUAGUGAACCUUGUCUCACAUUUGAGUGGUACACACAUUCAGCAGCAUCCAGAGUAUUUGAACCAAUUUUAAGAGCAAAAACAAACAAAAAAACAAAAAAUCCACACAUAAUCCACAUUAAUCCACAUCACCAUUGUGGAUCACAAGUUUAUCACAGAAAAUAAUGUCUUCUGCAUCAAUCUCACCAGAGGCCUUUAUACUAAACAUACUUAACACCAUGAUGAUAAAACAUAUUAUAUAGAAUACAGUAGGGUAUAAAACAAUAGAAUACGAUAUGAUACGAUAUGAUAUGAUAUGAUAUGAUAUGAUAUGAUAUGAUAUGAUAUGAUAUGAUAUGAUAUGAUAUGAGAUGAGAUGAUAUAAUAUGAUAUGAUAUGAUAUGAUAUGAUAUGAUAUAAUGUGUUAUGAUAUGACAUAAUAUGAUAUGAUAUGAUAUAAUGUGAUAUGAUAUGAUAUGACAUAAUAUGAUGUGAUGAUAUAUGAAAUCUGAUGCAUUAUUAUUAUUAUUAUUAUUGAACAAGAUACCAUACCAUACUAUAUGAUAUGAUACAAUUAGGUACAUUUCGAUACAAUAUUUUAUGAUAUGGUUUAAAACAAUAUAAAGAGAUUAGAGUGACAUCAUGAUAUAAUAUUGCAUGAUCCUAUAUGAUUUGAAAUAAUAAUAUGAUAUAACUUUAAAAUAAUAUGAUUUAAUGUAAUGCAAUACGAUAUGACACAAUGAAUUAUUCAAUGCAUCAUAAUCACAGUGUGAUAUGGAAGGAAAUGGCUAAUUAUGCACUACUCAGUGUGAUGCAUAUGAUUCAACACAGUAUGAUACAAAUGAAAUACUAUCUCCGGAUACUCUACUGCAGACUUGCCGUAGUGAAAUUUGGCUGUAAAAUGUACAGGACAACAUCCUUCUCUAAAGCAAUAUAAUGCAAUUAUCACCAACCCUAAAAAUGCAUUUAUUUCUUUUUCUGUUUUUUGUCAAUCGGGUCAUUGUUAACUUGCCUUUAUUUGAUUGCUUCAGGUUAGUUUAUUUCAUUGCCACCAUUCUGCUGCAAAGAGGGUAAUAAGGCAAUUCAUAAAUAUUGACUCAGACAUUGUUUGCUCUUAUUGAUACGAAAAAAAAAUCAGCUAAUUUUCAGCUGUGCAAACUGUUAUGCAAAUGUACCGACAAACCUUCAAAUGAAGUGUCGUCCUGGAAAAACAGAAGACACUAUGACUUAUUUAACAGCAAUAAACAAAAAGAAUGCUGUCUGAUAUAAUGAAAUAUUCAUUCACACUCUUCUGCAUUUUCAUAUUCAUGAAUUUGUCAUGCAAGCAAGCAAGCAAAUGUGGCCGGGACAGCGAUUCUGCUGAACACAGUUUCCGGGUACCGUGUUGAAUGAGAGCAGAACAUCGAUGCAAUAGGAACGGGGAGAUUCGGCCAAUGAGAGAGCUGCUUUUGUCUGUGAGGGUCCCACAUUCAAAACAAGCCUAUUAAUAACACAAUGCUUCCUGAUGAAUGCACAAUGUUUGUAUGCAUCAGUGUAUGUGCUGUCUAUUAGCAUGCAUGCAAGGAAGUCAGCCCGAGUGUUUCCUUGCAGGGUGUCUGAUUUUAUUAUCUUUAUAGAGAGAUGUGGUAGACUGGGGAUCCCCUUUUAAAGUGAUGUCUAUUGCGAUAAGGGGAGCAGCCCAGGGGUCACUCUGAGAUGCAAACAUCAGCACAAGUACUGGGCGUUGAUCCAACACAAGUGUCAUGUUCCACUCCAAGGAUAGGCAAUGUCAUUCUUGUCUUUAUGAAUAAGAUAUAUUCACUGCUGCACCUCCAUCCUGUCAUUUUCUGCCCAAGUGGUUUCCUCACUGCAUAAAGAAAUAAUUCAAUGAUUGUCUCAGUGACUCAUUCUGACAUUAGCUGACUGUAAAAGCAGAUCUAAGUGGCUGCUGGGUUGUUGGCGCUUUCAUUAAAAAGACCUAAUCUUCCUCUAUGGCCCCUCAUCUUUCUCCCUGUGACCCUCCAAUAAGUAAGCUGUAUACUGUGGGGCAUGUCUGCUCUUCCUCCUCCUUCUUUCAGCCAUAAUGCAACUCCAACCAAAACACAGCCAACUCCCAAAGGAGUGAAAUGUCUGCACUGAUACAACUAAAGCCCUCCUGUAGGUUCAUUUCAAACAGAGCAGAGAUAAGCAUAACAGAAGAGGACCCUCAACGGAUGAACUAUCAAACCUCUCUCACAGACGGUAGAUAGCAGGUAAUUCUGGAGCGCUGAUGCUUCAAUUCUUUGGAGGCAUGCGCGGCUUUUACCGGAGGUCCCUGUGAUGGCUGUCAAUGAGGAGAGGCAUGGGCUUGUUUUGAUUUUUGGUGUGGAUCUAUUGGUGUUAAAAGACCUUGAAAGUGAGACAGCUGAAGGAGAACUGGUGACUUUUCAAAUGUCAGUCAAGGCUGUAGUGAUGGUUAAUUAGGAGGUUAGCUAACAAAACUUUACAGCAAGAAAAUUUACAAUUUGGCAGAUACUUUCGCAUUUCUGAGCAGGGUUGUCUCUGAGAGAGAAUUAUCAGGAAGAAAUAUGUCCCCUAGAUCUAACAGCUGUAGUAAAAUGUAGAUGAAAGUAUCACCUGACUCUGCCUCCUUUCUUUCUUUCCUUCUUUUUUUUCUUUUGCCCUUGUUUCCUCCUGCCUGCAGGUGCGUACCCUCGCCUGUCCCUGAGCUUCAAGCUGAAGAGAAAUAUCGGCUACUUCAUCCUGCAGACGUACAUGCCUUCUAUACUUAUCACCAUCCUCUCCUGGGUCUCCUUCUGGAUCAACUAUGAUGCCUCUGCUGCCCGAGUGGCUCUAGGUGAGGCCUUUAGUGCAAACAGAGACAAGAGAGGCAGGGGCUUGUUCAAACAGGAGACAACACUGAAAUAAAGACUGUCUAGGCUGUUAAAUUGACAUACCAGGACAACAGAGGGAAAGCGAGUGUGACUUGACAGAAACAGUUUUUAUAAGCAUUUGCAAAAUAAUUAAAAACAACAAUCGUCAUUACAGAUUAAUUCAGUAAACAACAAUGACUCAAAACCUGCGCAGUCUACAUAAAUGAUUUUCAACACAACAACAAAAUGAUUAAUGAGAGACACCGCUUCAGUUCAUUCACAUAAAUAAAGCAUAGUGAGAGAGUAGGGUUUAACAGUAAAUAGGUUCAACAACCUUUAUCCCUGUCGUCAGAUUUUGAUCUAGAUUUGACAAAAGAAAGCACACAAAAUGAUACCUUAGACCCCGAAUUAGACCUGUUUCACCUACACUUUAAAUUAACACAUUGUCUAGAUCCCCUUUAAGACAGGCACAAAGUUUGUUAAAUAUGCCAGAAGUACUCAGAUGAACUGUAUGUGUGAAUACAAACAGCACUUUUUCACCUUCGACUGCACCAAGGAUGUCACUUCAGGCCUUUUUCAAGGAAAGUUCACCUCCAUAGAUAUAGAUUUUAUAUAGAUCCAGGAUGUAUAGAAUGAUUCCCUGACUGGUGACAUGCACACAUCAAUGCAGAACUCUGGCUCAGUGCUUGUGCAGAGCUGACCAAUAGGAAACGAUUGGAUAGAGCCGUGGUGUAAACUUUGAGAAGCCACACAAAAAAAGUAGAUGUAGAGUGAAUAAAAACAUACGAAAGAGUAAAAUAAUCUAAGGCGCACUGAUCAACAGUAGAAUCAGGUCAAUUUCAGGGUCAGAGCAACUGAAAUUUUCUCAAUAAAACUGGCAUGAAGGUAGAUUUUAUUAGAGAUUUUCACUUUUAAUAGUUAUUUAUUACAUUUUUGUGCCCAUUGCAAACAGUUAUCUGCAGAAUAGCACUGUGCUGAUCUACGGCUCUGCAAUGCUUCACUUCUUGUGCAGUCACUGUGGAAGUUGGUAAUUUCUAGUCUUUUCAUUUGUUACAGAGAGUGUCACAGUUUCACCAACACGUCAUCCUCGAUUACAUAAACCUCUUGUAGCCUGUGAGGGUUUUUUUUUUCCCUGCGUCCAAUUCAUUCUAUGUUUAUUGGGAUCUUUCUGCAUUCUCUUCAACCCUACUCCAUCCAACAGGCUUCACUCACCCUUCUACUCAUCCCUUGGUUUAGUCGACAAGGCAAUUCCACUGAUUGACGACUGAGCUGCAUUUAGCGAACCGGGGGGGGAAAGCAUGCAUAGGAUUUAACAAAAAAAAAAAAAAUGGUAAUGCUCCUUAAUGGAGGUGGGUCAGCAUAGUUGGUAAAAUGUUUGGUCACUCCCCAAUCUACACCAGAUUCCAGAGCCACUUGACUGACCUGGUUUCUGGCAUUAAAAUGAGCCUGUAAUGGCUAAAUCACAUGGCUACUGUGCUGCAGAAAUCCUUUGUUGUUGUUUUUAAGCUCUUGCAGCAACAGCUCAGGAAAAUUGCCUGAAUCCUUUUGUGAGCGGCGGUCACCUGAUGGCUUUGUAACAGCUGUAUAAUAAUUUAGUAAUUGUUUACAGAGACUGUUAAUAGAAAGUGCCUUUAAUAACCACAUUGCAUAUGCAUUUAGAGUAGAAUGUACAGUUGCCUGGGGGUGGAUUUAUGGGCAUAAUAGGACUUGAGAUGAUUAUUCAACCAUAUUUGAGCUUUAGAAUCAAAGCUAUACUGCCAUUUGUAAUUCCUGCAUUUAGAUAACACCACUGUAAGCAUAUCGCAUUUAAGAGCAAUGGCUUUGCUGAAACAGCACAAACAAGAAAUUUAAUUACUGCAACUACAGCUGUGUGCCCUUCAUAAUAAGCCAAAACUCUUCACAUUGAUAUGCAUAGAAUGUCUGACAGGAGUUAUCCCCAAAGCUUACUUAGUUAGACUUUUUCAAGUGUCUACAGCUUGUUCUCAUAAGGUGUUCUCCGCUAAUGAACAACACCGAGGUUGAUAUUUGAAUUUCAAAUUGUGCAGGGGCUUCAGGUGCCCGUCUUGUAUUUGGUUUCCCAAUUCGUAGUCUGAAGUCUUAGAGGGAGGCCCAUCGGUUUGAUUGAUCCUGACAGGCCCUUAUGAAGCAAAGACAUGGCAUCAAGCUGAUCACAAAGAUGUCGUGCUGUCAGACGGAUUAAAAUAUCCACAUAUUUAGUCCGAUUGGGAAAGCGAGGGACGGUAUCAGGGGAUUUUUGCAAUUGAAGUAAAUUUCUUAGUACUCUCCUGAAUGUUUCUAUUUGAUAAACUUGAUAAAAGCUCAUCCCAUGCAGCUCUGUGCUGCUGAACAAACUCUGAUACACAGUCUGAACUUUGGCAGUCUGCACUACAUGGAGCUUUCUCCUUUAAGUUUCAGAUUCAGACACCUUUAUUAAUCACCGAAGGGCAAUUCAUUUCACAGUUAACCCACCUUAUUAAUAAAGGAUCAUGGACAGACAACAUUGAUUCAGAGGAUGGGGCAUUGAAUAGAGUAGAAGACUCGGGCGCAUUCAUACCAGGACUGUUUGGUUCGUUCUUAAAGGACUAUGGUCCCCUUACUCCUUUGGUCUGAGUGGUAUGAACGUGCAAGCAAACCGUGGUCCGGAUCAAACAUACGGACCAUGAUCCUCUUGAGAAUGCAGGACUCGGUCCCCUUCCAAACAAACCAUGGUUCCGUCCACGGCGGGUGUGAACACAGCGCUGAUGCAUCUGGACUUUUUAUAUCUCAACAUAAACCAAUAACACAUUCACGCUGUAAUAAAGUCAGGAAAUUAUGCCCGGCCAGAGGCUGCAGCAGACAGGGAUCAGCCAGUCAAAACACCGGUCUGUCUGUAAAACUGGAGGAAUAGCAGAGGGUUUGUGUUCUAAUACAUUAGUCACGCGAUAAAUAUUAAAUACCUGGAUGUUUUUCUGUUGAACAAACACGCUGACAAUGUGUUAUAGGCAUUCCUUUGCAUUAGUGCCUCUUGAGGCAAUAAGUCCUGACCUUGGUCUUUCUUCAACAGGUAUUACCACUGUGCUCACUAUGACUACCAUCAACACCCAUUUGAGAGAAACCCUCCCUAAGAUCCCUUACGUCAAGGCUAUUGACAUGUACCUCAUGGGCUGCUUUGUCUUCGUCUUCAUGGCUCUGUUGGAGUAUGCGCUGGUAAACUAUAUCUUCUUUGGUCGGGGUCCUCAGCGUCAGAAAAGGGCCGCUGAGAAGUCAGCUAUAGCCAACAAUGAGAAGAUGAGAAUGGAUCCAAACAAGGUAAGCCUCUGCAGUCUGCGAUGACCGAUUUAUCCUAACUCAAUAGCCUAAAGUUUUGUUUGCUCUAGAUUCAAAGAGAUAAAUAUUUUCCUUACUUUGCAUCUAAAGCUUACUUUAAUUAUUCAUGAAGUUGAAGCUCAGAAUAAUUAGUUGCAAAGAAAAGAAAUGUCACCACUUCAAAUGGAGUGUUGACCUAAUGUGUCUUGCUUUUACCGUUAGCCAAGUUCAGCUAGCCUAGUAAACUUUUACUGUGCCUGUUUGAAAUCCAAGCUGAUAUGUUGCCAGCUGAAUCAGAGGCAAAGGAGGUCUCUGAGCUGCUUUUGCUUUGAGAGGGAAAAUAUAUUAGCUUUUUUUCCUCCUGGCUGAAAUGGACCAAAUUCUACCAACAAUCAAGCAAGAUGGUCAUUAUUGUGUUGUUUUAUUUGAAUCUGUGGAAGGAAAAACAGUGUCUAGAACUGAGUUGAUUUGUUUGCAAAUCACAGAGAUGUAGUAGAACUAGACUUAUGUUUCCAAUGAUGUUUGAAGGGAAGGAUUUUAUUAUUAAAAAAGAAAAAAAAAACACCCUUGCCUUCCGGUUAGUCUGGUAACCUUGAAGAUUCUGUAUGCUUGCAGUGGCUGGUGGGUAAUGUCGUUGGCAGAGAUGACACUCUGUAUGCAAGAAUGAAGCAAAGGGAUCUUGAUGGUCAUGACUCAAUAUGGGAACCAAUUUUUGUGGAUGAUGCAGCACUUGGACUCGGUGAUCAGAAGAAUAAGGUACCCCCAAACAAAAUAUAGCACCCUCAGCUGUGAGAUACUUUAAAGCAUGCAUCCUUACACCUUUCCCUUUCAUUGGUUUUUCAGAUGGAGCCGCAUGAAAACAUCCUUUUGGGCACCCUGGACAUCAAGAAUGACAUGGGCGUCUCAGAGCUGGCCCUGGGUCUUAAUGAUCCCAGAAACACCAUGCUGACAUACGACAGUACCCUACAGUACCGCAAAGCAGGACUGACCAGACACAACUUUGGCAGAAACACUCUGGAGUGUCACAUGUCUCAGAAGAAGAGCCGACUACGGAGGCGCGCUUCACAGCUAAAGAUCAACAUCCCAGACUUGACUGAUGUGAACAUUAUCGACAGAUGGUCGAGGAUGCUCUUCCCUACUGUUUUCUCCUUCUUCAACGUUGUUUACUGGCUUUACUAUAUCAACUAAAAAGAAAGGACAUCAGUGAGGGCAAGAACAAACAGCAAAAUAUGUUGCUCAUGUCUUGUUUGUGUCUGGUUCGUUUCAUUUUGAUUUGAUCCUUUAAAACUGGACUGAAUAUCCAUAUUCAGAACUGGGUCCAUCAUAUCUUGGAAUACAACAUUUGCUGGCUAACACGUAAAAACCUUAUAGAUGAGAGAUUACAAACAUAUAAGGUGCCUCUUCCUGAGUAGUUGUUAAAGAUUUUAUGUAUUUUGUGAUUUGUGUAUCUUUUUAAAAUGUUUAUUUUAAGAAAUUUUAAGUUUUUAUCAUGUUACAUGUAAUACAGAUAAAUUAUUUUUGCCAAAAAAUAUCAUUUACAUAUAAAUUGACAACUAUCCAUAUACUUUCAGUGACACUACUUAAAAAGUGCUCAAGCAGGUUUUUGGUUAGCAAAGUUUUCUACACCGAAUUAUAUGACAUGAACUCAUUUUUUAAUUGGUGCAAAAUUAUUUUAUAUUACGCUAAUAGAGCCCAGACUCUCGCCCAGUGGCAGCUGAGACAGACCCCAGCCCCUUGACUUAAAUAGAAUAAGUAGCAGAGGUAUUGGAUGGAUUGACGGAUAGGUGGACAGACAGGCUAUGAGGGCCCCAAUUACCAACGUCUUGUAUCGGGAAGAUAUUUGUGCUUUUCUUUUUUUUCUAAAUGGAGAAUUAAACUAUUUAUUUAUUCGCGUUAUAUUGGUUAAUAAGGUCGUGUUAAUAGGAUAGGAUUAGUAUAAAUCAACUUAGAUCAUUCCAAAACAGUCAAUUGUUUACUCAGAUUGCACUUCAGACAGGUCAGAUAUAAAAAUAAUCUUGAACUUUCCAAAAGUUAGUUAGGAAUGAUAAAAUUAAAACACAUUAAGUAUUUUUCAUUCGCUAAAUUGGCCGCAUGUUAACAAUUAGAGUUGGCAAAAUUGGAAAUUUGGGAAUUUGUGGUAUGGAUGUUGUAUUAGGAAAAAAACUGCAUCAAUAGUUUAAUCUUAAAGGUACAGUGUGUAGAAAUGGGAAUGGCUAGCAACAUCUAGUGGUCACGAUCUAGUCCCGAACACCCCCUUGCUCACCCCUCGACAAUGUCUAGCGGACAAAAAGCUUCUAUUGAGCACGGUCGAUCACCAUUUGUCAAGUUUGUAACAUUAUUAAUACAGUACAUUUCAGUACAAACUCCUUUAGAGCAUGAGAACAACCACCCUCUUCUUCUUCGUCUUCCAAACGUAGAAGACAUCUGGUGCAGCAAGUUUGUCACUUUUGUGCAACUAUGGAAACAUAGAAGGGGACUUUCCUAUUAAGAUAUAAAAGACUUACUCCAUGUUAACAAAGUUUGUGUUGAUGUUUGGGAGUUUAUACACUCAUCCAAACUCUUAAACCUUGUAUUUCAUUUUUAUCAACUCUGUUCCUCUAAAUGUCUCGAAGCACUACACACUGCACCUUCAAAACAACCAUAUUCAAUCAUGUUUCUGAGUAGCAUCUAAUAUACGGAUAAUAUGACCAAUGAAAUGCCCUUACAGCUCUCUUUUAACUUUUCAAUCAAUCAUAUAAUUCUUGAUUCAUGAAAUACUGGAAAGGCACUUUAUUAGCUAUGAUUAUGUAAUGGUUCAAGGAGAACACGAAUGAUGAAGCUAAAAGGACCACAAGUCACAAAGAGAGGUAGAAUAAAAGCACAAAAACCAAUACCACUUUUGGCUGAUACAUUUUGAUAAGAUUUGUUUACAUAUCAGUUUAUUUGUUUCCAAUAAGUUAUUUUACCUGCCUUCCAAACUGGAUUAUUUAUAUAUCUAUAGACUUAAAAAGUCUUAGACCCACUGAAAAACUAAUUGAAGGAUCAUAGUGGAUAUAGUGGUGAAUCCAAGUUCAACUUCGACCAUUUACCAAUAAUGCUGUGCUCAUGACUGUAUUUACAGAGAGCAGAUUUUGUAAAAGAUUUUGCACACAGGUUAUCAUAAGCCAUAGAGGCUGUACCGUAUUUCUUCUGGUGCUUUUUGGAGGCUGUUUAUUGGUACAACUAUAAUAAAUCUUAUAGUUCAAAUGAUACUGAAAUGUAAAAACACACUAGGGCUGCAAUACACAAGACUGUCAUAUCCCUCUCAGCAUAGACUCGCCACACUGUCCGUAUGAAUGACCUCUGGUGUUAUGAUGGCCUCUUUCCCACAAACACAAAGAACCAAAUCAUACGUUAGAGUGAAAUGUAAACGAUCUGAAGUCAGAGGACCAAAAGUGAAUAGUUGACACAGAAAGGGAGACAAAUGACACCGCAGUGGGAGUAAGUAGCUGGAGCCUUUGUCUCCUUCAUCUCAAGUGCUUCUUUAGAGUUCACCUAACAGAACAAAGCUCGAAUUCAAAAAGGGACUAUCUCUCUUAGUAUGCCAUUCAUUUGAUGUGUAAAGGUGUGAGUGAACAUUUAAACAUUUAUAUCCUACUUGUUUACUUCAAAUGUAGCUUCAUACUUUUAUGUCUCACUGCAUGCUUUGUAAAGAAACUCCUUGAUAUUCUGUUUUUUGAUCACUUUGUCCCUUUUUCACCAAACUGUCUCUUUCCAUAUGUGCUUUUUGUGUCCGUCUUACCACACAGAUGCGUAUACAGAAAUCUGUGAUUACAACAUAUAAAAGUAUGUCUGAUAAUAUCCAAAUAUAGAGGAUGACGAUCUUUAACAUAUUUAAAGUUUAUAUAAAGCAUUUACACGACAUUUACAAGAGUUACCAAGUAAUGCAUUUUAAGCAACACUGCCCAAUGAACGAGAGGAGCCCUGAAGAGUAUGAGAGUUGGACUUUCACCUCAGUGGUGUUUACAUCUUCUUUUUCAAAUUAUAAAAUCAUUUAUGUAGGUAAAAAAUAUAAAUAACUAGAAGAUUGUGUAUUUGUAUUUUUUACAUCUGGUGAUUAUUUAAACAACCUUCUGCUCAUCUAUCUUUUAUUUAUAUGUUUCCUAUUUAAAAAACAUGUACUGUAUAUGAAGGAUCCUGGUAGACUUAAAGUUCUUUUAAAAGUCCUACUUUCUUCACAAGUUUACUCAAUUUAGGAAGAAGUCCCCAUAUGUUAAUUCAAUUAAGGUUGUACAUAUAAGAUAGAAUAUUAUUAAUCAUCGAUUGGAACAUAUUAUUCCUGUAAAUAAUAGCUAUGAGCUUUCAAGAGAAAAAAUAAAAGCAAAUUUUGUUAGAAUUUUUACUUAAAAGUUAAGAGAAUGCAAAUGCUGAUUUGAAAUAAUGUAAAUAUUCUAUUUUUUAGUGUCACUUGAUCACUUUUUGUUGGUUUUUGCUCUAUCUCUCAAAGCACAUUUUCUUUGGUUUUGCCAAAAUUUAACAUAAUAUAUUCAUGAAUGUAGUUGAUAUUCUUAUACAGCAUGUAUUUGCUGUAGUGUGUCAGCAAAAGUAUAACAAUUUCUUGUACCAAUGAUCAGCUAAUUUCAGCUCAGUGCACACCACUUUUCACACACAAACACAUAAAAGGGUGAAGUGAUAAAAAGGCAAGCGAUGCCCUUAUAUCGGCCCAAAAUACAACCAUCUCAGGUCAGCACAAGUCACAUUACUGACAACACUACACCACACAACACGACACAAACAACAAUUUCAACACAAGAAUUGUAUUUAAGGACAAGUACCUUAGUGAGCUUCUUUCAGAUAUUUUAUCAUUUUAACCUCUUCGCUCCCUUUGUUGUACAGAAAUCACACAGUAUGUUAACAGUACUAACGGUGUGAUAUAUUUUACAGCAUUGGCAGAAUCCAAACAUUAUGAUUAAAGUCAUUAAGGUACUUAAUCCAACUCAGCCAUAUACAAGUUUUACCCUACCCAAUUUAGAUAUAUUUCUUAAUCUUCACUAUUGUUCUAUGUGUGAUAUGACAUAGUUGAGUAUGAGUAUGUUUGAGUAUGAGAGUGUGUACUGGAUGUAUGUCAGCCAGACUGUACUGUGUUUUAAAAGCACAGCAGAUACUGGCAAGAAAGGUCUGCUUCAUUAAUUCUACACUUUGAAUAUGUGUUUGUACUUCACAAUGCAUUUUUGUUUCAUAUAUUUUUAUACUUCUAUACUCCUGUGGGGAAAAAAAGAAAAAAAAAGCAAACAGUAUUGUUGUAAAUAUAACUUUUCGGAAUUUUCACCUUUAUACUAUACAGAAUGAUUAAAUUAUCUUAUAGGGGUUCUGGAAAAGCAAUGAUAUGUAUGCUUAUAAGAUCCUUUCAUAAUCCUUGUAUGAAGUUUAAAAAAUACAUGGUGGAAUGGUUCAAAAAUGGCUUUUUUUCUUUGUCAGUAGAACGUUAAGGCUUUUUGGAAAUAAAAGGUUUUCAUCAGAUGGCAGAGUGAACUCUGGAAAGCAAGGACAAAGUGACAUCCUAAAAGCCUAAAUGACACACCUUGGUGACAGUGUAUGUUUGCACACACUCACAGAAGAAGCCUUAGCCUACUGCUGCCCUGGACUUCACUCCAAGGAGCAUCAAUCCUUAUCCUCUCAACACCCGCCACCUUGAAAAAUCCUGUAUGUGCCACUCACAAGAACAUUCCCAAAAACCCAGAGCUGUACCCUUUUUAAAGAUAAGCCCUGAACAAGUCAGUGUCUGUCUUUACUAUGAACUACCUAUGGAAAUUAAUACAUUGUCAAUAAAUAUUGUAAACAGUUCCAA